AUGCUCUGCAGAGACAAAAAGAGUGGUGAGGCGCUGAUUAACUCCGGUCGGAUGUCGCCGGCAGCACAUUGGUUAGACCUCGCCUGCGGACCAUCUGCACAGUGCCGAGGCGUCGAAACGAGUGCCAUCGAAGACAAGGGGUACUGGGAUGACCGUUUCUUGUUUAUUAGCCGUCGCCAGUCAACCUUACUCAAGCCCGGGUUUCCCACACCCGAGGCUCUAAUCUGCGUUCCUAGGCCAUCCAUCUACACUGAGUCCAACGUCCUGCCACUUAUCCACGGACCUGUUGGUUGCGAUUGGGGAUGUUAAGUUUUGACCGGUAUAAACGAAAAGGCGAGUCCUAGGAGGCAGUUCAGAAGAGAAUGAUGUAGUUGAUGGGACAGGUUAAUUCACCUGAUGUUUCGAGCACACACACUCGAACCCAUCCUCAUAGGUAGUCACCAAGCACAAGAACUGCAGAAUUUAUAGGAAGUGGUCGCCAUGCAACCACAUGCGCAGCUCGUACUCAUCGCUGUGGCUCAUACUUGAUGCGAUGAUUGCCUGACAGUCCGCAUAAGAGUCUUUAAUUGCCGUAAUUUCAUUACCGUUGUGGAUUCUUGGCAUGACGACCACUCGGCGACUCGAUCUCCUGUCGCUCGAGCUGUUGGUCGCCCGCGCCCUCCCGCGUGAGUAACUACUCCAUCCAGGAGGUGAGAGGUUGUUAAUCGACUGCGAGCCGAGAAAAACCGCUAAAGUUGCCCUCGACUUAUGCGUUGCCAUCUCUCGAGUGAAUUCCAGCCUUAUCAGACCUGAAGGUGCGCCCGGGUCCUGUCAAAUGGACCGCGGCCUGAGAACCAGCGUCCUUUCUCCGCUAAGUCUGCAUGUUCGGCAACCUGCAUCGAGAGUAAUCUCCCAGUUUCUUUGACGUGAUUACCUUGUCCACAAGUGCAACAGAUCUGGUAGAUUAUUUCAAGCGUUUCAUACUAUGGCUGUGGGUCUUUGGUCUCAUUGCUCGGCGCCUGACAGUCGCUUCUGGUUUGUGUGUAGUUCCAACGUCAAGCGGUGUAAGGAGGCGACUUAUGGUUUCCGAGACGUUCAUCGCGUACAGGAGCGCUCGCCAAGAUUCUGGAUGGGUGCAGAUCGGUCUCCUGUCUCGUAUGCCUAUGCACGUGUUGGCAAGGUUGCGUGGUUUGUCAUUUUUUUCUGAGCACAUUUCGAAACUAUUGUUAUUCGGCAUCCUAGUCUUCUGGUUCACUGCAGCACGUCUCAACACGCUGUUUAUGGCUGAUUGGGUGGUUGCUGUUGAAGCCGUUAGUUAUGUCAUAUUUGUCGCUUUCCUGAACACUAAUUUUAGGCAACCACAAUCUCUGCGGCGGACGGAGACAUCAAGGAAGAUCGGUUGGUUGUCUUCUUUCUCGUCCAUCGUGAAUUAUACAGUUCGACAUUUACGAAUGAUUACUAAUCACUCGUAAACCGGCAUCUAUAUCAAUGGAUAACAGAUUUAUGGGGACUGAAAGCCUAGAAGGAAUAUUAGAGAUAAUAUUACGUUGGUUAGAAACGCCAAUCUUUUCAGAAAGAAAAUUUGCAGCAGUAAUUCGAAGUAAAGAAGGACUCGACACCAAAAGGUGCCAUAGUGUCUUCGCAAGAGCUGCCGGUUAUAGUAUGCAACUGCAUCCUCUGUUAUCCUUAUCUGCAACGGCUUUUGAUGACGGUUUAGAUUGAUAAUCCGAAAGGUCAGGCGUAUAAACUUGUUUUGACGAUUGCGUCUUCUACUGGGUAUUAACUUGUGUUGGAAGUACGUCCACCGAUCCGGUUAGGGGACAUACUCGUCCUAUUGUACUUUGGGGUUCAGUGCGGAGCCAGAGCUAGUAGCCGCAGAGCUACCAGGAGACGAGUCUCGAAAAGGUGACUAGGAUGGAAAUUUUUUGGUUUAUUGGCUGUCAGGUUUGUCUCAACUGAGCCCAAAGUUGAUCCCUUUUCUCGAUCUAGAAAUCUGUCAGCUGAGAGCUGUGUCUUUGAGAACUCUCGUCUCUGCGUAAGCUCGCAGAUUUUGAUUUGUGCCCCUAUGGGGGAUAGGGGGGGAUGAGGCUAAUACAGCACAUCGGAUUCCUCAGGCUCAUUAUACAUUUCACUAUGCACUCGCGUCCUUAAAGAAGGCGGGUAUUUGCAUAGAGUUGCCUCAUGGAUGCCUGGUCUGUUCGCUCUUCUUAUCGCUCUUAGGAAUGAAAAAAGUGAAGUCGAAUGGUGACUGACUCUUCAUUUUCACAAGCCAGAGGAAAUUUGCAUGAUGGGGCACUAUAAACGCGUCUCCUGUUAUGCAAAAACUGUGGAAUUCCAGCAUUCACCCAGGCAACUCAGGUAUAGUCGAAACCUCGGGUUAAAAAGACGCUCUGAUUGACUGAAUUUUGCAUUCUUUGGCUUAGAGUAAUUAAAUUCACCAAAGAUCUCACGACCGGGGUAAACGCUUUGCCCUCCUGUUCACAGUCAGAUACACACCUAGUUACUUCCAAAACACCAGAUUGACAACCUGAACAAACCGGUUCAAAGGCUCAGAAACCAAACUUAGCCAAGAUGCAACCUUCUGUUAAGAUAUUGUCCAAAAUAAAGCUUUUUGAAACAUUUUAUUCCCGUCAAAAGUUAGUAGGAAGAAUUUAUGAGUUAGACAGUACGUUGAACUAAAUGUGGGGAGGCACUCGUCUGUAAACCAGUAUUCUUUUUGCUGUUAUAAACGCGCCCAAGUAGUCCUUCACGUUCAGCGAACGCAAUCAAUUAUUUUAAUACGUGAUGUUUCAUUCCAGGCACGUACUGGAUACGUGUCCCAAGCUGUCCCACUGAAUUUCGUCCAUUCUUAUGCGACCCACCCAGAAGACAAGAGACGUCGUAUCGAGGAUGUGUCCAAUUAUUUUUGGAUUUAAAAACUGAGCACGUUCUUCUAAUCACAUGCUUGUUUGGAGAAACCCCGGCGAACUGUUAAUUAAAUACUACCGAAAUUGCAGUUGGUCCCCAAAAAGUCAGAAAUUACUAAAUUCAUCCGUCCAUAGACAACCAUCAUGAAUGACAACUUGUAGUAAUCGCAGUCGGCAAGGACGCGUUUUUAACUAUCCACCAUUGGAUCUCUUCAUUGUGCGCUACGGUAGGAUAGUGGACGGUGAAAAAUAAUCAGUGAGUUGGGUGAUGUGAACAGAGUUAAGGGCUGUUCUGACACUCUAAUUUGGAUGGAGGAAUUGUGCUCUAGUGCUGUUAAAUAGGAUUUUUCCAGUUGGUAUGACGGUUUGCACGUUGUUGAAGUCAGUCUACUCCCGGGGAUCUGUAGCCAACCACCAAAAUUGCAUCUACGUAUGUUACCUAGAUUACUUUAGGGCGCUAACAGCUCACAGUCUCUAAACUCGCUAACAAAGGCCUCCGCUGCGGUGCGACCUCAGCCCGAUAAAACCUAUUUUCAGUGCCACCAAGUAGACGUAAACCACUUCAUUCGUGUCAUUUGCAAUGUACAGGAAUCAAUUUCAAAAUGUGACGUUAGCCCCUUCUCGCAAAGACAGAAAUCCUCGGCAUAAAUUCAGUCAACCCGGCCUUGUGUUCGCAGACGACAUUCAUUCGAGACCUUGAAUUUCCCUCGCCCAAACUGUGCCCCACACGGUCCCACUCGCAUAAUCCCAGAUCGCGUCACAGUGGAGAAGUGCGAACACAAUCCGCAGCCACCCUGCCCCGAUAGGUCGAGAAUAUUUUAUCCCCGUUCACUAGUUACUUCUCGACUUUCGCUAUCCCACUGUGGUUUCUAUCUUUGGUAAAGCCUUAUUAUGGACAGUCAAGGGCAUGCGUUUGCCUUUCACACAGACAAAACAUUCUGGGUGGGACAACCAUUCAAAUUUUUUCUCGACUUCGCGGAGAUCUCUAAGCUCGUCUUGCAUGUGACAGUUUGCGCCACGAAAUAUAUCCAUUUGCAAAGAGACGACGGGAGGCUACAGUGUAAGCGCUGCUAAAGUUACUCUCAGCAACGUCAAAACACAAAACUGUUGAUAAGACCUCGCUAUCGGUGAUUAGAACUUAGUCGAUCUAAAUGAAUCGUUCGGCUCAUUUGGCAUCAAACAAACUGUCAAGGCUAGAGACUUAUAGCGUUCGUAAGAAUGGUUGAGUGUUUUAAGAGCAGUUUUUCCUCCCUACGUCUACUCCUUAGACCUCCGGCUUCUUUAAACCCACCCUACGGAAGUAGUUUUUCUUAAAAGACCACAAUUUCGACCCAGGUGACCAACCUAAUGAGAGUUCAUACGCAAAAGUGUAUCGACCGAGGACGUCAAGGGAAGCACAUAACCACGUAACGGAAUACCGGAAAGAGAUCCUGGCUUGCGUUGAUCUGAAUACGAUUGUCAGUUGUUCACGAUACUCAUCCGUACAUAUAGGAAGAAGAAACGACCAGUGGAUGAGAAGAUACAAUGAACAGAAAUGUGAAUUGGAAGGUGUAUAAUGAUACAGACAGGACGAGUUACAACCAUUGACUGACCUGUCUGGGUGGAGAGGCGAUACCACCAUGCCAGCUAGUAAACCGGUGGGGAACGCAGCGCUGUGGGCAACUGCAGGGAGGGGCCGAGGGGGGCGCGGACGUGGAGAGGAGGAUAACGGUGCGAACGUCACGAUACGAUACGGGGAAGGGGUCGGCGGAAGUGAGGAGAAAGGGCACCGGUCAUCUUCACCAGCACGCGGUUACGCCAUCUCCAUCCUAGGUUCGCGCGCCAAAAUGUGUCACAGCACUCAAACAACCCUGCUCAGAUUAGGGGACGUCACAAAAGGGAUCGUCCUAUCCCUGUAUUUUUAAACAGUGGAGUAAAUAAAAAGUGAGCAUACAGGCUUAACAUGCCAUACUUAACGCUCCUACACUGAACGCUGAGUCCACAUCCCACGACCCUCGAUGCGAUAGGUAUGAGUGCGUGUGGGGGCGGUCAGUAGGACAUUACGUCAAACGCUUGGACAAAUGAGCCCUAUAUCGUGUCGCGAGACUUUCCAGCCUCGGCUUAGGUCAUGUCCGACUGACAGCAAAAAGAAGAGAAUUGUAGACACACGCCUCCCAAGCCUGUACAUCUGGAGAAACUGAGAGGUCACACGUCCGCAGAAUCGCUUGCUGGGAUCUGAGUUCCAGUUCGCUGCAGUCAUAGUCUUCCUUUCUGGGGGAGACUUUAUAUUGCGUUUUUCCAGACAUGUAAGGAGAGCGUAUCCUAGGUUAAGAGAUAAAGCAUCUAGGUCGAACGUGGUGCGAAACAUCUGUGUCCGGAAUCUUCACAGACCGACUGUUCUCUCAGCCACCACGGCAAGCUUGCUUGGCAUCCGAAUUAAUCGGCAGUCAGCUUUGCCUCUCCCGCCAACUGAAUCUCUCGCUGCGUAAAAGAUCAUAAGAAUUUCAUGUUGACAUUAGAAAAUGCACUGGUGCUUCAGCAAACUUACAAUAUCCAAGGGAUACAUGGCCAAGUUUUCAAGCAGACGUCAGAAAUCUAUGAACGAUGGUCUAUGAAAAUAUUCAGACAAUUGCGCAAGAAUUUAGAAGUUGCCAUUGAUUUUAGAAGGUUAAAUUCCAAACGGCAAAACGCUUGCGAAGACAUACUUCUCUGCCAUCGAGCCACUCACUCUGGUUCUGUCAGCCGUGGCAGGAAGUACUCCACGUCACUCUUGCAACGUUCGGCGAACUAUCCUGAAUACAGGGCAGGAAGUGGAAUUAAGAUUUUUGUCCUAACGCUUCGUUAGACAACCUACUCAGUCCAUAGUGAGGUAAAAAUAUAUAUAUAUAGGAUGGAAAUAUGAUAUGUUCCACACUUCGGGCUUGGGUAUGGCUGGCUGACGACGGCUAAUAAGCCAGAAGUGGCCAUUCCAGUCUCCCUUGUCUUUGUCGGUAAUAGAAUUCUGCCUAUAUAUAUAUAUUCUACUCACAUUCCAAAAUUAUUUAAAGUCAACUACCCUACCAAUAGAGGACUGUCAUAAAGUAUGCUUACUCUCGCCCCUUUGCUGGAAAUUAGGUCAGCAAAAUUUUAAAACUCGCUGCAGAUCCCGACUUCUAAAGAUUUUAGAACAGCACAUUUUUGUACGGCCUCCUCAUGCUGUUGCAAAUACGAAUCCAGACAUCCAUAAGCUACUGAAUCGUAUCUGAAGUAUGCAGUAAUUCCCUUCAGACCCGUCGUGAAAACCUCGGAAGUUCAAAUUAAAGGCAAAGUCGAACAAACCUAUUAAAAGCCUUCUAAAUCAUAUAAUUUUAUUAAAUCGAACAACUAGCCUUCGUUCCUACGCUACAUUUUACCAAGACACAAUAGGCCAAUAGUCAGUCUUUUCCAGUGGAAGGGAUAAAUACUGCCUACUUAAGGCCUUUCCUCCAAUAGAAUCUAAAAAAAAGAACCGAAAAAGUUCCCGGCGAAAGGCCAGUUUGUCACUUAAUUUAGGCUUCCAUUACUAGAAGCCUCCCCUCUAACAUGAUAGAUUUUCGAAUGUCCUGUGAAUGGUUUUGAUGUUAACUAAGGAUCUCAACUAUGAUAUGAAAACGGAACUGUCGAAAACAGUUGAUUCAGACAGGUUUACGUCUCAUGCGAUAAUAUCACUCGGUUUAAUCUUUUCAGUUUUGUAAACUUCUCAAGAGCUGAUGCGCUAAUUUGAUGCCAACUCUUCGAAGUAAGGACAUUUAAGCUCAGUCCAGAAACUUAUAUGAAUUUGUGAGACAAAAUGCAUCAGCUUCUGUGGGAGAAGCGCAUUCUUUAUGCACUGCCAUUAAGAGCUCAGUAGUACACAUACUUUACAUUGGUUUCUAAUACACUUAAAAACCGAAACUUUCAGAACCGAUACAUUUACCAGUAGAUACACGGGAACCAUGAAAAACCCAUCGACGAGCCGAGCCUCUGCAAAUGUGUUAUUUUGCGGCAACUAAACGCGUGUGGACAAAUUAACCUAGUACCUGAGGAAUUGUACAAGAUUUAGUAUGUUCACCCAUCAUCUGGACUCCUGAAACUAGAGAUAACCUGCGGGUUUCGACCGUUUCGUGACCAAUUGUAACUCUUCCUUUCUCCUUUCUAAACAACAAUAGUUUUGAUCAUAAUCAGAAGCAACGAGUGGUUUAAUGUGACAAGAAGUGCCCCGAAUUACACGCCUGACCGCCUUUUCCCGUUUCACUGCACAUUCAACAGGAGAUUAGAGACAUCUGUCGCUGAUUUAUUCUAUAACUUGUUCGCUUGCAAAUCCUCAUUAACGCCAUUUGCGCUCUGCUUUCCGAUUAAUGAUAUGCCCUUCUGGGACCAUCGGAUUUUGUCGGCGCCGGGGUUGUUUUCGUUGGCACAACUGACUUUCCGCCAGGGUGUGUUUUUCUGCACAAAGCGACACUUCUGCACCCAAAUUACCUUGCCUUGGUUAAUUCAGCUUGGCGCCAAAGGCUGCUUUGUAAGUGGACUUAAAUCUCACUUGUUUGGCUCGAAAGGAGGUCUCUUCCACCUCCUGGGCAGUUCGACGUGACUAAACUGGAAAGAGGUUUUGAGUGAACGAGCGCCGAAAAUUCGUUUCGUGAUAUCACUGGAAAAAUCCCUGGCCGCUGACCAAAGUGAGCAAACGGGGUUCGGUGCAAAAAUACCGUCUGCACUGAGCUGUAUUAGUAAUUAGUAUAGACCAAACGCUCCGGUCAAUUGAGCUAUAAUUAGAAGGAUUUGUACAUCCCCUUGUAACAAUUUUGUCCAAAACCACUACAGAAUAUGAAUUCCCUAUGAUCGUAAUGCAAAAAAAGAUGAGAAGUUAUUCAUGGAAGUAAAGGUAAGAAGACUUUUACCUCUUUAGCACGAAUGUUUUGAAAUACGAGAUAUCAGAGAUAUCAAGGGGGGGAAUUAGAGCUUUUGAAACAUUUCUCUGGGAAUUAGUGCAGUCAAGUAUUGUCUAGUUUCCUGCAUGUUAUGCUGGCCUAAGCUCAUUCAGCCACAGCCAAUUAUUUCAUGCACUGCAAAGUUUAGCUCAACAGAUGCCGAAAUAAUAAUAAAGGUAUCGAAUUUCGAAAGAUCUUUUGAGCGACCUACCUGCAAAAUCGUCGGAAAGUCACAAUAAUGCCUUAAAGAUGAUAAUUUGCCUGCAAAAUGUGGGGUGCCUGAUGUGCCAUAGUAACUCGAAAAACCUGUAAAAUAAACGCAACCUCUCCACUCAUGGCAGAAGAAAAUAAUACAAGGUUCGAUCUAAUAAAUCAUAGUAGGAACCAUUAACCCAUCAUUGGCGAAAAGUAUCAGAUUUGGUGGAUUCAAGACGUUGCAGUAGGUUGGGCGGGUAACUUGACCCAAAUGCGAUUAAACUCGCGUCGUCCGGUGGGGCCUCGUAGCUCAAGUGGUUAGAGCGUUGGCUGUACUAAAGCCAUCCCUUUACUGCGUGGGUUUAAAUCCCUCCGGGGCGCCGAGUUUUUCACAUUUGGGUCAAUAUGAGAAGUAAGAACAUAAGUACUGUCGAUAUUAGUAUUUCCUAAUAAGACAGACAGUGAAAGAUCAAUCUGAGGACUGGACAGGAAUUUUUAAAGGGCGAAGACUUGCCUGUUUGCAGGAACAGGCAUUUGGGGGCCCGAUGUGCUUUCGAUUAUGAAAGUAAAAGUGCACAAAAAAGUACUACAGAACACACCCGUUUCUCCGGCGUUUUAACUAUUUACUUGAGGUUGCUGGGUGGGUUCGCUCGAUCCAUUAGGUUAUUGUGUAGAUAUUGCCAAAAGGUCUCAUAAUAUCUUUGCUUCAGCACGCAGAAAAAACUUUAUGUCAUGCAUUCUUGUCGUUCAUCGAACCAUCCUACCUGCAGGACAGAAAUGGCCGUCUCCGUCCGCCUUCGGAUUCCACGGGGGUGAUGGCUAAUUAGAAGCAAUUAAUAGUCGAGUGAUGGGCUAUUAUGACAAAUAAGAUGGAAAUAGAAGAAAAAGAAGAAGAUGCGAUCACGGGAACAAGAAAUUUAUUGGCCUUGCGUCUGGGAUUCUUACUCGAAGCCAUACAAAUAACUGCCUUUGUCGGUAACGCUUCUGGAAUUCUCCCCAGAUUGAAUAGGGGGGCAUUUUGCCGGAAGGAAAACACCAAGAGGUCACUUUCACUCAUGAGUAUUAUUAAUUAGGAGGAAGUAAAGUCUGUGGAAGAUGCGUCUUCCUACAAAAAGAUAAAGCACCGAAGCUGAAUCUGGACCAGUGGCUUUAAGAAACUGCAGGGUUCUGCCGCCACAAGUCUUUUUAAAUGAAAUCUUGAAUAUGGCUGAUAGAAACGAGCAGGCGAGUUCCAGGAAGCAGUUUUUAUGACGCUACCCCCAUUUUUUAUCUCCGAUCAACAGGACCUGCCAAUAGAGAUCGCCGAGUUACUCCUGCGAGACAAAUACGAUGGAAUGGAGAAUUGUUUCGGACACGCCCAAAUCCUCCAACCUCUGAAAUUCUGUCUUAAGGCGUACUUUACUUUUGAUGGAACAAUUUACGGGUAGAUGAAAGGUACGCCAACGGAUUCACAGACUCCGGGACGCGUUGCUAAGGUGGUCCUGCAACGUUUGGAGUUGCUGGUCUUCCGACACCGCUGACCGAAAUUCUGGGCUCGGCAUUUGGAUGCUACCAUCAUCGUCAUCGAACGGAAUUCAACGAACAUCUCAACGCCGUCUUCCCAGACAUCUAAUUCACGAUGGAGGGGAAAAAGUAAGCAGUUAGCUUUGCUCAACGUCCUCUUCUGCCGCAAAUAUUGUGGUGGACUGAAAACUAAAUUGUUCAGGAAAACAACUAAUACGACACAGGUACCUAGCUUCAACAGCAACCACCAAAUUAACCGCGGGCGGAGUUGCUUAAGAGUACUGUACCGGUGUGUCGAGGUGCACCGCAGUGAACCGGAAGACAAGGUCGCUAAACUACAGCAUCUUGGACGGGUGCUUAGAGGCAAUGUGUGCCUGUGCAGUUUUGUCAGCCGCUGCAUGUAUAAACGCAACGAAGAACAAACUUCAGCGGGCGAUUUCUAACGCGAAGAACAUCUCCGAAACCGUCAGUCGCCUACUCGCACCACUCGGAUUUGCAGUUGCACAGAGACCGGAGGCAACCCUCAGACAUCAGGCCAUAAGGCCUAAAACUACUGCCAGAGCAUGAAACAUUGGUAGUCGUUUAGGGGAUCACGUGCAGUUGCGGACAAGGCAACUACGUCAAAGAAAGUGGGGGACCACUUCGAACGCGAAUGACCGAGCAUGCAGCAGCAAUGAGGAGGAAUGACGUUAACUCUCAGAUCACUGCUUAUUCGACGGGACCCGGCCAUAUUUUUGAAGUUUCAAGAGACUGGACAUUUCUCAAGGGGCGGUCACGGCGUGAACCAUGAGCAGCUUGAGUCACAGUUCGCCGGACUGCAUUCAGUUAACUAGCGAAAUGACCUUCCGCCUCCAUAUUCUGUGCUGAGAGUCUGCCUGGGCAAAAUUACUAACCAGCAGUCACGGUGAGAGCGAGUCGAAUUGCCGAGUAAUCGUCAUGCCAAAGAUAAAAAAACGGUGAUGACAUCACGGAAAUCAACGACUAUGUUGCGAAACGACGAGCAAUCAUCGCAACAACUGCAACCCCCGCGAUGAACGCGAGUACCCUGCUUUUGUCUUUGAUGAUGGGUUCGAACAGGCAUCCGAAACGUCAGGCUAAUAAAGCUCUUAUCCAAGCUAGCAUGUCUCCUUCUUCACGAACACAAGUACUGCCAGAUGUAGUUGGCGUGCGGUUGUUUGGCAACCGCGUCCUAGAAAUACUGUUCACCCUGUGCCUCAUAUUAUCCUUUUCUGCGACUGUCUCUGAUGACGUAUUGGAGUGAGUAUCCGAAACUUCAGGCCAAGAAACUCGUUUCAGCGAUCGCAUCUGCUUCCUUUACCCUGAAUAUUCAUUUUCAGGAUGGUGUAAAUUCAUCUGAACGGCUCAUCAGCGCACUGCUUACGAUACUAAAUCUGGGGCACAUUAGCGUGUCACGACAUGACAUUUGUCGUAGCUUGAAAGGUUGCAAGUCACGGGAUAACCCAGUUUUCAUGGUGAGCGCAGGGGGAGUGUCCAGUGGAUUGAGAAUCAGGAUGCAACGUCUCCUUCCCAGUGCGGCCUUUAAGGCAAUCUCACCUACAGUGACUGACCGAUAUCAUGAAAUUUUGGCUGAAAUUCUGAAAUAGUUUUUCGAUUAGGAAGAAUUACUUAGGCGCAAUUGUAAUAUUAAUUAUCUUGUGGCAUAAUACUAUAAUAUUUCUGACUCGGCUGGACGUCAGCUUUUUGACACAUUACUUUUCAAUCCCCUGUAGAAAGCGUACUCUGUAAGAAAUGACAAUGCAUUUUUCCCAUUGAUUUUCGAUGGUCUUGCAAAUUCAAAUAGAUCUUAUAUAAACCAUAAACAAAAUAUGUUUUCUUUCAGUCAGUUAAUAGAGAAUCACGUCUUCUUUAUAUUUUAUGCUCGAAAAAGGCGUAUAAUUAGCUUUUAAAAAAGUUUCUAAUUAUUAGAUAUUUAAGACCGUGCAAUGUGCAUUCAUACAGCAUUGUACCUAUCCGUUUACCACUGUGCCUCAUGAAAUGUACAACAUAGCCCGCAUCCGUCGUAAAUUUUCAUGGUCUCUAUAUAGUACCUUUUUAAAGGCAUAGAAUAAUAUGGGAUUUUCUUUACGCGGAACUCAUUCACCUUAUAGACUGAGAUCACUAGACGCUAAUGCAACGGCUGAUUAGGCUCCAACUUAUUCGGGUAAUAUAAAACUUUUUUAAACCUAAUUAUCCACCUUUUUCGGGUAUAAAAAAUAAAUUCGAAGUGAUUCGCUAUCACACGACUGAAAGAAAGCAUAUCUUUGUUUGUGUAUUCUACAAAAUAUAUUUGAAUUUGCGAGACCAUCGAAAAUCAGUGUGAAAAAUGCAUGCUACAUAAGUAGUCAUUUUUUACCACGUACGGUUUUUACAGGAGAUUCAAAAACAGUGCAUUCAAAAGCCAACAUCCUAUAGAGUUUGAAUUAUUAUAGGAUUAUGUUUCAGGGCAAUCAGUAUUUGGACUGUGUUUAAGUAAUCCUUCCUGAUCGAAGACGCAUUUCAGAUUUUCGGCCAACAUUUCAUGAGAUCGGUCACGCACUGUAGCCGUAGCCUGAAAGGUUGUAAGCUGACGGGAUAACCCAGUUUUCAUGGAGAGCGGAGGGGAGUGUCCAGAGUCAGGAUGCAUUGUCUCCUCCUCAAUGUGGCCUUUAAGGCAUUCUCACCUAUGUGAAAUCCGAGACGUCCAUUCAGUACACUGGUAAACGCAAUGAGGACCAGCUAGUGCGGGGCGUGCGUAAACGGAUUAUUCGGAGCUGUUUCCCAUCGCACCUUAGCUCACCUUCGGUCAUUUUGAAAUUGUUCUAUUAUCAGUGCGUGAAGGGUGAGGGAAGAAAGAGUACAGUGGACGUUGCACAAGUCCCUCCCUCUAUGAACUAAUUCGUGCGCAAAUCACCGUUACUGCGUCCAUUUUAUGGGACAAACGACAACGAUGCGGACUGUGACGACUGAACUGUCAAGUCCUGCUGACGGUACGUUAAAAAUGCGAAUAAGAAGACAAAGGAACUUCGACAAUGAAUAAAAGGCGUAUGGGAAAACGACGUAGAGAUGUAGAUCACGCGGAUUUACGUCGAAAACUCGCCAUCUGAGCUAUUCAACCGACGUAUAUGCAGUAGGUGGACUAGUUCACGAAAUGUCAGCCGAAAUUCUGAAAUGCAUUUUCGUUUCGAAAAGCUUAGUUGCGAAGAGUUGUAAAACUAAUCAUCGUGCAGCAUAAUUUGAUAGUACUUCAGUUACCUCGGCAUGCCGGCCUUUGAACGAACUUCUUAUCGGAAGCAUGAUAACAUAAACAGCAUGCAUUCUGCUCAUUGAUUAUCGACGUUCUUAAAAAUUCAAUUCUAUUUAUUGGAAAGCAUACAUACAAAAUAUUCAUUCUCUAACUCAUUCGGUAGGCAAUGACAUCUUCUUCCAAGUUUACACUCGAACGAAGGGUAUAAUUCGGUUUUAAAAUGUUUCUAAUUGUGAGACUUUUUAUUACCGUAAAAUGACCGUUCAUAAAACGUCAUGUUUCCGCGUUUACCAAUGUGGCUUAUAAAAUUAACAAUAUGGAUCAAAUCCAAUGUUAAAUUUUAUGAACCCUACAUGGUCUCUUCUUAAUACCAUAGAAUGAUGUGUGGUUUUCCGUACGCGGAAACUACAUCGCUUGUUGUUUUGAAACUCUGAGUGCAAGUGUAACGGCAGAUUGGGUUCAAAAUUAUUCAAGAAUAGGAAAAGUUCCUGAAAACCGUAUCGUACUCUUAAAAUGAGCAUAGAAUUGAAAGAAGACAUUAUUUUCUAAUGAAUAAGCAAGAAAAUAAGUAUUUUAUGCAUGUUUUCCAUGAAAUAUAAGGGAAUUUUUGAGGACAGCGGAAAUCAAUGAGAAAAAUGCAUCCUACAUAACUAGUCCUUUUUUACUGAGUAAGGUUUUUUCAUGCAGCUGAAAGGAAGCUCGUUCGAAAGCCGGCAUGUUGAGGUAACUGAGUUAUUAUAGAAUAAUGUUGCAGGCUGGCUAGUUUUACAGCCCUACUUUAUUAAUCUUUUCGAGACGAAAUUUAAUUUCGGGAUUUCGAUUGACAUUUCAUGAGUUAGUCCGCCUACUGAAAACAGAACAAAUCAAUGAAAAUAUCGCUUCUUCCAGCUUACAGGUCGCCGAUCGAUUUUUAGCUGAUAAUGCAUUUCAAAGCUUUCCCGUGAAUGCAACAAAAAGUAUUUAUAAUCCUUCGCUUGAGUAAACGCAAUAAACAAAGGAACUCCUGCCUUUUUGUACUUUUAAUAGCGGUCAAAAGUCUUUUUACUGUGUUUAAAAAUAAUAUCUUAGACAAAGUGCUCUCAUCUACUAAAAAUGCUUUUGGUUUAGAAAAUAAGAAAAUAAAUUAGUGGAGAAAACGUUUAAGAUAUCCGCACAUAGCAUCUUCUCACUUAAGUUUCUGAGGUGUUUGUUAACGCGCUGCGUGCUAUUACGGGCUGCAUACCUUGAAGGAAUAAGGCGUAGCCAAGUUUCUGCACUUGGUGACAUUGUUUGCUUACCUGAACCAUGAUGGUACUCAUUGUAUAAGCGUGAGGAGAUAACACUUUUCGUAACUGUCCUACUUUGUGCUUAGACGAAGCUGCCUAAAAUGAGCAAAAGCCAGUCCGCGCAGAAAUUGGCCUCUGAUAGUAUCUCAGUUUAUAGCAUCCAUUCGGUUUAAAAAUUAAUGCCCCCGAAAGACAUUAAAUCGUCUUAGUCGCCUCUGUAACUCACACGCAAGAUGCUGCACUGGCGAACUUAGCCGUGAAGGUCUUCUAAGAAACAGGAGCGAUGGCAACGCUUUUUGCAAAUAUAAAAAUCCGAAUAGGACUUAAUGGUCAACGCGGAAGAUUUUCAGGCGAGCUCUCCCCUUUAAAACUAUGUUUACUAUGGGCAUUGAUAACAAAACCUUUUUUCAGUAAUUUUUACCCUUAUAGAUUUAUGUAUGACAAAAUUCUGGGACAUCCCUCAGAUUCUACCCGUUUCCGUUCAUUUUCUUCUAACUGCAGAUGAUUAUUUAGUCAGAGUUUGCAAUGGGAAUGCAUAGGUUCUUAAGACUUCGUACUUUCUGGCUAACACGAUCAAGAGCUCGGUUAAUAUCUGUCUUCAGAAAUUUAUCCCAUUCGAUAAGAGAUCUCUCUAAUUAAUUAAUUCAUCGUCGUACUUUAACGGCUAGCAUACUGGGCAUGCCUUCAUCUCGACAAUCAGGGCCAAAUCGUGACCAGCAGAAGAGCACGAUAAAACCUACACGGACAAGUUUAUUGCCAGCGGACAGAAGCUUUGCUGUCCCGAGCUAUAAAAACGAGUGACCUUGAUGUGGUAGGGCGUGCUUGCGUGGGAUCGCGAGCUACAACAACAAAGGACGAUGCCAUAUGCCGGGAUUUUGUUACCAUAUCAGAUGUUUUUACGGAUAGCCCUCGACAAUAUCACAUUCAAUUUGUCAGAUUAAUAAUCAGGCAAAAGUAGAAACUCGAGUUAACGUAGUUUCGCCAGAAAAACACCAAAUAGUUGCUCGAACUUCUUGGACAGUGACCUAGAUAGUGUCAAAUCUUUCGUGAAAUAAUUAUGGUUAAUUGUGAAAUCUGUGGGCAGUAUUUUAAAAAUACCAGGGUAUCGAAAACACAUAUCUUCCUUAAUAUGAAGAAUGUUUUAGAUAAACAGUGUUCUCGCACGUUGGAAUACUUUAGUGGCUUGUGAUGUACUUCCUAUUGCCAACUAUACUAUUUUUUCAUGGAUAAAAAGAAGUUGGCUAUUUAAAAGCAUUAAUAAUCCUCCUUAUAUGUUAGUAUCGUUGUCACUUUCGAAUUUAGCCUUACAGGUUCCUAAACUCUGCUGAUUUUAUAAGCGGGAAAACAACAAAAGGGUUUUGCCUGUGCAUAUCCAAGUGCUUAUGUUUCCUCUGAUUCGACGAUAAAAUCCUGUUAUCCAGUGGUUCUCACUCAGUAGACUUGUAAUGUUGACUAAACCCUUUGACGAUCCGCAAUUCCAACUUCAUGCGAAUCACUGUUGCGUGGGAGUAUGCAAAUUAUAUGAGAUUAAUUGGAUUAUUGUAACGGGAGUUUUCUCAGCACCAAAUGCGAGUUCCCUACCCAAUCAUUUUUCCUUCAACUGAUAAGCCGAGGUCAUACCGUCAAGGGAUAAGUCUGGAUGUACCAGCUGAUCAUAUAUCUUUCCCCAUCUCUAGACUGUCACAAAAGUGAAAAAAAGCGGACUGCAUUUAUGCAGACGUCAAAUCGGUAAGUUGCCAUAUGGCCAUAGGCAGGACGGGGUGUCAAUUUCGAGUACAUAAUUACCCAAUCAAAUGGUUGUACUGAGAAUCACAACAAGUAAGCCUCUUUGGGGGCAGAAUAGCAUGUCAACAUUUCUGUAAUGCGAGAUCUCGGACAGGCUCGGCCGCACUGUCUAAUCCAUCUGCCUUUGUGUUCCACUAGCAAGGCCUAGUUAGACAUAAUGAGGCUCGACGCGGUGGCAGAGGUUGAUCGGGCAAUUGCCUGCUGCUUUGCUGAUUCAAACGAAUAUAACUGCACCGGAAUAUUCACGCAGGUUAAACUUUCCGCCUUUUUUAGAUCAAAUUCUUCCACUUCAUUCAUUUUCGUGCGUCAUAAUGAACUAUUGUUGUCCCCAGUAUAAGACAUUCUCUUGUUUAGGAAGAGUUUGUAAACUUACUUGGCUUGUCUUUAGUCCUUUCUGAAAAAUUGACAAAGCCAAUUAAGAGCAAACAUUAGUUUACUCACGGUUCGGAUUUUGCAGCUUAAAUGUCCUGCGGGAGGUAGUGGAUAAUGCGGGGUGGAUGCGUUUUAAUUCUUUUAUUUUAAAUAUCCCUCAGUAUUUUGUGAAGUUGAGGGUAAUUUUUUAUUUUCUAUCGCAAACAGGCGAUGUACUUUGGAUGUUUUAAUGCCGCUUUCAUGAUAUUUGGAAAAAUUUAUUUUUUCUAAACGCACACUUUUAAUUUUUUUGAGUGCUUAUAAAAUAGAGCUGCCAUUUUGCAUCACUUUUUUCUUUUAAUUUCCCGAAAAUGAUUUCAAAAUUAGCAUUAAAAGUAGUUUGACUUCUGGCUAACACAUCCUUAAAGGGCAAUCUGCUAAUAUCAAUACAAUUGUCUAUAUUUGGAAUACUGUUAAGUUGGGUCUCCUGUCUCAAGUGGUGGUAAAAUGGAGUCAAUUAAUUUUAUCGAAUUGUUUAUGAGCUUGUAAAUUGGGCUGCAAAAACGAACAGAAACACAGCAUCUUAAUUCAAGUCUAGUUAUCCUAUAGAAUUCAUAUAAAGGCCCGUAAUUGGACUCAUACGCUCCUUCUGAUACGAUCAGUUAAAAGCAAUUAUAUUUCUUCAUAUGGAAUUAGCAUAUCGUCUUCCAAAAAGUUCCUGGGAAAGAUUUGUAUCUAUUACCGUCAGCACAUUACGGUCAUUAUUUAAGAGUAAUCUAUUCCUCACAGGAAUGGGACUCGCCUUCUCAUACAAGGCCCUUUAAGUAAGAAUUAGAGCAGUCUUUAAAAAUAAGUGUGCAAGGCCAAUUUUGGUAACCUAUCGAUAGCAUCAACUGCCAGUCACAAGAGAUCGCAUUCGCAAAUAUCCUGUAAGCCAAUAUAAGACCUACAGGCCAUCAGAACGUGUAAAUCAGUUUGCUCUAUUGACAGCCAAUCAGAGGCGGUCACGGCUCAUGGCUUUAAGUACUCGCAAACAGAUAUUUUAGCAGACUAUUUUAACAUCGUCCGGAAAUCUCUCUAGGAGCAGAAAUUCUCUUCACCGUCCUAUAAAAGGUGAGCGAUUUUUAACCUAUUGUUUUAGACACAUUGUCAGGCAGCAAAAUGUAAUUUAUCAUAGAGCAAAAUGUUUAAAAACUUAUAAUGUAUGGGCAUCCUUGUCGAUGGAAUAAAUUGUCGUUUGCAUAUAUGGAAGUGGACGUUUGAUGACCUUCUGUCUUCUAAUAGAUUUUAAACUGGAUACUAACAGCGUAUGGCCGCUCUUUUCUUCAGCUUUCCUGCACUUCGAGAAGACAGUUCGUGCAGGAUUUUUGAAUUUAUUUUGUUAUAUUCCCCUAACGACAGUGUUAAAGUUAAAUUAUUUCCAGGAAUUAUAGUCAAUGACAACCAAGUAAACACACUGAUUUAAAUAAUUUACAAGUAAAGUUAUCCCAUUUUUUUCAAGCUACGGAGUAUGUGAGCAUCUUCUUCGCUUUACGUUUCUUAAUCAGACAAAUCCUUGGCUUGUGUUAAAUAAAUUGGAAAAUAAGGCCCCAUGGUAGAUAGUACCUUCUGUUUUGCGGUAAAUCAGACGGUCCCAAAGUUAUUACGCAUUUUCGAGUCGUGACUUGCUAACUAACGUGGUGACUUGAUCCUUCUCAAGACCGCGAGUUAGGCUGCAAUAGCUCGCUCAAACUGCAAUCACUUACGUGACCUCCGAGGCUCCUUUAAUCUUGGAGAGAAAAUCAAGUCGCAGAGGAGCUUUCCAGGUUUUUCAACCCCGCAUCCAUCCUCACCUUCGGUCGGUGUAAUUUUGUCUUGCCUUCAAAGCAGGAUAGAUAAGUCAUUCGAGUGAGACAGAGCUGCGAAAUUUAGCCUUAUUAAAAACUAAUUCAUGUUCAAGUUCCCAAUGUUGGGCUUACCUUCUGUAAAGGUUGUGAACGUCCUUCCUGCAAAGGUGUUACUAUAACAAUACUUGUUUUGUAAUAAAGUGAGCAUAUGCACAUAAUACUUUUGUUAUUAGGCAAAAGAUCUUUACAUGGACAAUAAUUAUGUGCAUGUAAACGGAGCAAGGUUUCAGUGACAGUAAGGGCACAUAGAAGGAAGGAAAACAGGGGGCGGGCCUGCUUUCUUCAAAUAAACUGUUUGUUUUCGAGUAAAAAUGCGAGCCAACAGAUAACGCAAUUAUUAAGGCAACAUCUGGCCCCGCGAUUUUUCAUUUUUGUUUGAUUCAUACUUUGCACUUCAGCCUAGCUUUCACCAUGUGAGAAAGAUUCCAGCAGUUUGGACACGCAGGAGCCGACAUACGAAGAUUGAUUUGCUUAAGGCGUAAAUAUCUACCUGAUACCCGCUAAGACUAGUUUUAUUGCAAAAACAAAUACAUUUUUCUUCAGUUUAAUGCUACAUAGCAAAGCUAGUUUUCCUUUGAUCUAUUAAAAACCCCAAGUGAAGAAUAACUCAUACUUUAACCUAUUUUGAUAAAAUAUAAUGGUUUGGCUGAUCUUCUUACUACAGGCAGCAUUGUCCCAAAGUGUGCAAAAAUGGACAAGACCACCACAGACAAACCUCUCUUCACUGAAUUAUUUCGGCUGGCUAGAACGGCCGAUUGUUUACCCCCUCAAAAACUGCCGCAUGAAGUCGAAGGCCUGGUAAACGAGUACUGCUGGAAGGAGGUUGCGCGAUAUGUGCUCUACGAAGAGAUAUUUGAUGAUUUCCUCAAUGAAUUCACGCCACCACAGAUACCAGUCAUCAACUACAAGUGUUUUACCCACUUGCAGAAGAGUAUAAGAAGAAGUGAGUUAUUAUUUAGUUUGCUUUAACUGCUGUGGUAAGUGCCAGAAUUAUAUUAAUUGAACAGGCUAAGGUGGACGCAGAAAGACCGCCUCACUAGAAUAAGCGUUCCUUCUGAUUCGAUGUUUUCCUCCCUGUUAUCAAGGAGAACAAUAGUUAUAGUUUAGGGUAUAUCAUUUAAUUUGAACCAGAAACUUAAAGGAAUUAUUGCUAACUUAAAAUAAACUCAAAGGUAUAAAAAGCGGCCAUUCUGUUCUCGCCUACAAAGGUCAAGAAUCUUCUAGUCAUUUGUGAAAACAGCCCAGUAGCCGUAGAUAGCACGUCCCCCUUUUUUGUGGGAGCGAAAAAGAUAGUAUUCAGCGUAACUAGUAACAUAUGCCUAAAUUGAUGAAAAUUUUCCAAUCAAUCAGAAACGAGCCUGAAUGCACGAACUAAAACUAAAAAACAACCAUGGAUGGAAUUCGGUUACGUAAAAGCGAAAAGGAAAUGUGAGAUAUAGCAUUUUUCUGGCCAGAGAUAAUAACUUUUCGGAAGGGUGAAGAUGUUCUCAGCAUCGAAAAAUAGGCCAAAUGGAUUAACUCCACAUAUAAAACUUGAUUUUCUUAUAAAACUUGUAAAUCCACAUAAGUGGGUAAAUAAGAUAGCAUAAAUAGAAUAUGAUUCACGAUUUCCUUUUUAUGCCUUUUACGCUCAGACAUCACACAAGAAAUCGUGUAUCAUGCAGUAUGGCAGUCAGUUAACGGCCUAAUGUUUGUUCAUGUUUCAAAACGGUUUUAAGAGAAUCUAAAGCAACUUCCCCGCAUUGUAUAGCUUGCGCUGCGUUUGACUGAAUGAAAUGAGAUUUCGCCCUAUUUUGCGAUGAGUACACUACAGAAAUCAACAUUUUCAUAAGACCACCUACUGAGGGGGCCAUUCGGCAACUGAAUAAUAAGAACUGAAUUAUCGGAUACCAUCUUAAUUAUACCGAUUUCGGCGUACAAAAGACACUUUUUCCCGUAAAAUUAUUGUGUGGAUUCACCAACGUUGACAUCUGCUGAGCUACAGGGUGCCUUGGAAAUGUACUUGAAUAUUUUAUGGCUUUCGGUGUUCUCAAUUAAUUGAUCAAAAUGAGAGGUUCUGCAAUUGUGUUCAAAAAAACCUUUUAAAUAGUUUGUGAAUGCAUGUAUUUAUCUAUUGCAUUUUGGGCGUUUUUAUGAAGAUGGCGGUUAAGGUAAUAGUUGUGAAUCGACUACGAAUGCUAGUUGUAGCGGUAAAAGAAAUCAAACACUCACAGUCAAGACCUGUUAUGAAUACGCUCAUAAUCCGUUGGGAAAAGUGUCCUUUGUUGUUAACACUAUAGAAGGUACUUUAACCAUUUAUAAAGCAAAAUCAGGAAAACUACUGGCGCUCUCGGUGGUCUUGUAAGCUUACCGGAAAUCUACAAACUACGUUUCUGUCGCUGACGAGAGAAAAUGUUUCUCAUUACUUAUAAACAGACCAAGUUAAUUACCCGUGUUUCAGUUAGGGCCGCAUUCCACGAUUAUAAAUAAAGCAUGGAGUGGUCAUAUACAUAAUAAAGUAAUGCCGUUCAUAAUUAAUUUGUGGAAGCUUUUCGCAUACAGCGGGCUGCAUCACGUGCUCAAACGUCAUAAUUUCCGUUAAAGGUUGGGUUCUUGUACUUCCUUAUGGAUUGCCCUAAUAUCCCCGGAAGAUAGGCAUGCCUCGGAAAUAAAAGCAUUUGGAGUACAGUACGGCUUUUAAGAACACAAAUUCACUUACGUUUAUGAGUCUGUAUUUUUAAAUACGAUUAAAUUUCCGUUUUUCUGGAAACAACUUACAUAUUUACAUUCUCCUUAAAUUGCCUUACGGGGCUCUGAAAGUAAUUUUCAAGACAACCAAUGUUGUUUUGGUAAUUUUUUCUUUUGAUUCAAGGACACAAGGAUAUAAAAGUGUGAUUUAUGAAGACUGUUAUCGAGUAGAUUGUUUUAUAAUAAAGUUAAGUUAAGCCCCGACCAUGUCAGUGUGCGCUCGACUCCACAAAAUAUUCAAAUAAAUCCGAACUUAAAACAUAUUUUUUAACAAUAUCUGUCGCAAUGACCAUUAACCAUAAGUAAAAUCAAUUUAAUGUAAACAAAAUAAAAAAGCCAAAAAUAGUAUUUCUGAAAACCAAAAUGACAAAAAUAAAAAUAUAUACAAAAUUUUUAAAUUUGGUUUGAGGCAUUGCAUUAUACCUGUCAAGUUAAGCUGCUUAUGAAAUAAACCAACAUAGGUACGAACAUACAAGAGCUUUCUCGGUAAUUCUCGAAUAGAACCCAGGACUUAGUGCAUCGGCCGAUAAACUUAUGGAAUUUAUAAGAAAUAUAUUUUGUCUGCCUUGCAGGAGCUGCGGCAUAUUUUAAAAGUAGCCCUUUUCGAGUGUAUAAGUGUGGUUGUCAAUGAGAUUAGCGUUUUCUUAAGUUCACCCUUUGAGAGACUGGUCAGAAACAAAGAAGUUAGAAAGUGCUUCGCUAAUGCAGUGGUAUGAAUGCAAAUUCUAUUUUAUUAGCGAUAAUGAUCGCUCGAAAAGCGUCAUCAUAGUCUUUGAUGAUAAUGGAUAGUUUGUGUUUUUGGUGUCCUAAUUGAAUUUGAUGCACAAGGUGGUUGCUUUAAUUUGUGUUUAUUAAAGCCCUUUAAUUGAGAAAUACUUAAAGUCUCUUAUAUGUACGUCAAUCCUAAGAAAGCCGGUUUGAUGUAGCUUUAUAUAUGACUCCUAGAAGUUAAAAAUAAGCACCAAAGUACAUUUGAGCACUUGACAAAAGCUUUCUGAUAAACGUGAUACAAACUGCCGUAUUCCUGAGAAUUUUUCGAGUUGCCCCCUGUGCCACUGAAAGUGUUUCAAAAAUUCAACGAGAAAACGUUUCGUCUUUUCACGUUUAUUCUUUUUUGAUUUCGAUUAUGGGUCUACAGCAGACACAUACUCCUGUCCAUUUUUAUCCCGGAGCCGGUUUCUCCCUGUUUGCUAAAUGCAAUAAAUAAAUACAGAUGCAAUGAAGCGCGGGCAUGAGAAUUUUAAAAUAUAUGUUAUACUACUACCGGCGUGUCCGUGCCUGCUUUAAAUAGCGGAGUUCCUCAAUCCAGUCUGCACAAUGGACUUCUUGUCGCCUGUUCAACAAUUCGGACAAGGAGUUUAGCAGAGUAAAUUUCUAAGGUUUAUUUGAUAGGAUUUAUAGGUGCUAGUGAUGGAAUUGGUAAAAACCAUUCGCCUAUCGACAUUGUUUUUCCCCUUUGAUUUCAAAAUUAAGCUCAAUAAAUCAAAACAAUCUCCCCUUUCUGAAAAUACCAUCACUAUUUAUAAUUUGCCUUACCUGAUUAACUCAAAAUAAACAGUGAAGUUUAGUGGGACCGAAUUGCUGCAGUAAAUCUUUUUUUAUUUAAAUCCAUACACAUUACUCAAAAGGCGCAAUGAUAAGCAUACAUAAAACAGGACAUCUUUUAGCACAGAAUGGUACCUUAAUUAAAAGAUGGGUCGAUUUUCGAAUAAAAUAAGUCCAUUUUAAUAAUGGAGUAAUUUGGAAACAUAAUGAGUACGAAGAUUUGCCUUGCAAGGCCUUAGUCUAACAAAUAAAAUGUACAGUACUUCAGAUAUGUUACAAUUACCAUUUGGACUUCGACCAUCGUAAUUCGUAAGUCCAAUCCCCUUCUGUAUUGCUAUAAAUGACCAAGAACGACACUAAAUGUUUUAACCGAUGUAAAACAAGCUGUUUAAAUGACCUGAUUUUCGUUUUGGUAAACAAGUGAAGGAGUACUCCCGGCUCUAAGUGAUUCAGAUUUACACCGCAAAAUCAGAGAAAAAACGCCUCAUUUACUAUUACAAACCGCAAACAAAGCGAAUAUAAUACAAUUCUAGAGCAACUCAAUUUUAACAGGACAUGUUUCAUCUGUAACAGCAUACUUGUCAUUAGGGCAUUUUUUACCGUCUUUUUGUAUCUAAUUCUCUAAAAUGUCUUUUUGGACCUCCAAUAUAUAUAUUUAUGAAGGGUUUUCACUGGGGAAAUACGCCGGUCUGGCGUGAGGGUCAUCAAACGUUUUAAAAUCCAAAACCAUAAAAAUACGUUUUUCGAAUGUUUUGGUUGAAGUGGAUACUAUGUACAGUAGGUGUGCGAACUCAUGAAAUGUCAACCAAAAUUCCAAAAUGCGUUUUCGUUUCAAAAAGCUUAAUAAAGUAGUGUUGUAAAACUAAUCAUCAUGCAGCAUAGUUCUGUAGUAAUUCAGCUGCUCAAGUAUGCCGACUUUCGAAAGAACUUCUUUCUAACUGCAUGCAAAAACUAUACUCUGUAAAAUUGACUACUUAUCUGGCAUGCAUUGUUCUCAAUGGUUUCCGACGCCCUUAAAACUUUAAUUUUAUUUCAUGCAUAAAUAUAUUCAUUCUUUAGCUCAUUCGGUAGAAAAUCACGUUUUUUCCUAUCUUAUGCUCGAUAAAGGGUAUAUUCCGGUUUUAAAAACGUUUUUAAAUGUGAGAUUUUUUAUACCGUGAAAUGCCUCUUCAUACAUCGUCAUGUCUCUGCAUUUUCGAAUGCGGCUUGUGAAGUUAACCAUAUGGCUCAAAGCGCUGCUAAAUUUUGCGAAACACAUUCGGUCGCCUUUUAAUAUCGUAGAGGAAUGUAUGGUUUUCCGUUCGCGGAAAAUUUAUGGCUUGUAGGUUUAAAACCCUGAAUGCAUGUGUACCGGCAGGCCGGGUUCAAAAUUUUUCGAGAAUCGAAAAAGUUUUUCAAGAUCAAAUUAUACUCUUCUUUCGAGUACAAAACUGAAAGAAAACGUAAUUGGCUACCAAAUGAGCUAAAGAAUGCAUAUUUUUAUGAAUGUUUUUCAUGAAAUGUAGUUGAACGUCUAAGAGAUUCAAAAACCAGUGGGAAAAAUGCAUGCCACUUAAUAGUCAUUUUUUGCUGAGAAUAGUUUUUGUAUGCAGCCGAAAAAGAGUUCGUUCGAAAGCCAACAUCCUGCAGUUACUGAAUUAUUAUAAAUUAGGCUGCUGGAUCAUUGACUUUACAACCCUACCUAGUUAAUCCCUUCAAAACAAAAACGCAUUUCGGAACCUCGGUCGAUAUUUCAUCAGUUAGCCCACCUACUUCAUAUGAAAGCAUAUGGCGAUAGAUGUCCAUCCGAAGGUGUUUACCAGAAUAGGCCUGAUUAGGUGGCUUUUCCGCCUACGUAGAUGGCUAGAUCAGACACGUGAUUUUGCAUAUUUUCCUUAUAAUCCUGUUCUUUUAUUGCCAUACAUUGAGGGGACACCUAGAUGUUCAAUCUCAGGGUGUUGGCAUUAGAGAUUUCAGUGAUAUUUAUCUGUACGCUAGUCAAAUGCGGAUUAUAACCGAUAAACCUUUGGGGAUACAUUUACAUUUAUGUUUUCCAUUGUUAAAGAUCGUUUAAAGAAUCACCAUUGUGGUACUAGAAAUGACGCAGUAGCAAAGCAUUUUCCGGCCGCGCUGGUGAUGAAUGUGAUCAUUGCGAGCACCAACGACCACUGAAAGACCUUUUUCUUUAUCAUAGGUUUUAGCAUAUUGACGUGCGAGCAAAAAACGGUAUCCGGAGUCUUGAAUUUUAUCGCAGAACAAGUUUACCUGAACGCCAUGAAACCGUCCAAGGAAGCGAAAGGAGAAUUUGCGGAAAUAUUGAUGGCUAACCGAUGGCAUCCAGAGGCUUCUCGCUCACGCUAUUCACGCAAACAAAGCAUGGGGAACAUGUGUAAGUUACAGCUGAUAAAUCUUUUGAAUGCAUACUAGAAGUAACUCGACCCUCAAAAACAGAUUUUAUACUUUUUGCCAACUGCGGAAGAAACCAUGUUAUUUGGUUAUUGCUCGCCACCGCAAGUGUUUUAUAUAUCAGUUUACAAGCUCGCAGGCCAGUGCUGUUCGACAGUUUCAAGAUAAGUGGGUUUUUCAUAUGGUAUGAAGGCCACUUCACUGAGCGCCUAUUGUCUUCUAACAUUUUAAUCAGGCGUUAAAAUAGUAGUUACAUUUUAACUGGCCGAAAGCAAAUGUAACUUUUUUUAAAUGCUAAAAUGCGUUGUAAGCAACCAGACGUUUGUUUGACAAUCAAGUCUAUUCUGACUGACUGGCGUUUAGCGUAGUUAGACAACUAGCCAGUAGAUACCAGAAAGUCACUGCCUACAGUUUUAAUUCCUUAAUAUGCUAAAUCAGACUGCGGUAUUGAAGGAUUGAUAGUCUUUGUUUAAUGAAUGUAAUUCGGACUUUAUGCGAUCUUUCGAUGUUGGGAAUGGACUAGAGGCCCGCACCGCUUAUCGCACUCCUCACUUCAUAUUGGCAGUUAUUUUAUUCAUAUCUUAACGGUUCGUUUCAAAAACAAAUAGUAGAAUUUACUUAUUUAGCCUUUGCAGAACUACUGACAUGACAUGAAUGACCAAGUGUAUUCUUGCAUGUGUAGUUAACGCCUCUAUAUCAUGUAUAAAACGGCAUGCGCUGAUUUCCAUUUUACGGCCGUGACGGUCAAAAUCAAUAUUUUUGUUUUGAAUGUCCUAUAAUAAAAGAUGGCGAAGAGACGGUAUGGCAUUUUUUCACAAGUAUGAAAUACACCUUCCCGUCAGAUUUCUUAUCACAGACGCAAUUUAAUUUAAUUUUAGUAACAAAAUAAAAAAUAGCCGGGUAAUUUGGAUAUAUGCUUACUAGAAUUUGUAUAUUAUAUAUUUUAUACAACACUUUAGGAACGUAAAUUCAUUUCAACCUAAGAUUAUCUUGUCUUGCUCGGACAUAUAGCUACCAUCGUUUUUGACUGAAUUCAUGUCAAACAAAAUGUUCCUUUACAUUUAAAAUACUUCCUUGCCUGAACAAGGUAGACGUCUAGGCUGCAUUCAUUAUGUGACGGAGCUCUAUUAAACUACAUACGUUGAAUGAAAACCCUGACCUGGAACAGCUAAACCACGCAUAGUUGAUUCACUUAGGGGGUUUUUCGUAAAUGUUUCGGCAGAUUUUCGAUGCAUAGGAAUACAGAGUUGUCUGGCUCGAGGGAACUUUAUUGACGCUGAAGAGUGACCACAAAUGCGUCAGCGAAUAAAGAGUUUUCUUUAUUAGGCUCCUCAAGCUGACAGUAGACAGUCUGGAAAACAUCGCGAAAGGUGGCGCAGUUACUUAAAUCUCUCGUGGGGAGAAACAUGCACGUCGAUUGCUUGCGUCUGGCCAAAAUAUGUUUUUACCUAGACUUCUCCAGGGGUUUACUUGCAAACGUCCUCUAUUUAGACAGUUCUCGGCGGUUCAGAUUUAUUUGCAUUUCACGGUAUAAAAAAUCUCACACUUCAAAAUGUUUUUAAAACCGAAAUAUACCCUUUUUCGAGCAUAAGAUAGGAAAAACGUGAUUUUCUACCGAAGGAGCUAAAGAAUGAAUAUAUUUGCCGUAACGGCUCCAAAAAUGAAGCAAAGUGUGAAGCGUCUAACCGUGAUGGCUGGCUGCCCAGAGAGAAGUGUGUGGGUUGUGUUGAAGAAUCCGUAGUUGGUGAUAUACCUGUAAAGAUGGAAAAAUUGGACAACCUCAUUUCUAGAGAAGGAGAUAUGCAGUCGAUUAUCACAAAAAUUGAACUGAUGGACGGAAGAAGGGAGAAUCCUAAUUAAGGAUUUUGUAAGGUAAAGAAUUGAGCGAGAUUUCUAGGCAGGAAACGUCAGUCUGAAGACUGACGAUGUACAUGCAUGAAGUCAAUUCUACUUAAUCUAACUUUGAGCAAAAAGCCUUUUGUGACCCUCUUGCAAAACGUUCUAAAUCUGCCGGUUUUGAGGAGAUUACAGUGAUUACCAGCAGGGCAAAAUCAGUUGCAAUUUCCGAAAUCACUACGAAUUCUUCAAGUGAGUGUUGCCAGUGUGCAUACUUUGAAAUUUCUGCGCCAUCUAUGUUGGCAAACGGAUGUCAGAAUUCGGUGCAUAUUAUGCGAUACGGACUACUGCAUCAUAAAUUGCGUUUCUGUAUCUUCUUGUAGAUGGUAAAAACUUGGUCCCAAAUAAUGCAUUCAUGGUUAUUGCCCUCUGGACGCCGGCUUCGCACAUCAGUCUACAGCGACAGGCCGGCAACCGAUCAAGUGACUUAAGGAUCCUCUGCCAAAAUGGGAAACAUACAACAUUGCCCAUGGGUUUCGGUAAUCUCUUGUCGAGCAAAUUAUGUCGAGAAGAGUGGCACUAGACUACGACCACCAUAAGAAAUUUGAAGCGAUGGGCCAUUUGUUUCUAGUAGUUGAACUGGAAACGUGCGGAGCACCGCGGAGGACGAAGUUGGUAACAGAUGAGAGGAACCGCGGAUAAGCAAACUUUGCAGGAUUAGGGCAUUCACUGCUGGCUUUUGGGCCCGAGUUGUGGCUCAUUAGAUCCCACUGAAGCACCGUUUCUCGAUCUGUUCCUCAGCAACACCUAUUCCCGGCUAGUGUACUAAUCCAGCCUUGUGCGUGUCAUCUCUACUGUGAAUAUGUAGCUUCGUUAAAACAGACCCACUGGACGACACCAAUUACAUCUCAGUUUUACGAUGGAGCGGAAUCAUUGCAUACUUAUCGCUUUCCCAUUCGCAGAUGUCGGCUGAAAAGAUGGAGAAGGAAGAAGACAGGUGUAGACCCGUUGCCACCUAUCGGACAUCCUUGAGUCUAGCGGGUGUUCGCAUUUGCGCGCUGUUGAAAAACCGAAGACUGGAUUAGAUUCCCUUAAACUGCAGUCAGAUCAGGCAGCUUCCUUUCCAGUUUGAAUAUAAAGUCUAAUAACCACAAGACAUAGCGUGCAAAUUGAGGUUGUAGUAGCCGGCCUUAGUUACCAAUGUCGCUUAGAUACUUGUCUCGUGCAAUAUUUUAUUGCGAUAGCAAGAUGGUAGUGAGACAUCCCGUUUUGCCUUGGAGUUGCUGUUUACGUAUCACGUAGGUGGUCGCAGAUCACCCAGCAACUAACAGUCAGGGAAUUUUCAAGAGGGAAAGCCAAAGGCACCGGAAGAGCCAUUUUUGAUACCCAAGCCUCAAGCAUCCCACCCGAUGGCUGAAUUGGGGGAGGGGGUUUGACAUCAAGAGGCGCAUCCAUCAUCACACUAUGGUAUCAGGUUCUGUCGACAUGGGGGGUCGGAAAAACUCAGUCUCGCGUGCACAGCUUGUGGCCUGGGUACUACUGACAAAUGACUGAAAAUAAACCAGAAAUAUGCAUCUGUCUUUUUCGGUUAAUAUCUUGGUAAGAUGUGGUUAUGUAGCCCAGCCUGAUGGACUAAAUGCUGUUCGGGUUUGGGUUAGGGGUUAGGGCAAAUAUUUCUCAACCACUCAAAGUGCAACCGCGCAUUCCCAAUGACUUUUCUUUUGCAUGCAAUUACUUUACCUCGUCGCCUCUGUGUUCCCCGGUCCCACCUGCAAAAACUCCUAUUACCACCGGUCCCGUAUUACAGAUGACUGGGAUUUGUUUACUUCAGGUGAUGCUACAUAACCACAUCUAACCAAUAUCCUCUUGGAUAACGAUAACCUUAUGCAGAUGUGAAAUGCCUUGACUCGUUAUAGAGCAGCUGCUGGGAAAGAUGGUGUAGUAAUUUGCAUGACUUGACCCUUUUUCAGCCUAUGUAAUUUCUCAGCAUAUAGACGUGGACGUAGUUUAGGAAAUAUUGGCGGAAAUCUCGAACCCGACCGCCGUUGCACCUACGCUUAUGGUUUCUCAAUCACAAGCUGUAAAUAUCGACGGAAGGAAAGCGAAAACUCCUCUAUAGAACUUGCAGUGGAUGCGGACUAUGUCGUAUACUUCAUAAGAAGCAUGAAUAACCAGAAAAAUAUGAAGCAAUUAAAAUGGGCAUUUGAUUAUCCUAGAAAUCUCAUAAUCGGCACUUCUUUAUUUGAGUAGAAAUUUGGAGUAGACCAAAUUCACUGUCAAAUAAGCAUAGGAAAGAAUAUUCUGAUGCAUUUUUCCCGAAAAAUGUUUGGACUUUUGUGGCCGGUAGAAGUAAUUGUCAACGAUGCCUACUAUUUAAGUCGCCAUUUGUUAAAAAGGGCCAGUACUGAAUGCGGCCGGAAGGAAUCACAUUCUAUAGCCGACAUCCUAUGGUGACUGAAAUGUCUUGGGAGUCGGCUGCCAAUCACUCACCAGUUCGACGUCUCUAAGGUAUCUUUUCUAACCGAAAACAUAUUCCACAACUUUGGCUAACGUUUGUUUAGAUAAGUCACCUACUAUAACUUUCGCCUCUUAUGAAUCCUCUUUACUCCUGAUACCUUUUAUUCCUCUUCGGAAUUUUUGAUCAAUCAGGACUUAAUCGUUUUUUCGCUCUGCGACUUUUGAAACGAUUCUUUUGUGUAAUGCAAGCAAUUCAGGCUUUUAAUGUUCUCUGCCGCUGUUCCUGUUGACCACUUCCUACUAGCCAUUUGGUUUUUCUGGACCGGCAACUCAAAGGUUCUCUGAGUGGCCUGCAAUGAGAAUCAAAUGAACUGCACCGGCGACUAUCUUCCGAUUAUAUUUGCACAAUGGUAUUAGUUCGUCAGUUUCAUGUACUCCAAUGCAUCACAUGCAAGCGCAAGCGGGAAAAUGAUCAGGUGCCCCUGGAACCAUAAAGCAAACAAGAAACAGAACAAGAAGUGAUAAAAAGUAUGCACAUGAAAACCUUGGUUGCAUCAUGUUCUGAUUUCGGCACAAUGUCCUCUCCGGUUAAUAGGUCUAAACUGAGACGUCCUGAGUGGCUUUGGCGGCCGCUGGCAGAGAUUCUGACUGGUUCUUCGUAAGCGAAUAUUAACCGGAUUCUACACGAAAGGGAAAAUCUCCGGCCACUUUCCAGAUACGAAAACUCCAGCAUUUGAAGAAUUUGAAAGACUGGGAAACGGGAAAUAAGCUAAAUGAUGCCUUAAAUCUUGCUCUAAUACUGUUUUUCUUUGGGGUCCAUUAAAACUUAUAUAAGGCAAUUGUAUUGUAUCACUGGGUACACUGCGUGUUGAAUUUUAGUCUCAUAACAUUUGUCGCUGUCAUUUCUGUCAAUAUAUCUUAAUUGACUGUUACAACGUAGUUAAACAUCACUUAAAUUAACGUCUUUUUCGGUUGAUAAGCAAAAUAACUUUGAGUUUUUGAGUAUUUCGUGUUAAACAGCGUUAAACACAAUUUUAUUUUCCUUACAGACACCCUUGGGGAACCAACUAGUGUAAGCACUCUUUUGGCUUAUUUUGGUAUGCGUUAGGAAGUUUUGCCUAUCUUUGUUGUUUUCGUUGUGCACAUGGGAGGUGCAUGAUACAACAGCGCUUUCUAAUAUCACGUUUUCCAACUAACAAAGAUGCGAGCAGUUUACAGCGUCCUUUGUAGGUCCGGUUUUAGAGUAUUUGUGCUGAUUGGAAGAAAAGAUAAAUUUAGGCAGCACUUCAUUUCGGCUCCGCCGGCAAUGAAAUGUGUGGCGACUGGAGAACGCAAGCACAGGUGAAUUUUGUAAAGCGCGCUUGCCGACAAACAUUCCUGUAUUUUAGUUGUUGGACAUAUGCACUGUUUAAACGACCAACAAAUUGUUCCUCCGUUUGAAAUGACAUAAUCUAGACAAACUAUACUUCUCCCACGUUCAGCUGAGCAGUCUAAAAAUGUAGGCCGGGAUAAAUACCGAGAGGCAGUUAAUGGGAACACUCUUCAGCCAGUGGUAAUUAACCUGUUUUACACCAGCUGGGUGUUUUACGCAACUUAUUAUGGACUUAAAUGACAUGAUAUCAUUUCAAAAAUGGGUAAAGCGGUCGAGAAUCACGUGUGAAAAGCGGUUUAUAAAUGUUGAAUAAGAUCUUACAGAGGAAUUGAAGGCUAGAUCGCAGUUGGUAGCCAGGCCCCGUAUUACAGGUGGCUGGGGGGUUUGUUUACUUGGGCUAUUUUGUGGGGCUCCAUAAUCACAUCUGACCCAUUUGCUUUCCGUUUUACGUUUGAGGUUAGGAUUAGGGUACCGGUUAAUUAUUACUGAUUUUCGGGUUAGGGUUAUGCUUUUAGGCUUAGGUUUACGGGUUACGAUUGGGGUUUGUAUGUACGAUUAGGUUUCAUUAUUAGGGUUAGGUUUUUCAGUUACGGCUGUGCCUAUGAGCUAUGGUUACGUUUAUGAUUUCGGUUAGGGUUGCCGUUAAGGUUAACGUUUAAGGUUGAGGUUAGGGUUAGAGUUAGGAUUAGGGUUAAGGUCGCCGUCCGCUUCCCCAUUCCUGGCUACCAACUGCGAUCUAGCCGAAUUGAAAACUCAAAACGAUGAAAGGAGGCAUUAAUGGUUACAAUGUACAGGGAAAUAACCAUAUUUGUGGCCGCAUCUAAAAACGGAUAUGCAGUAAGCACAUUUGCAAUACUUUCAAACUUUCGCUUGCUAGUGUUGAGUAUUUCGUGACCAUCGUUCUCCGAAAACGGAUUCAUCCUUCUUAUGGCUUUCAGAUAUGUUGCUCUAAACAUGUGCCACGGUUCGGCUCGUUCAUGUGCUAACUGGUGCUCGUCUUCCGGUAGCUGGACGUUUGUUCGUUAACAAAACAGUUCCAUUCCAAUGGUAGGGGGCGCUCACCGAUCGUUCUUACGGAUCUCAUUCGUUCCGUUGUGUCUUAAAGGCUCUCUCUUGAUCCCAACCAGCAUUAACACAGCGGCGCAUGAUGUAGACAGUAUGUUAUUACCGACAAAGACAAGGGAGACUGGAAUGGCCAUUUCUGGCUUAUUAGCUGUCGUCGGCCAGUCAUACCCAACCCCGACGGCUAAUUAGCCAGAAAUUGCCAUUCCAGUCUCCCUUGUCUUUGUCGUUAAUGCCAUUCUGCCUAGUUCCAUUCCAGACAGGUGGAGCUAUAAGUAGGGACAAUAUUUUAGCCUCCGUAAAUGAUUACCGCAGUAAAUUUAGUACUCAUCAAAUAAUAAUACCAAAUUUGCAAAUAUUGUAAGUGGACGUGUGCACAGAAGGUGUUGAUAUGGUGGUGCUCUACUCUCCUAUUCGUUUGAUUGCUUUACUCUGUCACAGUUCGCUCUGUUAGGGGAAUUAUCCUCGGACACCUGGUUAUCCUCUUUCAAGUGACUGACUUUCAUGCACAUAACGCGGGCAUUACGAAGGAAAGAGGGGAACUAAGUAGUAAAAACUGCAUACUGUUUGCAACGGGUUCCCAUAGGCCACCAUAUGUUCUGCGUGGCCGAUAGUCGAGGGAAGCAAGUUAGCUUGCACUUACCUUGCAUUCUGCCAUGAAUUGGAGUUUUGCUUUUAAGAAGUAGAUAAAUUUCUCCCAUCUUUACCAUAAGCCCGCAAAAAUGGUCUGUGCCUGCCCAUUUUCCACAUCUGAUAGGCUGCGUAAUUCUCAGUUGGCCUUUGUUGAAGGCUCAUUCCAGUAUUCGCCCUGAAUUUAGGCCUGGUUUGUGGCAUCAUUUCCAUUUUUAUGUCAUUUAGGCAUUCCCACUUCUAUUUCGUUUACUGUAUCGAUCAGCGUUCAUUUCAAAAGCACAGCAAAUUAUAAUAUAGGCCUUUUUACUCAACGUGGGCACUGAGGUUUGACUACUCUUCUCUUCAGCUUCACAUGAAGCGCACAAAUAUGCAUCUGAAUGCCUGUCUCCCAGAAGGCACCGAAUCUUGUUGCGUACUCACGGGGUAUGUCCAAGAAUUGCGGCACCACGUUUACGUGUUGACGAGACUGAAGACUGCCAUCGAUGGUCUUGGGAUGGUGGAAGUUAAUAAUCCACUGCGUUUCAUCGUGCUCUUCCUGACAAGUGACCGUUCGCAGGUAGAAGCCACUAACGAACUCGGACGUUGCUUCGCUGUGCUCAUGGAGGACCCGGUGAGUAGUGAUCGUGUGCGUCUGCUAUGCCAUGAUUCAGAAUACAGUGAAUGACCGAUCUCGUGAAAUGUUGACUGAAAUUCUGAAAUGCGUUUUCGAUUUGGAAGGGUUACUUGGUCGCGGUUAUAGGACUGAUUUUCUUGCUACAUAAUCUUAUAACAUUUCGAACUCGGCAGGAUGUCAGCUUUUGAAUACAAUGCUUUUCAAUCUCCUGUGGAAACCGUACUCUGUAAAAAAUAUGACUACAUAAGCAGCAUGCAUUUUCCCAUUGAUUUUCGAUGGUCUUGCAAAUUCAAAUAUAUCUUAUAGAAACCAUGGACGAAAAUAUGUUUUCUUUUAGUCAAUCAAUGGAGAAUCACGUCUUCUUCAUAUUUUAUGCUCAAAGAAGGAGUAUUAUUAGGUUUUAAAAAAGUUUUGUCAUUCUCGAAUAAUUCGGAGCCUGAUCAGGCGUUGCAUUAGCGCUUAGUGGUUUCAGUCUACAAGGUGCAUGCGUUCCGCGUAAAUAAAAUCACAUAUUUUUCUAUGCCAUUAAAAAGAUAUCAUAUAGAGUCUAUAAAAUUUUACAAUGGAUGCGCACUAUGUUAUACGCUUCAUGAGGAGCUGUGGUAAACGGCCAGGUACGAUGAUAUGUGAAUGGACAUUGCACGGUCUUAAAAAAUCUCAUCGAAAAUCAAUGGGAAAAAUGUAUGCUACUUAAGUAGUCAUUUUGUACUUAGUACGGUUUCUACAGGAGAGUGAAAAGCAGUGUAUUCAAAAGCUAACAUCCUGCCGAGUCCGAAAUUUUAUAAGAUUAUGCCGUAAGCAAAUCAGUAUUACAACCGCGACCAAGUAAUCCUUUCAAAUCGAAACGCAUUUCAGAAUUUCAGUCAACAUUUCAUGAGAUCGGUCACUCACUGUGCAUUGGUCCUCGCAGCCUGGUUUGCGGUGGCAGUUCUCUGGCACCUGGUUCCCCCGGGUGGUGGACACCUAUGUGCCCCCGCUGAGUAUACAGGCCGUAUGCAUGUUUGCCCUGUGACUUGUAUCAUUCACCUCUUUCUGAGCCCGUUUUUUGGUUAAAAUCCUGGUCAUGCGUUUGUUGUGGAUCAGCGGGUGUGGUUGUACGGCUAGGUGUGAGUCUGGCCGUGCUAGUCACCUGCCACCUCGCCCACCUUCGGUUUUCUUGACUACGUUUUGACAUCGUGCCCAGACGGGGGAGGAGGAAAGAGCUCAAGUCACCGUGCUUUCUCUGAACUUGCUCUGGAGCCCAUGAUGGAUAUCGUCGGCUACGACGGUCGAACUGUUAAGUGUUGAUCGUAUUGAUUUUCUUCUGAAAUUUUUUAAUACAGAUGCUUAGUCAGAGUCGAAUUCAAAUGUUUCAUUUUUCGUCUCAUCUCAAAAGAUCUAACAUAUUGGUCCUAUGUUCCUGUGAUAUGUUAGAAGGGGACUCGAACGGUCACUUUAUUCGAUUCAAAAACCUUGAGUUAGUAUGACAGUUCUGAUGACCGGCUCAUGUUUUUCUGUUAUGCAAACCGAGUUUAUUGAUCAAGCUGUUGCGGCUAAGCGAUGGGAGUGUGAACUCAGAACGCUGCACUUACUAGACCGAAUCCCACCUUCCAAGGAAAAGACGGAAAACCCCAGAAUCAAAGGUUUAAUGCAUACAAAACACGCGGUUGUCCUAUCAAGAGACAGUGGCCACCGGCGAAGCCAGGGCUGGUGUUGACUGCGUCCAGUCAUGCCUGGAAGUCCCCGAGAGAAUAGUGACGACUUUUUUUGUAGGUUUGUGGGGCAGUCUGAAGGGGCGUCAGUUGUUGCGUUGCAUUUGUCCUCGGUAUUUAUAAGGCCUCCAGUCGAUGCGGGUAGAUUUAAUGUGUACACCAAUAGGUAAGAGUAGGAUAACACGGAUAAUUAGCCUCUAGGGUGGUCGAGGCCGCCAGCGGCCAUAUAUGGCAGUCUUGCAACGUUCAAUAGGACCAAAGUUGAGAGGUGGCUAGCGCGGCGCCGUGGUGCAGGGUCCAGCAUGACUAAGUAGAAAUCAGACAAACUGUAUCUACAUUGUCAAUAGAAGAGAAGAGACAAGCCCUAGGUAGCAGUCGUGUCUACACCCCUACACACGGACAGCUGCGACCUUAUGGAUGCGCUCGCGUCUGAAUUGAAGUCGGUCGAGUCGCUGCUGGUCGGCGAGUAUGGAACCCCUCGCUGCAAGGGGCGAAUGACCUUGAGGCCGCGAGACCUUGAAAAAUGACGCCAGACUGGCCAUGAUGGUUGCCCCCAACAAGGUAAUGCUGUAACGCGCUGAGGCCCAAUCUAGAGCACUCGCAGGUACUCACACUGCGACCAGUAAUAAGACAGGAAGGAGGGCCGACAAAGACUGGAUAUGCCAUUUUUGGCUCCAUUUUGGGUCAGUAUAAAUUAUUCCAAACCUGCCAAAACAUCUAUGAAAUACGUUGAGCGUGGUAGUCAUCUGGUGGAUUCCAGGUAAAUUACUUAGGAAAUCCUGCCUGGGCAGUCAGCUUAGUGUAUCAGACUUGGUGGAUUCCAGACGUUGCAGUAGGUUGGGCGGGUAACCUGACCCACAUGUGAUUAAACUCGCGUUGUCCGACGGGGCCUCGUUGCUCAAGUGGUUAGAGCGUUGGCUGCACUAAAGCCUUUUCCUUACUGCGUGGGUUCGAAUCCCACCGAGGCGUCGAGUUUUUCACAGUUGGGUCAAUAUGAAUUAUUCAAAAAUCUGUCAAAACAUCUAUGAAUUAUUGGUCGUUGUCAGUCAGCCAUACCCAACCCCAGGUUCGCAGGACUUAAAAUUUUGAACGGCUGAUGUUUGGCUGCUGAACGUUAACUAGUCUAAGGCUCUGCCGUUGGGUCACGUACCUAUUGUCCUGUCGUUUUUAACCGGAAUUAUUCACUAUCUUAGUAUGUCCGUUCACCGAGCACAUGCACGCCCAAGGUCAUCCAGGCCCGGAGUUGGCUAUGGAUGUCUGAUGACAUCUCAUAAGCCAAAAGAAGCUGUGUGAAGACGCUCUUCAAACGCGUCCAAACUCACUGCAGCAAACCGGAGGACAGAACACGUGAGGUCCGUUAUCUCCGCGACCAGUUUGUGCAGAAUGGCUAUCCGAAGGUAUUCAUAAGUCGCUGCCUACGCAGUCGCCACCAGAGAACUCGAACAUCAACGCCAUCGACGAUAUGGCAUUCUCUGACAUGCAUCAAGGGUGUUUCAGAAGCGACCCAGCGCACUGCUGCGGAAAUAGGUGUUGGAAUUACACACCGCCCCAAAGCCAGCAUGCGCAAUAGGGUCAUGAAAAGAAAAGACCGGUUAAAGCCUGGAAAGCAAUCUGGAGUAGUGUAUCGCAUACCGCGUCAAAAUUGUCCUUAUAACUACAGACUGGGCAGACUGUGCGCAUGCUCGGAUCGUGUAUACACGAACGUAAGCUGGCUGUGCGACGAGGCGACACAUUAUCACAAGUGGCCGCUCACACAUAGGAAAUGGGUCACGAGUUUAACUUCUCAGCCACUAAAAUAUUCGUCCACGCCUGAAAAAAAACAGGCCGAGAAUUGAUUGAAGCCUGGGCCUCGGAUGAGAACUCGGUCAGUCGAUUUAUCUAUCUGGAUCCGGCGUACAGAACCCUGCGUAGCCACCUCCAGUCUUGCGCCGUCGGCCAAUGAUUAAACUACAUGCCUUAUAACUGUCGCUUGUUCUGUUGCUACUACUAUCUCUGACGAUGGACUCCCGUACGAGUCUGAAUGCUCAGGACAAUAAAAAAAGUGUUCCACUGCCCGACUAUUCUUCUUCACUUCCCUCUCAAUCCCUCGUAGUCUCCCUUGUCUUUGUUAGUAAUCCAUUAUGCAUCAAAUCGCUCUAUUCACCUUCACCACCCACAACCGCUUGAAUUAGAAGUUUUGCUGUGCAAUGACAUGAUAUAUUUUCAGUUUGUACCACUCUGCCAUUGUGCAGGGUAUGAAGAAUUUGUGGUAGUCCAGAGUUAUGAUUCGAAAGGGUGUGCAACUUCGGUGGAAGCUGGUUUUUUUCAUGUAAAACACAUCGAGAACUCGGCGAUCGAGCAUGAUUUUCGGUUUAAAACUCAAAUAGUGCACCAUAGAUACCUAAAUCUCAGAUUGUGUUGGGUUCACCUUCGUGUACCUGGUUACAACAGGUUAACGUUCGACUGCGAAUUUAAUGUUCGAAUCGAUGACUUGCAUUCAUCCUGUGGCGCAAUCCUCUUAGACUUUACGCCUGCUGCGUUAGACUACGAUGCAAAUACCUUUACAAUUUCGGCGGAAGUAAGUAUGCGAAGCUGGAGUAAAGUCAAUGGAACAGAAUGUGGUGGAAGCAAACUGCACGAACAUUGCUGGGACCAACUGAAUGGCCUGAUCCGCACAGCUGCCGCGUGUAGCUUGAGUAGCAAAAGAUGGAUAAAACAUGUGCCUUUGUCUUUGGUCGAUGUCUAGUUUGAAAUUAUGACUGAGCAAACGUAAGUGUAAGGCACUCACUGCUGCUUACUAAACUAUCUACAGUUCACUUUAAGCUUACCCCCCCCCCAAUCCUGAUGUUUAGGCGUUCCGCAUGACAGCAUAUGCGGCCCCCGAUGCCAAUGUUAUCAUUCAGGCGAUGGAAACCUACCUACAAACGACUGUGGUGCUACCGAGGUCUGCAAUUAAGUCAGCAAUCGUUGGAGAAACUGGGUUGGCUCUUCCACAACCGGAUCCAGUUCAGUUCGAGCGAGAAGAUCUGGGCAAGUCCGAACUGCUCAAAAAUGUUUGCAUUUGUCCCUUUUGAAUUAAUAUUCUAUGUUAUCCGACGGCAGCCAUAGUUGUGUUGAAUAGUGUGCCUAGACAAACAUUUACUUUAAAAGACGCAAGUGUCCAUUUUUUCACAAAACUAUUCAACUUUAUGCACUGGGGUUGAACGAAUGAUUAUACUUUGAGUUAACCUGAUUUCAAUGAUCCGAGUUUGCUAUCGUGAGAACUUACGGGAAUAAAUAACUGCGCCCAGCAAUCGACUCUCGAGCUUUACCGUAUUUCCAGACACUAUAAGUAAUAUCUAAGUUAGAGGGUAUAGUUCCUAUGACAUAUUUCACCAGCCAAGCAUGUUUUACUCCAACUUUCUCACUUGGAAAUCCACCUUGGCUCAAUAGCAACCCGGGAAAACUCAUAGAGAAAGAGAAUAUCGACAGAGACUAGGGAUACUUGGAGAACAAUUUCUGGCGUAUCAGUCGUUAUCAAGCAGUCUUACCCGAAAUCAGGUUUGUGGGACCUUUGUGUCGAACUCGCGUUCUUUGGUCUCCGAGCGUUCCAACGCUCUACCACUGAGCCACAGUCCCAUUGUCCUGUUAGUUGUGAUCGGGGAAAUAAAACGACGUUUGGGAGUUUUCGAUGAUGAAACUUUGUUCAGGCGGCCCACGUUUUCGAAAAAAUUGUCGAAAUCCCAUGUUUGUCCUCGGCUCUGGACAUCCGUUCCCCUAAGUCACCACUGUAGCCAAACUAUCUGUGUUGGUUGCGUUCUCAGGUUAUUUCGGUUUGGAUGAUACGUAGGGAUUAUAGAUUGUGACUUAGUUCUAGACGCUUGGCGCAUUCUGUGUUUCGACUUAAAAGCUUUAAUUAAGGCUUAAAUAAAUGUCAUGAAAUAAAUCCGUACGUGGCGAUUUAAUUUUGGAGCCCUGUAAAGCUGGCUGAAGUUAUUUUCCCAGAGGAUGAUAGACAGACUUGCCGAGUCAAACGAAGACGUGGACGACACACAAAGGAACGACGCAAUCAUUUCCGCCAUCUGAACGAUAAAAACAGAUAAUUUUCUCCGAUGUGUUUGUCUUCGUUCUUUUGGAUUAGUUUUCCAACACUGGAUUAAAUUAUCUACGAGCUGCUCCAAAAUUGACUUACGGUGCAUGACCGAUCUCAUGAAAUGUUGGCCGAAACUCUGGAAUGCGUUUUCGAUUAGGGAGGAUUACUUAGAUUGGCAAAGUUGAGAGAUCCGGGUUGAUUAUUUAAAGAAGAUGGGCUCACCAGAACAGGUUUAUUUAGAUGCUGACGUUUCGAAGAGCUUGGUCGGCUCUCCAUUGUCAAAGCGUAAAAUGCACUUAGACGACCAGAAAACCCAAGUGGCGUGUCACGUUGGUCGGCCUCGUGCUGAUCGAUUUUUCUCUCACCUCGCUGCCACGGCCUCUCGGGGGGAUGGUUGACGGGCCUUUUUUCUGCGUGCUUUGUGAGUCACCACUCCGUCGGGGGAGGUCCUUGAACCACUGUCAGGUGGUAGGUCAGGCGUAUGGCCUUCUUAAGUCCGGUGUGGUUGUUAUAACCUGCCAGAGUAGGCAUAGCUCACCGACCCCAGGCAACAAUUCGACGUCGUCUGAUGCAACCUAAGGACCCGUUGCUACCAGUCGAAACCUCAGCAGUUAGCUACAAAAUAAAUUGCAAUGAGGGCGAUUGCAACUAUGUGGGAGAAACGGGGCGACAAUUGCAAACUCGCCUAGAAUAGCACAAAUCGGUUACACGGAGGUUAGACACAAACUCUCAAUUAGCAACACAUGUUGGAGAAAGUGGGCAUACUUUCGAUCUCCAGCGAGCUACCAUCUUAGGCCGGCGCAACACAAGAGCAGAACGGCUAGCUCUCGAGGCGUGUUUAUCCGAUGCCCACUCCAUCAACAGGCAUCUGGAACUUCCUGCAGCUUACAGAGUCCUACAUCAUCACAAUCAUAGAGCUCAGGGCCAAACAACCACACCGGACUUAAGAAGGCCGUACGGAGAUAGCCUGACGCUGAGUUUACUCGGUGAGGAAAAACAAGAACCGCCAGACCGACCACCCGACACUGGUCCAGUCACCUCCCCCCGGCGAUGUGGUGACUCACAAAGCACACAGGCAAACCGCCCGUCCACCACCGCCCGCGAGGCCGAGGCAGCGAGGUGAGAGAAAAAUCGAUCAGCACGAGGCCGACCAACGUGACACGCCACUUGGGAUUUUUGGUCGUCUAAGUGCAUUUUACGCUUUGACAAUGGAGAGCCGACCAAGCUCUUCGAAACGUCAGCAUCUAAAUAAACCUGUUCCGGUGAGCCUUUCUUCUUCUUCUUCUUCUUCUUCUUCUUCUUCUUCUUCUUCUUCUUCUUCUUCUUCUUCUUCUUCUUCUUCUUCUUCUUCUUCUUCUUCUUCUUCUUCUUCUUCUUCUUCUUCUUCUUCUUCUUCUUCUUCUUCUUCUUCUUCUUCUUCUUCUUCUUCCUCUUCUUCCUCUUCUUCCUCUUCUUCCUCUUCUUCCUCUUCUUCUUCUUCCUCUUCUACUUCCUCUUCUUCCUCUUCUUCUUCAUCUCCUUCUUCUUCCUCUUCUUCUUCUUCUUCUUCUUCUUCUUCUUCUUCUUCUUCCAAGGAUUACUUAGGUGGUGUUAUAAUGUUGAUCAGUCUGCGUCAUAAUCCUAUAGCAUCUCGGACUUACCACGAUGUCAUCUUUUAGCUGUACUUCUUUUUGACAUCCUUCAGAAACCCAACUCGGUAAAAAAUGACUAAUUAAGUAGCAUGCAUUUUUCACAUUGAUUUUCGGUGGUCUUAUAAAUUCAGAUACAUUUUAUAGAAAACAUGCACAAAAGUAUGCUUUCUUUUACUCCUUUGGCAGAAAAUCACGUUCUCUUCAUAUUUUAUACCUGGAGGAAGCGUAUAUUUGGGUUCUAAAAAGUUUCUAAUUAUGGGAUUUUUAAGACCGUGCGAUGCCCAUGCAUACAGGACCGCACAUGUCCAUUUACCAAAGAUCCUCAUAAAAUGUACAACACAGUUCGGGUCCAUCGCAAAAUUUUAUGAACUCUACGUAGUAUCCUCUUGAAAGCAUAGGGGAAUAUAUGAUUUUCCUUACGCGGAAAGCAUGCACCUUGUAGACUGAACUUGCUCAACGCUGAUGCAAUGGCAGAUCAGACUGAAAAUUAUUCGGGAAUUGGGAGGCUUUUUUUAAAACCUAAAUAUACAUGUUCUUCGGGUAUGUGAUUUUCUACCAAAGGAGUAAAAGAAAGCAUAUUUUGUGCAUGUUUUCUAUAGAAUGUACUUUAAUUUAUAAAACCACCGAAAAUCAAUAGGAAAAAUGCGUACUAUUUAAGUAGUCAUUUUUGGCGUGUGUUCUUUCUACAGGAUGUUAAAAAGAAGUACAUUUGACGCUAUGGGAUUAUGCUGCAUGUUAAUCAGUAUUACAACUCCACUAAAGUAAUCCUUCCAAAUCGAAAACGCAUUCCAGAAUUUCGGCCAACAUUUCAUGAUAUCGGUCACGCACUGCAUACUCAGAUCAUCAUCAGAUCUAAAGGUUCAUUUACUUAGCAGCAUCACGAAGAUUGCUACAUCUCACAAUCGCGUUUGGCAGGACGUCGCAGUCGCUGUUAAAUAGAAAUAUCUUUGGUAGGAGGCGCUCACCGAUCGUUCUUACGGAACUUACUCAUUCCGUUGUGCCUUACGGGAUCUCUCUCGAGUCCAACCAGCAGCCGCACAGCGGCGCAUGAUAUAAUCAGUACGUUAUCACCGACAAAGACAAGGCAGACUGGAAUGGUCCUUUCUGGCCUAUUAGCUGUCAUCAGUCAGUCGUACCCAACUCGAGGCCCAGGAUAGAUUUUAUUGCAAGAAGGUUAGAACUCUGUCGUCGGAUUUUAACUCCCUUGCUUCUGCACACACACAACCUCUGUUGGCAAUAUCAUAAAGGUAACCUGUUAGCUCUAUUCGGUAGCUACGUGGAAUCAUAGAAUGACGCCUGGACUAUGUACAAGCAAGUAUAACAACUCUCACAUUAGAAUUAUAACAGCUGGCGGAUGAUAAAGGAGCAAUUGAUCAAAAAACCAAGAUUUAAUGACGCAGCAGGUUUCGAAGCUGCCUACGAUCAGACCUGCCCAUGUAUGUCAUUUUUAUUUAGCUGAGAUUGCCGUUGGAAACAACCAAAUUUGUGCGCAAUUACUAACGGCAAUUUUCUUAUUUUUCCCUUGUAGUUUUUGAUGACUUUCAAGCUGACCUAGCCGGUCGUGAAGGACGCCAUUCGGUCGUGUCCGGGUUUGCCCAGCAAAUUGCUACCAUACCCAGAAUAAGCACAAAGAAUUUGAAAAAGUUCUGUCCCCCAUUCAAACAACUUUUGCUCGGUUGCAGGAUGUGGAUCCAUCGGUAUUGUAGUGAUUUCAAGGACGCCUUCGCGAAGGAUAACAUCUCCACUGUCCUCAGUAGCAUUCCAUUUGUGUUUUUUGUCGUCUUCGGACCGACCAUAACCAUCGGAAAUCUUUACCGUGAGUUUGGCAUCUUUCGAAUUAUGUUUAUUCUUUGGAAUGGCCGAAACGUGAUAAUAAUUUUACUUUCUGCGCGACUUCUAAUGCAUAAACAUAUAAAUAGUUCGUGCACAUAAUCUCGAUGCGUUAUCAACUAAGAUAAGGGAGAUCGGAAUGAAGAUUUCUGGUUUAUUUUGUCGUCAGCAAUCAAUCGUGCCCCAAAAGAAAGUCAUGGGGAGACCUGGGAUUUGAACCCUGGAGUGCUGACCAUAGAGAAUUUGAGUCAAACGGCCUGUCGGUUGAACCACUGAAAAACUCAUCCAGGUUAAAAUCCGGGAUCCUCCGUGGCCCGCGCCCAGGACAUGAAAUACCUACUGGCUGCACUGGAAACUGGGUUUAAUUAAGAGACCCAGAAGAAAAACAGUUUCACGAAAAAUUUCAUAUACUGAGGAUGGGAGGGGUCUCAGAAAUAUUUGUUUAAUUUCCGACGUUUUGGAAGUAUACAAGUAUUUACGGUCGGUAGAUGCGGUAACAACAAGCUCCACAGUUUAUGGCUGCACUGACAGAUGGCUAAUAAAAGGUUAUCCACACACGCCUGCAGGCCGGUGAAAGUCAUAGACGCGAUGGUUCUUCCUGAUCUGGCAUGCGUUUCGGUUACGACCGUCGGGAGGUGGGUUGGCAAUUAUACAGGCGACUGUCAAAUUGUGUCCUGACAGUACGACCGUCGAGUGCUCCACAACAGGAUGAGAGCAGGGUCAGCGACUUGCGCGUGAAUUAGUUUAUGCAGAUAGUAGACUUGCGCAUUACCUACCUCUAUCUCCCCUCCUCUCCCACUUACGCCUGGUGUCUAGACAUAGUCAAGAAGGUCGGAGUGGGAGGGGACGCAGGUGGCAGGCAAAGCCGCACAUAGGCGUGCUGCCACACCGGACCCGGACCCCACGGAGUGGGAAUGGUAUAGAGACCACACUGACAGGGCGUCAUUUCAGCCUGCUUUUCAGUCCAAUAGUUCGACCGUCGAUUUCGACGAUGUCCACCGUAUGUCCCACCGCAGCAGUGGUGGGAGCAGGGACGGUGACUUGCGCAGGGGUUUAUAGUACGAGUAGACUUGCGCUGCAUCUACCACACUCUCUCUGCCUUCCCCGCCUGAGCCCAGUAUCAAGACAGAGUCAAGAAGACUGGAGACGAGGGAGGCCGCAGGUGGAUGUCUCGGACGGAUACUCGCCUUGGCGUUCCACCACACCCCUUGGUCCACACAACAAAAAACCAGGAUUUUCAUCAACAUAACAGAGCUUGAGGCUGGAAACGGCUGAAGCAGCCGCACCUAGGCGUGCCGCCAACGCCUGGCUCGGAUCCCACACAGUGGGAGUGCCAUAAAGGCCACAUUAAAAAGGAGCCAUUGCGGCCUGACUCUCAGACCACAACCAAUCGAGGAGGUCUAAGUUAUCCCGUCAGUUGGCAACCUUCCAGGCUCACCGUGAUAGCUUCAAGCGCGUCAGAUUGUUUGUAGUGAGACGAAAAUGCGCUGAGUCGUCGACCUCACCCUCCCUUCCCAUUUCACACCCCGGCCGCUGUCCGAGCCGGUCAGCAGACUGGAGUGGGGAAUGGGCGCGGUGGCUGGCAUGGUUGUCUGACCAUGACUGCGCACGCCACGAGCACGACCUGGCCCCCCAGAUGCACAUACACCAGGAUUUCGAACAACGGGGGUUGAACGGGGUGUCUCUCACUUGCGUGGGAGGGCCGUGGAAGGGGCUGCUUCGGCCCGUCUCCCAGCUACUCCACACACACACACCACGGGACGGACUGCGUGGACCGAGUGGGGACGUCAAUUGGCAGCCUUCCUAUCCACGGCGCUUGACGUGUCGGGAUAGUCUCAGACUCGAGUCGCCCGUACAGCCGAAGCUGCAUGGGGACCGAGUCGAGGUGGCAGUUGGGUGCUUACGAUGGAUAAGUGCUGAUGUGUGGUGGGGUGGUGUUAGUGGUGGUCCACCAUUUCACACAAGCACAUACUGUGCUGCCUGUGAGAUCCGAGUUACCCCUUCAGUUGGCAACCUUCCGAGCCGCGGCUUUUUGCACACCGUGAUAGCUUCAUGUUCGUCAGAUUAUUUAUUAGUGGGGAAGAUGCGCUGAGUCGUCGACCUCGCUCGUCCUUUCCAUUCCCUACGCGUCAGCCACUGUCCGAGGUGGUCAAACGCCUGGUACGGUAAAUGGGCGCAGUGGCUGACAGAGCCAGAGAGCUCGUCCGCGCGCCGCGUUCUCAACAAGGCCCUCCAAACGCACACACCAAACGAAAGGGGGUCGGGUUGCACAACAUACUCACUGUCCACAUUUGUGCUGAGGCGAAGUGAUGAGCCACCGCCCUACUUGCUACCACCAUCCGCAUCUGUGGAAUGUUUUAUCUGACCGCCCAGAUGAAUGGCAAGGUGGAUAAAACGGAAGGAAGGCCAUGCAACGAUUAGUGGGUGUUCUGUAGGUAUGCCAGGCCUCCAAUGAUCGCCUUGGCGGUUGAUUCCAUCCGCCAGAGAAGUCAACCCUUUCAUAAGCGGACCCCAGACUGUGCGCUACUUGACAUUGGGAUAAGUCAUAGAUAUUUUGGCAGAUUUUGAAUGAUUCAUAUUGACGUAACCGUGAAAAAAGCGGCGCCUCGGUGGGAUUCGAACGCACGCAGUAAGGGGUAGGCUCCUAGAUGAAUUACUUAGGAAGUCCUGCUUGGGCAGUCAAGUUACUGUAUCAGAUUUGGUGGAUUUCAGACAUUGCAGUAGGUUGGGCGGGUAACUUGACCCACAUUUGAUUAAGCUCGAGUCGUCCGGCGGGGCCUCGUAGCUCAAGUGGUUAGAGCGUUGGCUGUACUAAAGCCUUACUGCGUGGGUUCGAAUCCCACCGAGGAGCCGAGUUUUUCACAGUUGGGUCAAUAUGAAUGAAUUGGGAUAAGCGUCCCCAAAUCUCAUGAUCGGUUUUCGGACUAAGUUUGUCAAUCAGUGAGCGAUGUAACUCCACCAGAGGGCACAGAACACGGGCGACGACCCGGAUACGCUGUUCUGAACUAAGUUACUACGGUAUGCAAAAAUGUGAAAACACGGUGCAUAACGUCAGUUAUAAGCAUGUCAUUCUAUUGACUGACAGAAUUCCUCUGAACUGUCGCCGAUGAAAGUAGAAGACCUUUCAGCCUAAAGUGUGCAGACGGGCAACACUUUCUUGGGGCAUCCUAGAGGAGUUUGUAGUUUUUGAGGAGACGAGAAUGAACUUUCUUCAUAAAGAGAAGAAUAGACAGCUCUGUUGUCAUGUUGUGGUUUACUUUUCUCCAAAGUGCAAUUCUUGGCUGCGUACUCAACUUCCUACUUUAGUAAUUCCUUGAUCUAUCUAUAAGUUCAACUUUCUUCCAUGAAAUUUGACUAUCUCUCUUGCGCUGCAGAAAAGGAGGUUAGCCCUCUUUUCAACCUCGAAUUGUGUAUCAUCGCCUGCGGUUUCUUCACUGCGACCUACGCCCUUCUCUGUGGACAGCCUGCCGCCACUGUUGGACCCUCGGGACCCUGUUUCAUAUUUGAAGGCAUAACCUCUCAGGUGAGAGUUAAUUGCUGUCUUGUCAAUCGGUUCUAAAGCGAUACCUCCCAGAAUUUAAGUGAAUUACGGUUAGGUAUUUAUAGUACUAUAUCCGUAGGCAUUAAGCGUACGAUUAUAGAAAACUUGGAGGUGGUUUUGUGGUUGGCUAACUCAUGAAAUGUCAGCUAAAAUUUAGAAAUGCGUUCCCGUUUCGAAAGAAUUAAUUAAUUAGGGUUGUAAAACUAAUCACCAUCCAGCAUAAUUUUAUAACAAUCCAGUUACCUCAGGGUGUAGGCUCACGAAAAAAAGUACAGUCUCCAAAAAAUGACUACAUAUGUAGCAUGCAAUUUUCUCAUUGACCUUCGAUGGCCUUAAAAAUUCAAUACUAUUUCUUGAAAAACAUAAAUAAAAGUAUUCAUUUUUUCACUUUUUUGAUAGAAAAUUAUGUCUUCUUCCAACUUUAAACUCGACGUAAUAGUUGAAUUAGGUUUUUACAACCUUUUUCAAUUCCCGAAUAGUUUUGAACGCGACCUGCCGUUACACUUGCAUUCAGGGUUUGCAAACUACAAGCCGUAUAUUUUCCGCGUAUGGAAAACCGUACAUUGCUCUACAGUAUUAGGAGAAGGCCAUGUGUAGUUCAUAAAAUUAAGCAGUGGAUUUAAGCCAUAUUGUUACCUUAACAAGUCACAUUGGUAAACGCAGAGACAUGACUUUUUAUGAAUGGCCAUUUCAUGGUAUUAAAAAAUCGCACAAUUAGAAACUUUUUAAAACUAAAUUCUAUCCUUCCUUUAAGUAUAAAAUUGGAAAAAGACGCCAAUUUCUACCGAAAGAGUGAAAGAAUGAAUAUUUUCAUGCCUGUUUUCCAAGAAAUAGAAUUGAAUUUUGAAGGGCAUCGAAGAUCAAUGAGAACAUUGCAUGCUACUUAUGUAGUCAGUUUUUGUAGAGUGCAGUUAUUUCAUGUAGUCGGAAAGAAGUUCAUUCGAAAGCCUACACCCUGAGGUAACUGGAUUAUUACAGAAUUAUGUUACAUGGUGAUUAGUUUUGCAACCCUAUUUAAUUAAUCUUUACGAAACGGGAACGCAUUUCAAAAUUUUGGCUGACAUUUUACGAGUUAGCCCACCAACUGUAGACAGAGGCGGUUCUGAAGGAUAAACAAAGGACUUUUACUUCAUCUGAUUUACUCAUGCUACAAAACUACCUUCUCUGUGGCUGUGGUCUGUAUCCCAGUCAAAGGCUUGUUUCCUCGGGAGAAAAAACAGAAACGGCGAGGAUUGUUCAUACGACUGCGAGUAAACCUCUGGGGAAAUCUGACCAAAAUUAUGUUUACCCGGAGACAGGUAAUCGCCGCACAUGGUAAUCCCCACGCGAAUUCUGAAUAGGUGCAUCGCUACUCUCAGUUCUUUCCAGACUGCCCAUCCUUUGUUAGGUUGUCCAGUUAAGGUAGCUCCCUUUCCACCGACGUGUUGUUAUCCGCUCACAUGCGCAAUUAGUGUUCAAUCCCGCAGGAUAACUGCGUUUUAUAUCCGAAAGCUGCUGAAACACAUGCAGAACGCUCGUUAGCAAAUCAAAUUUGUGAGGUUUUGUCGAUCUGGGCCAAGAUUUCCAUCCAGUGCGUAUGGUCAAAUAGCACAUCGUCAUCUGAAAAAUGCAGUUCAACGGUCUGCCUUUGUGUACCAGAAAAUAUUGCCUACUCGAUAAAUAAAUUAACUGGGUUAUGUGAUGCGCCCAUAUUUACUAAAUUCACGCUUUCUUAAAAACUGUUCUUGAAUAGCAUAAAAACAGAUUUGUAGGGGACACCCGAUUAAUUUGUUCCUCAAGAGUCAGUUCGGGUUCAGUAGUUGAGUGUUAAGCUCGGAAUAGUUAUAAAUAUACCUACAGACUGGGCUUGGGUUUGUUCAAAACCAAUGAACGCGUCCCUAACUACAGUAGGUGGGCUAACUCAUGAAGUGUCAACCAGAAUUCCGAAAUGUGUCUUCGUUUCGAAAAGACUGAUUAAGCAGGGUUGUCCAAUUAAUCAUAAUGUAGCACAAUUCUAUAACAAUUCAAUUCUAUCAGAAUAGCGGCUUUCGAAUGAAUGUCUUUCCAAUUGCAUGGGAAAACCACAUACUUUAAAAAAAUGACUACUUAAGUAGAAGGCAUUUUUCUCAUGGAUUUUCGAUGUUCUUAAAUAUUCAAUUAUAUUUCUUGGAAAAAAUGCAUCACAAUGUUCACUCUCUUGCUCAUUCGGUAGAAAGCGGCGUUCUCUUCUAAUUUUAUGCUCAAAGUAAGGGUAUAAUUCGGUUUUAAAAAAGUUUCUAAUUUUGAGAUUUAUUUAAUACCUUGAAAUGGCUUUUCAUAAAAUGCCAUGCCUCUGCAUUUACCAAUAUGGCUUAUAAAGUUAAAAAAGUGGCUCAAAUCCACUGCUAAAUGUUAUGAACCCCAUACAGUCUACUCUUAAUAACGUACAGAAAUGUAUAGUUUCCUGUACACGAAAAAUAUACGGUUUGUAGUGUAAAAAACCCUGAAUGCGAGUGUAGCGGCAGAUCGGGUUCAAAGUUAUUCGUCAUUUGGAGAAGUUUUUGAAAAGCAAAUUAUACCCUUCCUUUGAGCAUAAAAUUGGAAGAAAACGCCGUUUUCUGCUGAAUGAGCUGAAGAAUGAAUAUUUUUAUGCAUUUUUUCCAUGAAAUAUAAUUGAGUAUUUAAGAGCAUCGAAAAUCAAUGAGAAAAAUGCAUGCUACUUAAGUAGUCAUUUUUAAAGAAUGACUUUUUUGCAUGCAGCCGGAAAGAUAUUCAUUCGAAAGCCGGCAUUUUGAUAUAAUUUAAUUAUUUUAGAAUUAUAUUACAUGAAUAUAAUGAAGUCACAAAAUUUCGUGACCUCUUAUUCAACUGCACACGAUUACUGAGUAUUUACAGGACAAGGUAAGCUCUUCAAUCAGAGAUCGACCUACAUGAAUGAAAAGUGAUAGGUAAAAUGAACGAUAUAAAAUUAGUCUUUAACGAAAAUAUUAGAAACUCGGUAGGUACAAGGAUACACUCAAAACGCGGUUUGGAAAUCUGGGAGAAGAAACGAAACUGUAAACUACAUAGGAACUAAUGUACAACAAAACAGAUAAGCGGAAAAAUGCUGAAGAUUGGACUUAUUGGAUCGACGGCCGCCGGUGAUGGACACGCGUGAUUAGUCCUCACGAUCGAUCUACAAAAGAGUGAUCACGAUCAAAACAAAGGGGUUUCUGUCCGUCAGUUCUGCUGGGGUGCUACAACUGAGCAUUUAUUAGACAAGUUAAGCUGUUCAAUCAGAGAUCGAUCUAGUUGAAUGAUAAGUGAUAGGUAAAAUGAAACAUGGACUGUUGGUCUGAUGUGCGGGUGCGCAUGGCGAGGGGAGGGAAGUCAUGUAAGCAAGCGAGUUCAGAUUACAGUGAAGACUUGUUGGACGUGAUUAAAACUGCAACGCGCGGGACAGCCGUCAUGUUGGGGAGACGGGGGGGGGGUGGGGAGGAAAUGAGAAGACGGGUUAUGAGAAUGAGGUUACGCCCAUUAUGGAUCCUUACAAUGGCAGUGCGGGGUUGAUCACGUGACUGUUGGACAAAAAUGAUCUGGCGUCGCGGCAAUGUCACUGCCAGCAAAACGAAAACAAUGUAUUUACUACAAACGUCGGGCUAUUGUAUUUACAAAAAACUCCACACCAAGUUAUUUCCUCUUUCUGAUCCGGAAAUAUAGGAUUUAUAAAAAAGAUGCGAUAUAAAAAGGUAAGAAGAAUAUAUCGAACUUUUAGCUGCUUCGGAAAAUGCUGUGUGAAUUUGGGAUAUUUUAUUAGAGAACAAACACCAAGUUAGGACCGAACGUUGGUACAAAGUUUUUGGGCUGUGAUUUAUCGCUUUUAGCGAAUCAACCGCCUAAGGUUUGAAUUUUGUUAACGGGCAGUCAGUACUAUAUAAAUAGUAACUUAUUUGACAUAUUUCUAGCAGGGCCGCGGACCAACAUCUCAGACACUUUUAUAGCUAGUUUUGCGUCGCUGCAUGACGUUACCGCAGGGGGGCCGGAUCGACAAUCAAUUUCCCAGCGUUUUUCAUGUGAUUUCCGGUGUAUGAUCCCAUGUUCAAUGCUUUGAUUUUACUUCAUUAAGGAAUCAGUACUUGAACUUGAAGCAAUUCUUUUGGGACACAUAUUUUAGACUCGGUCCGAAAGUUUAUAUGAAGAUUUAAAUGCACGUCUCUACCAACAAGUACAUGGAGAACGCUGACAGACCCACUAAUGAGUCAAACCGCCCUCAGCUGCAAUAUGUAGCGGCACAAAAUCAGCUAUGCAGGUUUCUGGGCUUCCAAUCAGUACCUACGCGGGAUGUCUUGGCAAACAAACCGGCAUCCACAUACUACUGACUGUCUAUUAACAGGGUGUUAAUACAACAUAAUCAGUCCACUGAAGUGGAUGUAUACAAGUCGAAGGAUACCCACAAACCUUCGGACUGAGUCUGAGAAUUUAUAUUCCCUGAAUAAUUUACCCAAACUUCGAAUUAAUUCCUGAUGAAAUCAAAAAACCUAUAUAGGCAGAGGUAUCAGAAAUAAGAUAACUACAGUGACCGACCGAUCUAAUGAAAUGUUGGCUGAAAUUCUGAAAUGCGUUUUCGAUUAGGAAGGAUUACUUAGGCGCGGUUGUAAUACGGAUUAUCUUGGGACAUAAUCCUAUAAUAUUUCGGACUCGGCAGGAUGUCAGCACUUGAAUACACUGCUUUUGAAUAUCCCGUAGAAACCGUACUGGGUAAAAAAUGACUGCUUAUGUAGCAUGCAUUUUUCCCGUUGAUUUUCUAUGGUCUUGCAAAUUCAAAUAUAUCUUAUAGAAACCAUAAACAAAAGUAUGCACUCUUUCAGUCAAUUAAUAGAGAAUCACUAAUUGCCGAAUAAUUUGGAGCCUGAUCAGUCGUUGCAUUAGUACUUAGUGAUUUCAGUCUACAAGGUGCAUGCGUUCCGCGAAAAGGAAAUCACAUAUUUUUCUACGCCAUUAUAACGAUAUCAUACAAAGUCCAUGAAAUUUUGCAAUGGAUGCGGACUAUGUUGCACAUUUUAUGAGGAGCUGUGGUAAACGGCAAGGUACGAUACUAUGUUAAUGAACAUUGCGCAUUCUUAAAAAAUCUCAUAAUUAGAAACUUUCAUAAAAUAAAAUAUAAAGUAGGCGUGCUUCUCUAUUUAGUAACAGAAAAAAAGCAUAUUUUUGUUUAUGGUUUCUAUAAGAUAUAUUUGAAUUUACAAGACCAUCGAAAAGCAGCCGGAAAAUGCAUGCUACAUAAGUAAUCAUUUCUUACCUAGUACGGUUUCUACGGGAUAUUCAAGCAGUGUAUUCAAGUGCUGACCUCUUGCCGAGUCCGAAAUAUUAUAGGAUUAUGCCGUAAGAUAAUCAGCAUUAUAACCGUGCCUAAGUAAUCCUUCCUAAUCGAAACGCGUUUCAGAAUUUCAGUCAACAUUUCAUGAGAUCGGUCACUCACUGUACUUUAGAAACGUAGAAACGCUUAACAUGCCAAAUUUAUUUGCGGAUUCUGCGCAUUGUCAUCUAACAGAUGUGCAACAUGAUAGGCCAGCUAAUUUUUUAACUCCGCCAAGUUAAGCAUUAUUGUAGAUUAAAGAAUGAGCCGAUACGCGUCUCCUGCACCCCGCCAUCUAGUUAGGAUUGGCUGUGUUUGGCUCCACUUGUUCUUGAUUAUUUUGUAUUUUUACCCCAAUUAGUAUGCUUACUGGUGAAGUUCUUAUCUGAAUGCACUGCCUUAAGCAGUUCGCAGCCACAUUUUGUUGUGUGAACGCCUGUAAUGCAGCGGUAUGCCGUGUAAAUGCAUAUCCCUCGUCCAGUGUGAGCGUAAAUACCUGAGGUAGUUUAUUCAGUCUUCUCGCACUCAUCCAGGGUUCGUGUGCAUAGAUGGAGGCAGAGUUCCCACUUUGGCUACAGCAGACUGCAUCGAAACUGGUGCAAGAGAAUUUCAUAGGCGAUUCGCUUCUAGCAAAACAGCUUACCCUGUCAUUAGGAUGCAGAGGCUGGGUGCGCGAAGUAGUCACAAGUUUUUUGCACUAUAUGGCUCUAACACGUCUGUAACUUGAAUGAAUUGUUUUCACAUGGGAAUGAGCCCGAUAGGCAACUGACUAUGGUGCCUGGGAGGUCGUAGCGUUAGAUUUACCUCUUUCGGAAUAUAUUCAUCUUAUAUAUCCACUGCCAAGGCGACAAUCGUUUCAAUAGUACGACUGGUAAUGGCACAGUAUAAGCCGCUGUCAUAUACAUAUAUAUUUUCCGAAUGAAAGAGAACGCGCUAGGUCUGGGAAUUUAAAUAAAAUACGGGGAGCGAUCUCCGGGACCAGCAGUCUUUUCCUUCCAUGUUCGAAACAAUCACGUGGGUCCAUCGUCAAAGAAUAAAGGAACUAUACAACUCACUCCAUAUUUAACUCACCUCCACCGAGGACGACCUUCAGCUGUGCUAUUUCUUUGUCGCGCAACGCCUGAUAGGCGGGUGGGAGAUCGAUGUUUCUAUUGAUUGAGUGCUCAGUCGAGUGCCAGACUACCUACGGCAGAGGCAAAUCUCGGUCAUUUGGCUUACGCAAGACUUUCACACAUUCGAAGUUGAAGUUUUGUUCGACGAGGAUGAGUAAGCACUUACAAAGGUAAGUUUAUCUUUCUGUUUCACAACCAGCUCAUGUUCGUGCAAACUCGCGUAAAUCCAUUUACUUGUUUCUCAAUUAAACUUUGUUUGACAGAACUUACAUUCUAUCCAAUAAAUUACACCAGAUUUCUGAUUGAUGGGUGUUGAGUCUUCAAGAUACAUGAAUUUCCCACAGAUUGUGGUUUCGGGUGUGUUUAUGUGGUUCCAAUCUCAAAUCCGCUCGUCCAUCUAACGAGGCUUCUGGCACACCAGCAAUGCAGUUUUGGCUGUCCUGGGUUGUCGAAUACCUUCGUCGGCAAAACUGCCAAGGUAUUUGUUAAGUGUGAAGAGUUUCCGUUAAACGUGAACUUCGGCCUUCUUGCCAACUGGCUCUGUGCGAUGUAUUUUUGCACGGUUUUCACGCAAUUGCUUUUGUGCGAGAGGCGUGGUUGCUAUAAAAAAGGAGGUUCGACAGACACAAGGGAGACUGAGAUGGACACUUCUGGCUUAUUAGCCGUCGGCAGUCAGCAUUACCCAAAUUCAGGUUGAUUUCGCCCCGGAACAUGUGUUCUUCGGCCAUUCGUUCUAUCAGUCAUUAUUGCCAUUAGUAUGUUAGAAGUCCGUUGCCCUAUCGGGUUGCGGUACACGCUCGUCCUGUUGAGGCCCACUGUGCACCCCUUUCAGAUAUUCAUAUAAUGACCCGGAAUAUGCACUGAAAGGAGUUUCGACAAGGACAACGGUAACUUCCAGGGAGCGGCGGCGAUGUUAAUUUUGGUUCAUGGUCGUCAUCAGCCGUCCUUAUCUAAACCUAGGUUUCUGCCGUACCUGAGUCUCGAACGCGGUUUCUUUAGCGAUCGAACGCUCUAACCUAUCUUUUUUAAUAACACACAAAAAUAUAGAAAAUGCGGUUGUCCAUCGGUCGCCGUUUCAAAAUUAGAUAUUUACCUGGAUGGGUGGAGUUAGGACUACUAUGAAUUAAGUCCAUCUGAUCGUCUUUGAUGUAUUAUCGGCGAAGUCGCAAAUUCCUGGAACCAGUUUUAUAUUUUUGACUAGUCACAAGAUCUUUUAGGGAAUAUGUUAUUACCAACAAAGACAAGGGAAACUGGAAUGGCCAUUUCUGGCUUAUUAGCCGUCGUCACCCAGUCAUACCCAACCCCGAAGUGUGGAACACCUGAGACCCGAACUCGCGACCUGUUUUUUGGAAGUCCACGCCUCUAAUCACUGGGCCACGAGCCCCUUGCCCUGUCGGUUUUCGAUCGGGAAAAUGCAAUGGUGGAGGGGCGAUCACCGAUCAUUUUUACGGAACUCACUCGUUCCGUUGUGCCUUACGGGCUCUCUCUCUCUCAAGUCCAAACAGCAGCCGCACAGUGCCGCGUGAUAAAGGCAGUAUGUUGAGCUCGAGAGACAGCCCGUAAGGCACAACGGAACGAGUGACUUCCGUAAGAACGAUCGGUGAGCGCCCCCUACCAACGUGAUCUUCUGUUUGGCAUUAUUGAAAGUCUGCUGCAGCUGUGAUAAUAGUCGUACACCAACCACCACAAUUUUGCUACAGGGUUCCGUUUAGGCGAAGUAGCAGAACAGCAACAGGAAUCAUUUACUCUGCACAAUUACUUGGUGCCAGUCUGAGCGCUUCACGCGCGAGCGGCUCUAGGAUUGCUUGAGCGUCACUCCAUAAGCGUGAUCAAGAGAACUGCCACUUAUAGUGCGGCUAUGUACUAUAAAUACCGCACUCCUUGUGCUUUCACUACCCUUAUCUGCGGCUGUCUCUGUUGAUGCGUUCGAGUGGAAAUCCGAGACGUUAGGCCAUUAAACUUUUUGCUCCAGUGACCGCAUAUUAUUCUUCCGGACUCGCCUCUGCGCUUCUAUCGACAGUGAGCUUAUCGGCCUACGCUAGGCCUGCGCAAGCCCCAUUCACGCUGUCGUAACUGCGUGAAACAGAUCACAGGCGGAGACUUCCAAGGCUCGUCAGCCGCUGUGCCUACUAUCACUUUCAAUAGGGCAGUGGUGAAAAGGAAAGGGAAAGAUGCGUGAGACUGAUGUUGCGCAGGAAUCCCUCCCUACUGCAAAUCAAUGAAUUCUUCAGUAGAGACAAGCACAUACGCAUUACAACCAUCAAGACGUGCUUUCGAUAGUGGCCUGAGAGGCUACUAACUGAUGCGAUUACUAAGGGUUCCUUUAAACGUGGGGCAGACUGAGGCUCAUUUCCUAUGUGGCCUUCAUGGCACCACCCACUUUUAUGAGACCUAAGACACCCCUAAAAUGGAGUCCAAUGUGUGUAAAGUUAUGCACCAUGUCAUGUGAGGCGAACGUAGGCGGGCUGCUUAACUUUGUACGUCAAUUCACCCGCUCCCAACUACAGUCAUCUGGACUUCGUCUUGUCAUCGGAAGACGAUGAGUAGAUUCGAAAGUAUUAAUAAAGUAGUCACACAUAGGAGAAGCUGUAUCCCUAUAGCCAUAUUCACUCGGCGGCCGUUGUUGGGCCUAUCUUGUUGGACAUUGGUGAACCUCACCGUUUGCAACAGCUAAACUGUCGUGUAUUUCUCAGCUGAAAGUCUGCCAGCGUCGGACUUGUCAGUUUAUUGGAUGAAUCUAGAGGUGUGAACGCCUGUGGCUGAUUAUCUUUGGAGAUGUAUGUUCGCAUACUGUACUUAUACGAAAGAAAUACUCUAGUGAUUUAUAUAGUGACAUAUGCGUUAGAGGCAGAUGCAGCAUACGCACAGGAGGCACUUACGAAUAAAAUGUUUUUACAGGUCACUGUCUCUGAAGAGGAUCUGUAGAAUCAGUCUAAAAGUCUGCACGAUAAGCAUGUUUUCCUCUUCAAAUAACACGAAGUAUUCCCGACCAAGUUUCUCGGGAUAUAUGUUUUUUAGCAUAGAUGGAGACGGCUGAUAAGUCAGAAGUGACCAUCGCGGUCACUCGUGUCUUUGUGGAUACCCUUUCUGCAUAAUUGCAAGUCGGCAAGCGACUGCCUGCAAGAAUCAAAAGGCAAAGUGACGAGCUAACGUUGCUUUCGAUAGCUUCUCUUCAGGCCAGUACAGUUAUGUGGGUACGGAGUACAGUGGUUGAAAAAAUCGAUAAAAGUCAGUUUUAAAAUACUGGCUAGGCAAUAGCGGAAGGGCGCAGGAAGUUAUAUGUAGUUAAUCAGCCUUUGGCCACGGUAAGCGCGGAGCCUGAACGUGGUUCUUCUGUGCGCAUAAGAUUGGCUUUCGUAACCUGAUGGCGACCACAUCUGCUGUUUCUAACAGACGCUGGCCCAGUAGCUUAGGGUAGCUCGAUGGGACCUUAUAGAUCACACGAAAUGCUUCAGAGGGGUUCACACGAUGGCCUGAAUCCACUGCACAAGGAUGGCGUUGUCUAUUCUCCUAGUUUUACCCUUUGCUAGUCAUACGUGGAGGUGCUCUCGUAUUCUUUUGGAAAGUCACCGACUCUACGACCAAAUAUAACCUGCUCUAGGGGAGCAUGAGGAUGAGUAGAUGCACAUUGAGGUGGUCUGAGGUGACAGCCUAUUCAUGCCUUCUUCGCGUAAAAUGGGGUUAGUAGAGAAUGAUAUGCGAACCCUUGCUGCUGGGAAGGUUCUUGAAACAGCAUGAUCAAGGCGUCUUCUUAGGAGUUCACUCGCAGCCUCUCCUUAAAAAGGGACUUUGAGGAACAAAGUUUUCUUUUCGGCGGUCAGUGUUGUGGGUUUUGCGGGUCGUUCGGCAAUGUUUUUUGCAGUGAACCUGCCAGAAUACCCGUUUUUGCAAAGCAAGUCCUGGAUUUUUCUAAGCUCCUCCUCGAUACCAUCAGCUGAACCAAUUUUUUUCAUUCUUUGUGCCAAACACCUGACUAGAUUUCGUUUUAGUUGGAGGAGUACGAAACUAGCAACGCUCGUGUAUUGUCCAGACCAAGUUUGUUAUCGAAAGGCGCUCCUUCAGAUGCUUCCGUCGGGUCUCCUGUUUAGACGGUCAUCUAAGCAAGGAAGCGAGGCGGCCGAUUCCAUCUGCAACGUGAAUUUAAUCGACGAAAGUGCUCGAGUUAUUCAAUAUUAGGUAUAAAAGCACAACUGGAUGAUCACAUUCCUCAACCUCACCAGUGAGCCAUAUUCACUCGGCGGCCGCUGCUGGGCCUAUUUUGUUGGGCAUUGGUGAACCUCAGCGUUCGCAACAGCCAAACUAUGCAUGUCAGAUAUCCAAAUCAAUUUUUUUACAGUGUCAUCUAUAUGGGUUAAGUAGUCAUCCGGCUGGCCGGACGGAGAGCGUGCCCGGCGUCAGCCAACCCGUACAGCUUUGCACUGUGGGUAAAAAGUCGUGUCUUUGGAUUCAUUUUGACAACUCUGUCUCAUGAGCAAAGCUAAAUUGGAGGACGAAUUGUAGUCUAACAUCACAAGCAACUUACAGAACUGUAUUUCUUCUGUUACAUUUAGCUUUCACGCAGUCUGCAGAUCCCCUUCUCUAACUUUCGGUUCUGGAUCGGAGUCUACACGUCAAUGUAUGGUCUUAUCUUCAUCGGGUUAAAUUUCUCCAACCUGGCAAAAUAUGCUAGAAGAUCGUUGGAAGAACUCUUCAGUAGUUUUGUUGCAUUCUACUUCAUUCUGAAGGCACUGUUUGCCCUGUUUAAGGUAAGCAAGUGUACAUGCGAAGUAAAUAGCAUCAAUAGUCAGUCCAGGAUUUUGUCUAACGUAGUUUAUAAAUGAACAGAUUAAAUUCACCUCGUAUUUACAUACAAUGCAAAAUUCGCACUAGUCUGUUCGCGGUCCUCCGAAUUUCGGCUGAGGGUUUCUCACACAAACCCUGUGGUAGUACGAAUUUAAAUCUCAUCUCGGAUUUCAGCUGAAGUAGAUGAGUGCCCAAAGGGACGUUGGUAACAACUGAAAUGUUUGAAUCAGAAACUGCAAUGUCCUACAACUCCUUUGAUGUCUACUUUAUUAGUAAGACGUCGACAGUUAUUUGGGGAACGUCAAGUUCCUCCUAAUUUGCCUUUGAGGGCCAGGUGUGAAGGAAUAAUCUAAAAAUUCAUUUUUCAGUUUCCUCCUCAACUUCCUCCAAAGUUGCCUGGGAGACUACGUUUAAAGUGAACCGAAAAGUUGUUCCUCCUUAUUGUUCCGGUAAACUCUAGUGGCCGGGCUUUUUAUUCCCCAGCAUGUUGUUUGGGACAUUGUGUGCGUGGUUUCUUUAUUAAAAAAGUUAUCAAGUUUGUUCUACCUUUACGCAGUAGGCAUGAAACGCCUUUACGCGAUCAUAAGGAGAAAGGAUCGCUCAGCAGAGUUUUGUUAUAUUGAAUCAUGCGAUAAAUCAUUUCAGGAGACGGAUUAUAAUUUGACAGGCUUCUAGCCGCCUUGUCGAAUUAUUAAUAAAAAACACUACAUGAAUUGUAUUUGUCUAGGUAACAAUCAGGAGAAGGCACCAAAGUAUCCGUUGCUUAGAAAUAAUAUCUACUAUACCUAUUUGAGUAGGUUAUAAUCAUGCAUAUUUGUUUCAUUCUAAAGCCUCUCCUUGGACCCCAGUCCUGAGGAAAUUGGCAGACUAGCAAUUCCUUACGCUGAAUUUGCUGGGAUUUAGGUUGGCCGAUAAUGGGGAUGUUUUGUGCGGAAUUCACUUUCAGGUCAUUCCUUACACAGAAGAGGCUUUCGUAAAUGGGACCUCCACGAAUAUACCGUCAACGGCUGCAGCAAACAUGUGUCUUGCCUUCUGGAUGGUCAUCUUUUGUAGUUACAUCGCUAGCUUCAAACGCAGCCACUACAUUCGACGAACGGCAAGUCAAUUUAUCUUACUUCUGUUCUUUUUUCAGUACAAAUGUUAUUUAAGCAUCUAACCCCCGAAUGCGCACACCCAGUGGUUAAAUUUUCAACGUUCUGAUUUUUCCAGCGAAGGAUUUCUACAUCUAGAUUGAGGUACUGACAUCAGAAGGUAGAGGACAAGCGCCGACGGCGCGGACAUUCUGGUAUUUUGUUCCAAUUCUGGUCGCAUCCUCCAGUCACACAUUGAGAUUCUCGCAUAGACCAAAAGACUGACUGUCACCUUUAACUUCGUUCAACAAUCGUCAUGUCCUCCUAACAUGUUCAAAUGUUUCUGAAACACGAGAUGCGUCAUUGGCCUAUCCGCUCGCCUACUCGACUGGUAAACUAAAUCGGCAGCCAUUAAUCGAGCAAUAAACUCUGGCGAAGUUGACUGCAGUUUACUACAUCGUUCAACCUGUUGGGUGGGAUAUAGGACCCCCUCAAUCACUGUAGUGAAUCGCAUCUCACGAAAUGUAUCGUAUUCACAGCAUUCGUCGCAGUCAUGGUCCCCAUCCAUACAAGGUGCAGGCAAGAUGAAAAACUCCCUAAACGAAAUGCUUGUCUUUCUUUAAGACUACGAUCCUCUGCGGCUUCCGUUAAGCGUGCUCAAUGAUACUUUGUUUGUACGACUCCUGCUCACCUUAAUCUGUUUACAAACUGAAUCAUUCUUUAUUACCGUGGGUGGUAACUCACAGCAUCCAAAUGUAGUCCAUUUUCUGACGGGACACUUUACACAACACUGAUGGGCAUAGAUGGCUGAACACCUUCCUGGGGAAAUUUAGCGACCGAAGAUGAAUAAUUUAAACUAUAUAUAGAAAACGAGGACACCACUUGAUGAUCAGUGCGCAUGGUUGUUAGUCACCAUGUCUCAAGGAGCCAUUGUUUUUGGAUAUAUCCAUAGAUAUUUGAAUGAUCGAGAUGAGUUUUCAGCGACUUACUAGAAUAUCACAAACUUUAAGGUUUUGUAUUGGCUUGAUUCUGGUGCCUGCCAAAAAUUCACAAUGCCAAUAUCCCGCCAAAGUUAUUGAUGCCGUGAUAGGCAACCACAACUUUACUCUGGUUAAAUGGUUUUCCGGACAUCCCCUAAUCUUCGUCGAGGGCCCGACUUCACUCUAAAAUCUGCAAUCUAAGUCCUUUCGGAUCAACAACAGCAAACCAUGCUUACGAAUGUGGUCUUAACGUUAGUUGCUAUAAUAUACACGCCAGCAUCGCCGCAAUCUGCUUGGGCCGCUCUGACGUAUCUGUGGAAUGACACGUAGGAUGGGCUGAAUACAUUCUCGGUAUCGGAGAUCUGGAGGACAUAUGUAGUCUACACGGUGUGUCCAACACUUCGCGGCCGCAAACUGUUUUAGUUGCCGCACACCUCGCUGAUCUCAUCUGCUACGGCUCUUACCCCAGAAGCCACAGGUAUCGCGAAUGAGGGUUUGUCCAGUUCGUAUCAUCGCAAGCUGGAAGGCAGAAGAAGAAGACGUCGAGAAUGUUUUGGUAUUUACGUGCCUGUUAUAGAAGGCUAUUGCCAUCGCAGGUACCUACUCCAUAACGGCCUAGCGCCGCCCCCAUAUGACCUACUCUGCCUGCAUGGAGAUUAAAGUCAUGGAGGACGAUCGUUUUUAAUAGCCUUCGGCCCAAACACGAUAAGGGCCUGCGGAUCUUUCUAGAACUCCCCAUUUGCAUCGUCAUGGCCGACAUCUGGGAGCGUAGGCAACGAUGCUUGUGGAUAAUUUCGUUCGGUAGAUUGGGAACCUCAUGUUUUUGAGACAAUAGCUAAUUGCCAAAUACAUGCAAAGAUACGAGCCCCUGGAAGCAGUCGUUAACACGGACACACGAUCGCUGUGAAAAGAACUUUAUUUGCCUGACGUUUCGGAUUCCUGCUCGAAACAAUCAUCAGAUACAAAAGCACAUACGGGUAGUUCAUGCACAAGGGACUCCAGUAUUUAUAGGGUACAGUCGCCAUUCUACCGUAUACAUAUGAAUAUUCACGGCUCACCCCCCCCCCUUCAUCAGGGAUCGUGGCACUUGGUGUGAUGACUGUUUGCUGGUCGGCAAUCGCGUUGUUAAUCCCUGCAAUUUCAUCACGUGUGUUGGAUGUUGGUGUGAUGAUUGCUCGACCAUCUGACACACCAAACUUGGAGUUGGGAACAGUGUUCACAUGUGCGCUCCCCGCGUGGCUAAUUCCUCUGCCUAGGUGAAGUCGCAGCAUCGAGUAUGGUAGGGAAAGGUUGUUGCACUUUUUGAUGGACUGGGGGCCAGUGAACCAUGAUUCAAGCAAUUCGCGGCUCACGCAGUUGUCGCCUUGGCCAGAAUUUCGGCCUCGUCGAAUAUGAAUGUGUGGCCAUACUCGGUGCUGAGACUUCACCUAGACAAAGUAAUUAGCCACUCGGGAAGCGCACAGGGGAACACUGUUCCCAACUCCAAGGUUGGUGCGUCAGAUGGUCGAACAAUCAUCACACCAACAUCCAACACACGUGAUGAAAUUGCAGCAGUUAACGACGCGAAUGUCGGCCAUCAAACAGUCAUCACACCACGUGCAACGAUCCCUGAUGAAUGGGGAGGUGGAGCUGUAAAUAUAUAUAGGUGUGCGAUAGCAUGGCGACUGUAUCCUAUAAAUACGGCAGCCCCUUGUGCGUGAACAACCAGUAUAUGCUAUUGUCUCUGAUGAUGGGUUCAAGCAGGCAUCCGAAGCGUCAGGCGAAUAAAGCUUUUGUCCCAGCGGUCGUGUCUCCUUCUUCACAAUAGCUUAUGUUCUGUGGGAGGCAGGAUAUUCGUUUCACAAUUUCUAUCUUGAAGACGAAAGAAAAAUAAGCGUUCCACCACGUCCCCUCUAGAGUUCGCUCCAGGGGAUAUAUAUCACACCCACUGAGUCUGAUUGUCUUCCUUUCAAAAGCGCGCCUCGCUGAGACCUACUGUGUCAAAUUUGCAUAGACCGAACUCUCUUGUAACUAAAGCUAUUUUGUCUGGUGAGUUCGCCAUUCAAUAGGAAUGGGGAAUUGCUUCUGCUUGUUUCCGCUGCGUGCAUUAGUCUAACGGUCACAAUCAGAUGAACCAGCACUUCUUCGGGACAUAUAAUCCAACUUCGUUAGCAGUAUGUCCCGGAAGACGACCGGUAAGAGGGAUGGCUGUCAAACUCCACUGUGACUCACAGUUUGUAUAGUGGGAAAAUGGUCCGAAUUGACUUGGGUCGUUUCUACGCCUGCAAGUCAUUAUCUUUAUUUGGAUUCUCUUAGAGGAGAAGAAGACUGGGACAAAUGGGGGUGAGAAACUAACUACCGGAUGUGAAAACAAGCAUUCACCGAAUACAUUGAUCUGCCGUAAUCCGUUCGUCAAGAUUAGUUAGGACGUUGAGACUUCUACAAAAGCACAGCGUUGUAUAGUCACAGAGGGAAGGUCGGCGUCGAGUACAGUCGAAAAAUCCGUCAGUGAGUUCAGCAGGAUCUCAUAUCUAUUGGCGUAACCGUACAGUAUAUGCGCUAACUCAUGUAAUGUCGACCAAAAUUUCGAAAUGCGUUCUCGUUUCGAAAAGAUAAAUUAAGUAGUGCUGUAAAACCAAUCAUGAUGCAGCAUAAAUCUAUAAUGAUCCUGUUACCUCAGGGUGUUGGCUUUCGAAAAAACUUAUUUUCGGCUGCAUGCAAGAUCGAUACUCUGCAAAAAAUGACUACUUAUGUAGUAUGCAAUUUUCUCAUUGAUUUUCGCUGCCCUUGAAAAUUCAAUUAUAUUUCAUGGAAAUCAUGCAUAACAAUAUUCAUUCUUUUACUUAUUCGGUAGAAAAUCACGUCUUCUUCCAAUUUCAUACUCAAUAGAAGGGUAUAAAUCGGUUUUAAAAAAAACUUUUCUGAUUCCCGAAUAAUUUUGAAUCCGACCUGCUGUUACACUUGCAUUCAGGGUUUCAAAACUAUAAGCUGUAUAUUUUCCAUGUACGGAAAACCAUGCAUUUCUCCACAGUGUUAAGAGGAGACCAUAUGAGGUUCAUAAAAUUAAGCAGUGGAUUUGAGCAAUAUUGUUAACUUUACAAGCCACAUUCGUAAAUGCAGAUACAUGACGUUUCAUGAACGUCCAUUUAACGGUAUUAAAAAAUCUCACAAUUAGAAACUUUUUAAAGACCGAAUUAUAGUCUUCUUUUGAGUAUGAAAUUGGAAGAAGACGUGAUUUUCUACCGAAUAAUUAAAAGAAUGAAUAUUUUCAUGCAUGUUUUCUAUGAAAUAUAAUUGAAUUUUUAAGAGCAUCGAAAAUCAAUAAGAAAAUGGCAUGUUACUUAAAUAGUCAUUUUUUGCAGAGUAUAGAUCUUGCAUGCAGCCGAAAAUAAGUUCUUUCGAAAGCCAACAACCCGAGGUAACUGGACCAUUAUAGAUUUAUGCUGCAUCAUGAUUAGUUUUACAACGCUACUUAAUUUAUCUUUUCGAAACGAGAACGCAUUUAGAAAUUUUGGUUGACAUUUCAUGAGUUAGCACAUCUACUGUACAACCUUGAUGUGAGUGACACGUUCCCACACCAGAAUAACAUUCAUUUGACUGCAAAAGCAGACUUUCCCCAAUCCUUUCAUGGGUCUCAUCUCCCCCAUCAGACCAGUUAUAGCUCACAUGAUAUGUCGGUAGGGAAAAUGCCACCACCAUAUGACCCGAAUAUCGCCGAUCGCGGCCAGUAAUAUGUGAACUAGUAGCUGAAGUGAUAGUGUUUGAAAUACGUACCCGUCAACUAACUAAUCUGACUUUAAAUUGCGAGUCUAUCAGCAUCUGGAAUUGGCUGGCUGGUUUGUGAGGGCGAAUAGACCAUAAAUAGACGUUUCAGGAUCUAUCCCCUUUGUCAGUAAGACUUCCUGUCCGAUCACUUGGCUAUAAUCACACAAAAUCUAGCCGGUCAAUUUCUUAAUUCACCGGAAGUCUAAAUGGUUCUUUUUCUUCAAAUUGACUAAUGAAGCAAUCUAGCAGCGCCUUUUCUCUUGCAGGCCCGGUACUGGGUUGGGGCUUUCAAUGUACCCCUGGGCAUGAUUUUUGUGACUGUUAUGGAACGCAUCUUCUUCCGCAACUACCAGCUACCGACGUUGAACAUACCAAAAUUCAACGACAUAUCAGUCUCCUCAUGGAUAAGAAUUGCGAACUUGUCCGCAGUAAAUGACUUCGGUGCCAUCUCAGCGCCUGCAUUCCACGGUCUUUCGGCCGUCAUCGGACUCUUCUUUACGCUGCUAAUUUUUUGCGAAACAAUGCUUAACAGGUUCGUCAAAGUCUAUUCUCGUCUACUACUUAAAUACUUGGUCUUCAUGCCGCCAUUUUUUGUUUUCAAUGCAAGAAAGCAGUAAUUACAACAAAUAUUUAUUUGCAUUUGUGAUGGCAAGGGAGGCUCUAGCGUUAUGCAGUCUGACUACCUUUUCCAUCUCCAAAGUUUAGAAACGCGACAUUUUCCAGCCUAAUCCUAUUCUCCGUGCGGCGGAGAGUUUGUCCGCCAGGUGACGAAGGAAAUUACCGAAAAUAUGGGGAAUUGAAUGAUCAACCACUUUCCUUUUACAGUCUGACCAGCGGCUGAGGCGAACCAAACUCUGCCUAUCAAGCCACGAAAUUACAGGUCUAUACUUGCUGAUGGAUACUGGAGUAACGACGUUGUUUUCGAGAGGAGACAGCCGCCUACUUCUUUGAUUUUGCCAAGUCACACGACGAUCCUGACCUAAAUUAAACGGCUUUACAGAUUGAAGAUAACAAAAGCCUCAGUUUUAGUUGAAGAUAAUCAGUCAGUAAAUCCCAGAAAAACCACACGACGAGCCCGCACCGAUUCAGGCGCUUGCCCCAGCCAUGAGAUAGAUGUUAUAUUGGUCCAAGAAUGAGUACAUUAAGGUUACAGCUUUGCAUUUAGUCUGCCUGGAAAACCAUUCAUAGAACCGGAAAUGAAUUCGCAAUCACUUACUAUUGGACGCUUGCAGUGGAAAAAAGUACAGUAAAAACCAAUAAACUGUCUGCUGGCUCCAUAACGGACCGGGUGACGGCCCCUAAGCAUCUGAAGCCUAUAAAGAAUACCUACUAUACGCAUUAAAGUAGGUAUUAACCCGGCAUUAUUAUUCCGGUUUAUUGUUUCACCUGUAGACCGUUUGCACAGAUAGGAGCUCAGAGAGUUGAGAAGUGAACGGUGUAGACGGUCUGACGUUUCAUCUGCAAUACCCUUCGCCCAAAGAGUCGAGAAGCGAUCGCUGUGGACGCCUGAUGCAUUAUCUACAAUGACCUUAACUCAGAGAGUUGACAAACGACCGCUGUAGACUGUCUGGUGCUUUAUCUACAAUAAUUUUACCUCAGAGAGUUGAGAUGCGAUCACUUUAGACACGAUCAUUGCCAAAGUUUGACUGAAUUUCUUGAUAUUUCCUCGUAAUUGACGGGUGGCAAAUAUCCUGUAUUUGAUCUUGCACUUACUUCAGAAUCCCCUAUGAGUUUUGGGAGAAGACCUUGCACCGGGUUAGGGUUCAGUCGAUUAUGUAAGUAAUUGGGCGGGGAUUUUGCCUGCAAAGUUGUGGACGGAUAUACGCCUGUGAUUAUCACAGAAUUGCAGUUUCCACUUGUGCUUACAUAACUAGCGGUAGUGGCGUGAUCAAAGACGGAGGGAAUUGUUUUGGUGUAAAAAUAUCCUGAAAUACUGAGAAUGAGUUUUCUAUGUGUUGAGGGUCUUCAUACUCAGAGAUUGUAGUGGACAGCCAUAAUGGCUACGUCGCGCCUCUCGCUAGCGCCUGCACCUACGUCCUAGCGACAGCCUGCUAUGGCACGCACGUCAGCCCGGCUUCGAUUUGUCUCUUUUCAAUUCACGGUCUGCACCACGCGAGGCUUGCCACUACCUUCGCGUGGGCUCGAAGCCAAUCAAGGCAACUCCUAUUGCUGAUUGGUAAGACAGGCGCGAACAGUCCAGAACAAUAGACGCAGCGACCUUCGGCGACACAGGGCUCGUCGAUCUCGCGGACGCCGCCUCCGCGGCGCCGGACGCAUCCUCGUCCGGUUGCCAACUUUCUCCUUCACUAUUCUGUACAGAAUAAAGUGUCCUAACCAAAUGGCGUCCUGCCUCUAAAGACUUGGGAUAUGGCCUGAAGUUGUGGCGUACUGAGCGUACACCAUUACCGCUUAGCCGCUACAAGAUUAGAGAUGGAAGUGAGGCAACGCCUGGUACUUUUCACUGGACAUCUGUUGGAUGACUUUAAUAGUCCCAACAGGAGGGGGGGGGGGGGUGGUCGGAGUCUGUUUUUUGACCAUUUGAGGGAGUACGCAGGUGGCUUUGUCGGAUAUGGUGGACGGACAUUUUGUGAACCUUCUGAAAUGCAUGGGCGAGCGUCCAGAAUUUGAGAUUUUACCGCCCGGACACUUGUUCUGUCGAAACAGUGAAGUGACGCAAUUUGCAUGACUUGGAGACCACAGGCAGUACUGCUGGACGUGGUCUGCGUACUCUUGAGUUUAAUCAACCCUGCAGGGCGGCCAGGCAUUUUGCAUCUUUCUCAAACUCUGCUAGGUAAAAUGUGGCCAUAUAACCCCACAUGAUGGACACAGUACUGCUGGGGUUGGUGUUAAUGAUUGGGGUUAGGGGUUAUGGUUAGGGCAACUAUUUGUCCACCACUUAAAGAACAGCUGCGCAUUCCCAAUAGCUUUUUCUUUUGCGUACAACUGCUUGACCUCGUCACCUGUGCGCUCCGCGACCCCACCUGCAAACCCCUAUUACUACCGGCCCCGUAUUGCAGGUGGCUGAAGUUAGUCUACCUCAGGCGUGGCUACGCAACCACAUCUGACCCUCUGCUGUACUAGGCUCCUGCCUCCACUUUGUGCUGUUUGAUUUGCGUCGUUACUUGUUGUUGUUGACACAGGUCUGCUGCAACCUGUUUUAUUCAGAGGGCAGAUGGCGGACUUUCCAGGCAUCGUCAUCAAACCAGUCCCAGUACUGACGACUUGGGCGAACAAAAGCUUUUAGAACGAUGGAGUAGACAACACCAAUCUAUUUUUUCUAUGACGUCUCAGUAGUUGCGAAAAUUCCCAUUGUAAAAUUCAAAAGGCAAUUUGGCGAGCAUACGUUUGCUUUCGAUAAAUUCUCUUCAGGCCUGUACAUUUAUAUGGCUAUUGAAGUAAUGAAUGCAAAAGAUACGGGUAGAUAGGGGAGGGCAGGGGAGGGGGAGGGUGAGACACCAUAAUUCCAGUCGGCGCCAGGGGGAAGGUGGGUCCCGGCGAAUGCAGUUACAUGCGGGUGUCUGGCUUGGUGGCUUUGGCCCAUGGUAACUGUGGGGCCUGCACGAAAUUCUUCUGCGCCCAUAGGACCGGCCGGCGUAGCCUAAUUGCAGCCGCCUCUGCCGUUGCCAACAAGCGUUGCCCAAGCAGUUUUGGAUAGCUUGAUGGGACCUUGUAGAUCACUCUGAAGGCCUCUGUGGCGUCUACACGGUGGCCUGUGUCCACCAUGUGCGCGAGGGUCGAGCUGUUGAUGUUCUUAAUUUGUCCCUUUCCUAACCAUGCUGGGAGAUGUUCUUUCAUUCUUUUGGAUAAACGCCGGCUCGUGCGACCAAUAUAUUCUGCCCCACAGGAGCAGGUGAAGGAGUAGAUACACAUAGAGGUGGUCUGAGCUGGUAGUUUGUCCUUGCCCUCUCCGUAUAGAAUGGGACUGGUGGUAGUUGUAUUAUCUUUGACAGUUUGCCUUCGUUUCACGUUGAGAUUCAUACGAUUGCUAAACAGCCGAGUAUGGGUCCAGUAUGGGCCACGACAAUGAGUUGAGCCUCUUACGGAAUCGCCGUCGUUGAAUUCGUAGGGGGUUUUGGUUUUGCGGAUAGCAGGGGAGUCAGUCGAGGCGCUUACCUGCACGUGAUCACUGAACAAAGCGCAAUUUCGCGUGGUCAUGGGCGAGAGUUGGAUGCCAUCUAAGGGCAGUGCGGACCAACCCCUGCACGACCUAGGCUCACGGAAUGACCUGUUUUUUUACACGGUGUACCUCUACCUGAACACCCACUUACACACAAAACGUGAAUUGAUACUAAACACGCGCCCUGGCCUCGACAGUGACUAGUACUGCCUAAGUCAGCCUCUCAGGCUUCUCUUUGGAAUAAGCACCUCCAACUGGUUACUGAUGAAACUUACCAAAAAUGACUGAUGCUUCAAUGGUGGCUUUGGUUUGCUAUUCGGCUUCUGUGGCAUUUACUGUCUCAUAACACUAACUGAUUACAGAUUAGCUGAGUUCUCCGUGGAUAUCGUAAUGACAGGAAACUUGCUGCACAAAAAUGUUGACACCUGACAGAGGUUCCGUUACAAACUGACCUACGCGAACGAGUUUACUCAUUUAAGUUAUUACUGAUGAAGGGACAACAAGAAUGCUAGAAGACUGUUUCAUCUACUCUGUAAUGAUGUGGGUUCCUGUAACGAGUUCAAGUAUUAAAAAAUGGUCAUUUAUUAACGAUUAUCGACACAAAGUGCAGUCCAUACAUGUGUUUUACGAGUGUAUUUCGGUCGUUUGCUUAGCAUGGGUGGUUCUUUUGGUUCUGCGUAAGCAGAAUGUGGGAAAUUUUUUUAAUUAACUUAACGAUUCUUGUAUUAAAGCAUCACCGCCUUGAAGCCCAAAGCCAAGAAACCCAGUCCCGUUAUCAUGGAUCACAUUCUGACCAAUGUUGCCUUUCCGCUCAUUUCCGUCUUCCUUGGGUGGCCAUUCAUGUCUGGAGUGCCGGUUCGUACCAUUGCAAACACGAUGGCCCUCGUCAAACUGGAACCACACCCGCCGCCAGGAAAACCAGCGCAGUAAGUUUUGUUCCAACAGAUUUUCCACCUUUACACUGUGAAUGAAUUUUUCGGAGAAAAAUAUCAGUCAGCGAUUUUUGUCGAAAUAGUGCGCUGAGAUUUGCGGUUGCCAAACUGGAAAUCGAGAUGUAGGCUUGAAGUUCAAUAUAAGCUUCAGUAUUUAAAGCCGACUUUCUGCGACAAUGGAUUCUUCACUAUUGGCUACCCUCCCUCUAACGAUUUCUUUUCCUACACACCAGUUCAUUUUCUAAGGUUGUCAGGCUAAUGGUGAUGAGAUUGGAGGCAGAGGCUGGCGUGACGUCUGCCUCUAUCAAACUCGCGUCAUGUGCAGACGGAGCGCUGUCAGACGGAGCGCUGUCAGACGGAGCAGACAAUAAGCCAGUAUGGCUCGUUUAGAGGUGCUGUGUUUGUGUCUCUGUACAGUGCGGUCGUGCAAAGGAUUCAUGGGCUACGAUGUAUUACAGUGAGUUUCUUUUGCACGUUCAGGGUCCAAAAUUCGCAUGUGGUUUCCGACAGCCCUGGAUCAGUGUGAGCAGGGAAGGUGUUCGUAUUCAGAAGACGAAGAUGCGACCAUUGGAACAAGAAAUUUAUUGGCCUGGCGUUUCGGAUUCUCACUCGAACCCAUUAUCAGGAACAGUCGCAGAUAACGUGUUCAGGAAAGCGACAAAUACGACGCAAAUACUGAACUUCUAUAGCAACCACCCGAUCAGUCACAGACGCAGUUGCGUGAGGGCGCUAUACCGGCGCGUUGAGACGCAGUGCUGUGAAAUGGAAGACAAUGUUGCUUAAAUGAAAUAUCUUCGACGGAUAAUGAGAGCCAAUAGCCACCCGCGCAACUUUGCCAACCAGUGCAUACGAAAACGACACCAGAGACCAAAUCCAACUGGCCCCAAAUUUUGGCAGGCUCUUCCGUACGUGAAGAACGUCUCGGAAGCCGUCAGUCGUCUCCUCACUCCAUUUGGAGUUGGGGUUGCAUACAGGCCGGAAGCAACCAUUAGGCGUCAAGUCAUGAGGCCGAAAGACCCACUGCCACGAUAGAAAACGUCUAGAGUCGUUUACCGGAUCUGGUGUAGUUGCGGACAAAGCAACUACGUCGGAGAAACUGGGAGAUUACUCUGUACGCUAAUUGCCGAACAAGCAGCAGCAGCAAUGAGGCGGGGAGACGGUAGCUCUCAGGUGGCGGCACAUUCGACGAUACCCGGCCAUCUUUUCAAAUUAGAAGAGGCCGAAAUCCUCGCAAGGGGUGACGACAGCGUGAGCCGCGAGCUGCUCGAGUAAUGCUUCUCAGACCCGCAAUCCAUCAACAAGCGCAAUGACCUCCCGGUGCCAUAUUCCGUGCUGAGAUUUUCUCUGGGCAGGGGAAUCAGUCACGUAAGGAGGGCGCGGGCGAACGAUUAUUCCAGUGACAGUAAGCCAUUUUGCCGAGCAAUCGUCACACCAGCAUCCAGCACGGAUGACGAAAUCACGGCCAUUAACGACUCGGACUCGGACUGACAAGCCACUACCGCAUCAAUUACGACCCCAGUGUUGAUUGAGAGAGCUGUUAAUUACAGUGCGCGUAUGAUCCCACAGCCGCCACGUGCUAUAACUACUGCACUCCUUGUGCCACCAUCACCUUUACUUGCGACUGUCUCUGAUGAUGGAUUUGAGUAAGAACCCGAAACGUCAGGCCAAUAAAUUUCUUGUUCCAGUGGUCGUAUCUUCGUCUUCUGAACUGCUACCUGGAACUCGCCUGUUCGCUUCUGUCAGCGGUGUUCGUAUUGUCAGUUGAUCGGAGUCCAAACACUAGUUCAACGUCCGCAAUCUGAUGGAUCCGCAAGUGACCAACCAGAGCAAACCCGUUUGCCGUUUCCAUGACCUGAAUGUCGGGUAUCCUCUCCUCCCAUUCAAACUUAGUUGUGAUUGGAGGUAACUAAGAUAAAGGUUAUUUGGUUUCUGGGCAUUCGUACUUGGCUCUCGUGCGCUAUCCUCCUACACGCCCCUUAAAAAAGAGUCUUACAUCCUCAGUUUCAUGUUGGGGAGGUUGCCGCAGCGACUUUAAAAACGAUGCUGCUAAUAAGUGAAUGUAUGGUUGUCUUUGCAGUUGCGACUGGCAAAUGCGUUGUAGAUUCUGAUAUUUCCUGAGUUUGUGCUCCAAACAUUCGCGAAUUUAUCUACGGCUGUGAGAUACGUUAUAUUGGCACAUUGUACCCGGGAGCCGUUUCACUUUUAGCUGGUGCCGAUUAACAGACCAUCACUGUUCUCCCCAUAUUAAUGAUCAGUCCUAAGUCUCAGUAGUCAGAUUCAAAGAGUUUCGUGCUUCAUUGAACGUCGGUAUCUGCCGUAGCUUUCAGCACUUCGUCAUCCUUGAAUAAAGGUUACCGGACAAUGACGAUGGACGCCCUUGUCGUCAUCCGAAUACGUCGGAUGUUAAGUAGUUAUUCUUCGGUUCGGCAUUUGAUGUUGAUUUCAGGCUCUCCACGCUGAAGUCAUCAAUCAAUAUGACGAAAAUCAUGAGGCUAAAUGAGACAGAAACAAAUACAUAAAUCUACGUCAUAAAUCUAAAUCUCACUACAAACGCUUUCGUACUGACCCAGUGUCAGUGAAUGUGCAAUCGGCCCAUCUCCCAACUAUCUGGCCAUUUGCAUAUGCCGUUCUGUAAAUCUGAAUUCUAACAUUAUUUUGAAGGUUCCAUGGCUGUUUAUUAUAUCGAUUAAUGUUGUGGAAAUCCCCAUAGCUAUAUUCAGAAGAAAAAGUGACGAGCGAACGUUGUUUUCGAUAACUUCUCGUCAGUUAUAUGGGACGGGAUACAGUAAGUGAAAAAAAUCGAUAAAACCUUCAAAUUUUAGGUUAACAGAAGGGUAACAUUUGGUUUUGAAAAAGUUUCUGAUUAUGACAAUUUUGAAGACCGUGAAACGUCCAUUCAUAAAAUAUCGUUCCUCUACAUUACCUAAAUUUGCACGUUAAGUUUAGAAUAUGGCUCCAAUCCAUUACUAAAUUUUACGAACCUCAUACAGUCUUCUUGGAAUAGACUAUAGAAAUGUAUGACUUUCCGUACACGGGAAAUAUAGAGCUAGUAGUUUGGAAACCCCGAAUGCAUGUGCAACGGCAGGUCGGGAUCAAAUUUAUUUGCGAAUUGAAAAGUUUUUUAAAACCCAAUUACACCCUUCUUUCAAGUAUGAAAUUUGAAGAAGACGUAAUUUUCCACUAAAUAAGUAAAAGGAUGAAUAUUUCUACUCGUUUUUUUCUGUAAAAUAUAUUUAUGAAGGCAUUGAAAAUCGAUGAAAAAACUCAUACUACAUAAGUACUGUAGGUGGGCUAACUCAUGAAAUGUCAACCGAAAUUCCGAAAUUCGUCUUAAUUUCGGGAAGAUUAAUUAAGCAGAUUUGGAUAACUAAUCAUCAAGCAGCAUAAUCGUAUAAUCGUAAUAAUUCAGUUACCUCAGGACGACGGCUUUUGAAAGAACUUCUUUUCGGUAGCAUGCAAAAGCUAUACGUCGUAAAAGAUGACUACGUAAGUAGCAUACAUUUUUUCCACUGACUUUCGAUGCCCUUAAAAAUUAAAUUAUAUUUCAUGGAAACCAUGCACAAAAAUAUUCAUUUUUUCGCUCAUUCGGCAGAAAAUUACGUUAGCUUCCAAUUCUUUUACUCGAUGAAAGGGAAAAAUUUGGCUUUCGAGAAGUUUCUAAUUGUGAAACUUUUUAAUACCCUGAAAUGCGCGCUCAUGAAACACCGUGUCUCUGCAUUUACGAAUGUGGCUCGUAAAGUUAACAACAUGGUUCAAAUUUACUGCUGAAUUUUAUGAAUCCCAUAUGGAGUCCAGUUAAAACCGUAGAAAAUACGUACGGUUUUCCGUACGUGGAAAAUAUAUGCUUUUUAGUUUGGAAACCCUGAACGUGAGUGUAACGGCAGGUUGGGUUCGAAAUUAUUCGGAAAUUGGAAAAGUUUUGAAACCCGAAUAUACCAUUCCUUCGAGUAUAAAAUUAGAAGAAGACGUAAUUUUCUGCCGAAUUAGCGAAAAAAUGAGUACUUCUAUGCAUGUUUUCCAUGAAAUAUAAUUGAAUUGUUAACGGCAUCGAAAAUAAGUGAGAAGAAUGCAAACUAAUUAAGUUGUCAUUUUUUACUGCGUAUAGCUUUUGCAUGCGUCCGAAAAAAGUUCGUCCAAAAGCCGGCAUCCUGUGGUAACUGGAUUGUUAUAGAAUUAUGCUGUAGUUCUACAACUCUGCUCAAUUAAUCUUUUCGAAACGAAAACGCAUUUCGGAAUUUCGGUUGACAUUUCAUGAGUUAGCCCACCUACUGUAGUCAUUUUUUAACGGAGUGUAGUUUUUGCAGGAGGCCGGAAAGAAUUUCGUUCAAAAACUGGCAUCCUGUAGUAAAUGAACUAGCUUGAGAUUAUGCUGCUAGUUGAUUAGUAUUACAACCCUACACAUGUACCCUUUUCGGGCGGAAAACGCAUUUCAUAAUUUCGGUCAACAUUUCACUAGUUAGCACAUCUGCUGUACCUUUGAUCGGCCUCUAGCGAUAUUUAAGUCGUUUAUUUGGCUACCUAUUUUGUUUGAGUAGGUGGGUGUUUGUCCAUCCCAGGGGAUAAAGUGCUCCCUCAUGAAGUCCGCCAGUAAUGUGGACAAACACCAUGGGGACAGAAUUUGCGCAAAGAAAAACUUAGCAAAAAAGGCACGCGGACGUUCUGGAAUGCACAAAUGGCGUUGUGUAUAUACCAGUUCAAGUGCCUUGGCUCUCACCUCCGAUUUGAUGAAUAAAAGCGAUAUGAAUUAUAAAAUUUCCCUGGCGCGACAGAUAACGUCCGACUUCAGACCGCAUCAUAGCCCUCGGUCUGGAGUGGGCGACAGUGACGUUCGUGUUGAUCAGGGUUUGGUUUAAAGAAAGACCUUUUCAUUUAUGCGAUUGCACCUUCGCGGAAUGCAGAAAUAAUAUGAAGUUUAAGAUUAAGGCAAGGGCUGUCUUAUUUUUAUGUAUAAGUGGAAGUUAGACAUCAGGACAACGUUUUGCCUCUCUCCUUCUCUUUGUGUUGUACAGUUACGGAAAUGGCUAGUUUUUAGGUUAAGCUUGUGUCUGACUCUCGGCGAAUGGUGGAAACGAGGUUUAGAGUUAACUUAAACUCAGUUUUGGUUUUGGCUUACAACUAGAGUUAUACGUAGUCUUGGGGUAGAGGGUAGCUUUACAGAUCGAUACCGCUAUUAAAUUAGUGUCAGGAAAAGGAUUUAGUUUAUGUCCACGACUGUGGUGAGGGUUCGUUUUGAGUUCAGGUGUAGUUUUGGAUGAAGUUUAGUAUUGAGAUUUAGACUAGGUUUGAUAUUGAUUUCACUUACAGGGCUAGACAUUAAGCAAAGAGUCUAGAUUAUAGGUAAGAUAACAUUCUUUUUUAACCUCAGAUUUAAGCUUUUUAUGAAUUAUUAUGAUUAGUGAUUGCUGAUGCUCGUGUCUUAUUUUAUCACAUUUAUUCUUUUGUCCUCCACCUUUAUACGCUCUUGUCUCAAUUUCCUUGUAAACAGUACUAACAGUGCGCACACGAUCGGCGUACAUUUAGGUCUUCGAAAUUAUCGACCAAUGGGUGAUCCCAAUAUAAAUAAUGGAAUAAUCACUCAACCUCCUACAACGUGCAAUAACGCAAUUUUAUUUCCACUUCCAACCUCUAUCAGACAUGGAAUCCCUGUGUAGACCGUGUUUAUGGGGUGGUUAAAGGUUCAUCAGACCAGCUAGACUGUGACAUUGAUGGUGGCCACCACUUUGUGGAGAUUAUAGAAAGUCCUGAAAAGAGCAGCUUGGGACGAGCACGAAUGUUGCACGCGUAAAAGGAGAAAUUCUCACCGCGCCGGACACCGCGGCCGCGCGACAUUUUUGUCGCCUUGAUUUUGCCACACGACCACAACAUAGUCUCUCCUGUGGAUAGUAAGGCUAGGUGAGUGCAUCCUAAUUAUAAACAGAUUCAUGUGCAAGUUACAAAUGCGCACAUGUCACCAGCGCCAUUCCAACUAUCGUGUAGAUAUGUACGUUAGUCCACGUAGACAUUAGGCAACGCGGACGCGGAUACAUCAUUCAUCCCGAAGGCCAGUGACAGGUCACAUCAUGGCAAGCGACCCUGACGACAAUUAGUGCUGGCACAAGGGCUAGAGGCGUUUAUUGGCAGACGGAUCAGCUGGAGUAAAAUGACAACUUACCUGGUCGUCAGAGGUUACGUUUAGUACGGAGGGGUUGAAAUAACUCACGUAUGCUUAACUUUUCACAUUAAUAGUAGUGAAAACGUGAUUCCCGGGUGGCAUAUCAGAAGAAGAAGAGGCGUUCAGCGGGAGAGGUUUAUCGGAAGUCUGGCAUUUCCAGUAGUUACUUCGUCUACCCAUCUUUAGAGACUAGGAUGUGAUGCGCACAGGUCUCCUCAUAUGACACACUUUGUUUGAUGUGUGGCUGCAUCUGACCCGCAUGUCACCGUGACCUGAAUCGUCCCCCCCGCCCUUGUCGGCAGCGGAGAUAGUAGGCGGCCCCGACUGUUCCGCGCCGUGACUGUCCCCCGUCAAGAAGGUUCGAAAAGGCAGAUAGGGGGGGGGAGGCUAUUUGAUGUGGCGGUUGACAGAGCAGUCGGUGAACAUCCAGGCCUCUUGCAUCUGCCUUGCCGUAUGACCAUCGCCCUGACCCACAAUCUCAACGACGUCAAAGUUGAAGAUGUGCACCAGAUGUGCGGCCUGGGUUGUUACCUCCGACUUUGGGUACAAUCUUCGCACGACCAUCGGUCGGUUUCCCCAAUGUAGUUGCAACUACGGCAGCUGAACUGAGGACGGUGGACGACGGCUGGCAUCUCCCGCUUACAAAUAAGCUCCUUUGGCUGCAUCACCUGUCGUCGGACUGUUGAGUUAGGCAUGUGAGCAACUUCUAUUCCGAGUGUCCGAGGCAUCUAGCUACGGCCGAAGGUUACAACCCAGGCCGCACAUAUGGGGCAACUACAUUGGGGAAAUCGACCGAUGGUCGUGCGAAGGUUGGACCCAAAGUCGGAGGUAGCAACUCAGGCCGCACAUAUUUGGCAUAUCUUCAACUUUGACGUCGUUGAGAUUGUGGGCCGGGGCGAUGAUCAUACGGCAAGGCAGAUGCAAGUGGCCUCGAUGUCCACCAACUGCUCUGUCAACCGCCACAUUAGUCUUCCUCCCCCCUAUCUGCCUUUUGCAAACCUUCUUGACAGGGGCAGUCGGGGCCGUCGGCUAUUUCCGCCGCCGACGAGGGCGGGGGGACGAUUCAGGUCACGGUGACAUGCGGGUCAGAUGCAACCACACAGGCGGCAUUGGCGGGCCGCACAUCAAAGAAAGUGUGUCAUAUAAGGAGAGCUGUGCGCACCACUUCCUAGUCUCUGAAAACGUCUGGAAACGUCAGACCUCUGAUAAACUUCUCCCACUGAGCGCCCUCUCGUCUUUUGCUUAAAUUUCCGUUCCAGCACUUUCAGCAUACUUUGCAUCUUUGGCGUCUUAAUGCUGUAGCAUGUUUGGGGAAGGAAAUCCUUUUUGGCAUAGUCAUGAUUCCUGGACGCACCUAAUCCUAACGCACAGGCAGUUGCCUUCCAGACUUCGAAAAAAAAUCGGGUGGGCCAUUGCUUGUUGAACUUCAAUUAUGUAGGCGGCAUGGUUGAGGGAUUCGAGGGUGACCAUCUUCCCCGACAUUUUCAGCAGGGCAGUUUAAGUUUCCGUAAGAUCUAAAACAAUGAAGUUUGAUGUGUGCUUCUAAACAUCUCAUUUAUAUGGAUGACUUUUCAGGCCUAAAAACAGCUGGAGACAAACAUGAGUAAUCAUAAUUUUUAACUUCUUUAAUAUACAUACCCUCUAUCUGUCAGUUCACUGUGGUCUGCCAGCUCCAAAUAACAGGCCAUUUAAGCUGUAGUUUUACGUUAUAAACUGCAUUAACUCCAUUAAGUCAAAGCCUGAAGACUCUUAAAUUGGAUUCCGUUGACCCACAAACAUUUAUCUCAAUGCUGUGGCGCGUUGGACAUAUCGGCAUUACUGGUUGCCUAUCUAGCAAGACAGUUACCACCCUACUGCUUGAUAAUGUAGGUCGGAAGAGUGACACCAGUCGCCGGAUAAAAAAAUGCUAACACACGGACAAUUUUUCUGUGCUUACCCAUGUCGUUAUCAUAGGCCGGGCCCUCAGGCGGCUUUGGACUUGCCUUAUUACCGGUUUACACUAUUGUUUUUGUGUGCACAGGGUCAAAUUCCUGACUUAACUCUAGGGUUUGUACUGUGACAUGCGCUAGCCGGUCACUCAAUUCGCCCUGCUUAUUUCAAAUGAGCUUAUGCGCUGCUCUGAAAAUCCUCCUUCGAACAUCCCUUCUUCACGGGAACUUCUAAUACCUGCUUCGUCUCUCCUCUACAAAAUGAUCUGCAAGUCAGUAGUCACACAAUUUGGUCGCGUUUGAAUGCCCACAAUGUUCCGUUUAAUCCCUGAUCCAGGGAAUGCACGUAAAGUGCGUGACCGAUCUCAUGAAAUUUUGGCCGAAAUUUUGGAAUGCGUGAUUGAUUUAGAAGGAUUACUUAGGUGGACUUGUAAUACUGAUUAGAAUGCAGCAUAAUCCUAUAGCAUUUCAGACUCACCAGGAUGUCGGCUUUUGAAUGCACUUCUCUUUGAUCGCCUGCAAAAACCACACCUGGUAAAAAAUGACUACUUAAGUAGCAUGCAUUUAUCCUAUUAAUUUUCGGUGGUCCUAUAAAUGCAAGUACAUUUUAUAGAAAAUAUGUACAAAAAUAUGCUUUCUUUUACACCUUUGGUGGAAACUCACAUUACCUUCAUAUUUUACACCCGAUGAAAGUGUAUAUUUAGGUUUAGAAAAAAGCUUCUCAAUUCCCGAAUAAUUUUGAGCCUGAUCUACCAUUUCAUUAGCGUUUAACUAUUUCAGACUGCAAGGUGCAUCCUUUCCGCAGAAGGUAAAUCACAUAUUCCUUUAUGUUUUCAAGAAGAUACUAUAUAGAGUUCAUAAAGUUUUGCGAUGGAUCCGGAUUGUGUUGUACAUUUUUUGAGGAGCCUUGGUAAACGGAAAUGUACAGUCCUGUAUGCAUGGACAUCGCACUAUCUUAGAAAUUCCAUAAUAAGAAACAUUUUGAAAACCUAAAUAUAAACUUUCUUUGGGCAUAAAAUAUGAAGAUAAUGUGAAUAAAAGAAAGCAUAUUUUUGCACGUUUCCUAUAAAAAGUAUCGGAAUUUAUAAGACCACCGAAAAUCAAUUUGAAAAAUGCGUGCUACAUAAGUAGUCAUUUUUUACUGAGUGUGGUUUCUGCAGGAGAUCGAAAAGAAGUGCAUUCAAAAGCCGACAUCCUGGUGAGUUUGCAAUGCUAUAGGACUAUGCUGAAGGCUAAUCAGUAUUACAAGUCCACCUAAGUAAUCCUUCCAAAUCGAACACGCAUUCCAGAAUUUCGGCCAGCAUUUCCUGAGAUCGGUCACGCACUGUACAUGCGUGCAGUUAAGUCUUCACAGCAUAUGCUUGUCCUCUAACGGGACUGUUAACACUGGUUAAAUACGGUACCACAUAAUCAAGCCCGCGCACAGUGCUUGCCGUUAGUCUCUGGUCGUCAUUAACCGUAGUUAAGCUCACCGACAUGGAGACGGACAACAUGACACUGGCGAUAACAGCGGAGGUGAAAUACAAUAGCCCUAUUUUUUACGCGCCGCCGUGUUGUACGUAGCUGUAUAUGGAUUCCAGAAAAGACUGCAGUUGUUAAAGUAGCAUUUGCAUAAUUUGAGACUUUCUGUUCAUCUUUGUGCAACCCGAACGUUUUGAGGGCAGAAGAAUUCAGAAACGACGUAACGGCUGAGCCUAUAGACCUUGAAUAAAAUGAUCUACUCCAAGAUCGUGAUUUGUUUCUGAGGGAAUUAAAAAGCGACAAUUCCUAAAUUGCAGUAUCUACCAGAAAACAAACAGAGAACGCUGGGGGACCCAAUAACGAGCCGAACCCCUCGCAGCUGCGCCACACAGCAGCAGAAUAUCGGCAAAACACGCGUGUAUGGGCCUUUGGUUAGUAUCUGUGCUGUUAGUAUAGUAUCACCUUAUCCUAAAGGAACAUUUAACCCAUUUUUCUUAAGAUCAUAAAUACUAUGAAGUAGAAAACACUGUAUAAUUUGUACCUCAUCUGGUCUCACAGUCGAGACCUGCGGUCUGACCAUCGAUGCAGCACUGACGGGAAAGUCUGUGAACGCAGUCCAAGCACAUUGUCCAAGCCCACAGCGUUAAGACACCUUGAGUGCAAACGGGUAUAAUCUUAGUGGUGAUCUUCUUUUCUAUCCAUUCCAGCUACUUUUGUCACCAACGAGUUUUCAGGCAGUUUCCAAUCUAGCUAAGAUGCCGCCUGGACCAUGAAACAAGCACAGCAAAGUACUCAUGGACAGUUUGCAUUAACAAGUGUUUACAAUAUCGUCCGUUUUGUAACAACUUAAACAAGAUUGGGGAAGAUGAGGUCAAGAGUUCAUGGCAAUUACACUGUAUCUUCGGACCGUAGCCUGCUUCAGCUGCUUCACAAGUUUGGAUCGGCCGUUGAAAAUCUUGUACUUCACGUAUCUCCAAAGGAGAAACCAAGUGGAAUAAGAUCUAGAGGCUCAGGUGGCCACCCUACAGGUCCAUCCUGGUCAUUCCAUCGGCCACUGCAGCACGGCCAUUUUAUGGAGGGGCUCCCUCAUUUUGAAAUCACAUUUGUUGAUGUACUCCAGGAUACCACUGGUUGUUCCAAAAGCUGACAAUUGGACUGUCCUAAACAGGGCAAAAAUGAGUUGUUCGCGAGGGCAGUCUCAACUGUUUCUAAAGAAUAAUAGCCAGAUUAAUUUGCUUCCCACCAUAGCAACCUAAGCAAUGACCUUCCGGUCAGUUUACCUUCGACUCGGAACAAAAUUUGGCUUUUGAUCAUUCGGUUUAGACGGAUUAUGGCUUUAACAGGGGUGGGUCUCCUAAAUUCCAUUUACUGGCAUAAAUGCUGAAAAGAAUUUCUCUCAGAGGUUCGAAGCAUCCAGCCGAAUCCUCUGCAAUCCAGCAUCACGGUCCUGCGCAAUCCUUAAAUCCUCUUGUUAGUGACAAGUCCUUUCAGGGCGACUUUUCUUCAUACCCCAAACCGUCCUUAUCGUCAUUAUACAAGAUCAGAACGGGGCCGUGUUGAAGCCAGUUACAGUAGGUGGGCUAACUUAUGAAAUUUCAACCGAAAUUCCGAAAUGCUAUUUCGUUUAGAAAAAAUUAGUUAAGUAGGGUUGUAAAUCUAAUCAGCCUGCAACAUAAUUCUAUAAUAUUUCGGUUACCUCAGGAUGCCGGCUUUCGAAUGAACUUCGGCUGCAUGCAAAACCCACAUUCUGUGAAAAAUGGCUACUUACGUAGUAUGUACUUUUCUCAUUGAUUUUCGAAGCCUCGAAAAGUCCAGUUAUAUUUCAUGGAAAACAUGCAUAAAAAUAUACAUUAGUUAGCUCAUUCGGUAGACAAUGACGUCUUCUCCUAAUUUUAUGCUCGAAGGAAGGAGAGAAUUCGGUUUUCAAAAACUUUUCCAAUUCCCGAAUACUUUUGAACCCGCUCUACCGUUGCACUUGGAUUCAGGGUUUCUAAAUUACAAGCCGUUUAUUUUCCGCGUACGGAAAUCCACACAUUUCUCUACGGUAAUAAAGGACGACCAUAUAGGGUUCAUAAAAUUUAGCAGUAGAUUUGAUCCAUAUUGUUAACUUUACAAGCCACAUUGGUAAAUGCGGUGACAUGACGAUUUAUGAACGGUCAUUUCACGGUAUUUAAAAGUCCCGCAACUAGAAACUGUUUUAAAACCGAAAUAUGUCCCUCCUUGAAGUAUAACUUUAAAAGAAUACGUAAUUAUUUACCGAAUGAGUAAAAUAAUGAAUAUGUUUAUGCAUGUUUUUCAUGAAGUAUAAUUGGAAUUUUAAGGGCUUUGAAAAUCAAUGAGGAAAAUUCACGCUACAUAAGUAGUCAUUUUUUACGGAGUGUAGUUUUUACAUGCAGCCGAAAGGAAUUUCAUUCGAAAGUCGGCAUCCUGAGGUAACAGAAAUAUAAUAGAAUUAUGUUGCAGGUUGACUACUUUUACAACCCUACUUAAUUAAUCUUUUCGAAACGAAAACGCAUUUCGGAAUUUCGGUUAACAUUUCGUGAGUUAGCCACCUAUUAUAUUUGCUGACCGGGUUUCAUUGAGUCCUCGUGAAGCCAUUACUAUUGCCGAAAGUGCACGUAGCACGUUGUAGAUGGGGACAGACGUCAUGUCAUCCAUUGCGCCAAUGUCGUCAUCAGUUUGCUGACAGGCUCGAAAAAAGUCAUUGGUGCAUAACAGUGGGAAGAUGAUGUGACGCUUGUAACAAGGUACCCAUACAUACAAUUUCCUCUUACUCCUUACUCCAACUAGCAUAACACUACAAUUCGGUUGUCAAAAGACGAGAUAACACACUACGAGGGUCAAACUAGAAUGGACUUAUCCUAAUUUAUGGAAACCCUCCGGGGUCCGUGAUACGAAAGAUGAUUUGGUUCCGAUAGAGGGUGAAGUCUAGCCAGGCUUUAAUUCCUCACCUAAAUCAUUAGAUAUUUUUUCAAUAUAUAAGGACGCGCUUUUUGGCGUGAUAUGUGCAACUGCCGACUGAUGGAGAAGCAUUUCCCAACCCUUCCCAACGUGGUAUUUAGAACGCUCUCAUUUAUGUCCUGUCUUGCCACUGAAACACGGUGGAUGUGGAAGGAGAGAGUGACACAGAUGCUUCAAUAAGAUGAAUUCAUAAGUGAAGAAGAAUAGUCGAGCAGCGGAACACUUCGUUUAUUGUCCUGAGCUUUCAGACUCGUACAGUAGUCCAUCGUCAGUGGUAGUGGCAGCAACAGAACAAGCGACAGUUAUAAAGCAUGUGGGCCAAUCAUCUACAGACGACGCAAGACUGGAGGUGACUACGCAGGGCUCCGUAUGCCGGCGCCAGAUCGAUAAAUCGAUUAGCCAAGUUCUCAUCCGAGGCCCAGGCUUCAAUCAUUUCUCGGCCUGUUUGGUUUCCGGCGUGGGCGACUAUUUUGGUGGCUGCGAAGUUAAACUCGUGACCCAUUUCGCAGGUGUGGACGACCACUUGUGAUAAUGCACCGCCUCGUCGCACAGCCAGCUUGCGCUCGUGUAUGCGCCAUCCGAGCAUGCGCCCAGUCUGUCCUGUGUAGUUACAAGGACAAUUUUGACACGAAAUGCGGUAUACUACUACCGAUUGCUCGCCUAGAUCGCAGUUGGUAGCCAGGAAUGGAGAAUCGGACGGCGACCUUAACCCUAAUCCUAAUCUUAACCCUAACCUCAACCUUAAACGUUAACCGUUAACCUUAACGGCAACCCUAACCUUAACCCUAACCGAAAUCGUAAACGUAACCGUAGCUCUUAGAGACAGCCGUAACUGGAAAACCUAGCCGUAAUACUGAAACCUAAUCGUACGCUCAAACCCUAACCGUAACCCGAAAACCUAAGCUUAAAGGCAUAACCCUAACCCGAAAAUCGGAAACUAUUAACCGGUACCCUAAUCCUUACCUCAAACGUAAAACGGAAGCCAAAUGGGUCAGAUCUGAUUAUGGAACCCCACAAAAUAGCCCAGUAAACAAACCCCCCCGCCACCUGUAAUCCGGGGCCUGGCUACCAACUGCGAUCUAGCCGAUGGCUCUUCAGGCUUUAACCGGUCUUUGAUUUUCAUGACACUACUGCGCAUGGUGGCUUUGGGGCGGUGUGCAAUUCCAACACCUAACUCCACAGCAAUGCUCUCGGUAGCUUCUGCAACGCCCUUGAUGUAUGGCACAGAAUGUUAUAUUGUUGGUGGCGUUAAUUUUUGAGUCCUCUGGAGUCGACCGCGAGGCAGCGGCUUAUGAAUGCCCUCGGAUAGCCAUUUUGCACAAAUUGGUCGCGGAGAUAACGGGCCUCACGUGCUCUUUUCUCCGGUUUGCUGCAAUGCGUUUGGAUCCGUUUGAAGAGCCUCUUCAUUCAGCUUCGUUUGUGAGCCAUCGGAUGGCUGAUGUGAAAAAUGAGAAGCCGUGUGGGUAGUGGGGGUGACUGGCUGAGCGCUGGUCAUGCGAUUGGACGGAUUAGGAGAGGAUUAGGAGGACACAUAAUCACAGGGGCUCACGGGUCGUCCGACUCGCGUGAGGUGAUGAAAGUUUGUGGGGGCAGCCGGGAGUCAUUUCAGUUGGACCGGAGGUGUCCCAGAUCGAGCCGGCGGGGGUGGCAGUGUGUCAACAGCUGUCGCGGCCGUCGUUCGUCAAAACGGAGCCGGAGAAAAGGGGGACUGGAGCGGCUGCAACAAGCGCAUUUUGUAAUAAUGGCGGACAUAUAAAGUAACAGCUCUAGAAAGACGGGUUCGUUACAAACAUUCGCUUGGUUCCAGUAGGGCUUGAUAUAUCGAGGGAUUACUUACUAGGCUCAUCAGCAUGACUAGUAAUGUCGCACGGAUUGAGGACUCGGCUUUUGGUGAUCAGGGCACUAUCUUAUUACACACAAGCGUCCUGUGAUGGGCGUGGUGGCUGCCAAAUGCAGCAAUGGAAUCCUACAAGUAAUGAACCGCAGGCGAGCCCGUCACUUCCACAUUCUGUUGCUUCUCGUGAUGAGCUUGAGAGUAAAUGCCAGAUGUCAGACGAAUGAAGUCCUUGUUACGACGAUCGCUCCUUCUCCUACUUGCUGGGAUUCACCCCUUCCAUUAUAAGAUCAGUUUAUUUGGCGCGUCGUACUCCGAUUGGCUUUAUGAUGGGUAUGUUUUGCUUUUCGAGCAGCGUCGGGUAAUGUGCAAUUUCGGUUUCUACGCAGGUACAGUAGAGCUACUAUAGCAUGAAUCGUUAAAUGAAACUUUGGGAUUUUUUGAGCAGAAAGAAACACUGAAGUAGGAUUGUGAGAUUAAAUUAUCGUACAAAAUAACAACAAGAUAUUUUAGUGAAAUCAGGAUGCGAACUGUCGAACGAACCUGUUUUCGUCCGCCUGCAAAACUACACUCCGUAAAGAAUGACUGCCUAGGUAACAGGAAUUUGCCCCGCUACUUUUAGAUGCCCUUAUAAAUUCGGAUAUAUUUUAUAGAAAAUAUGCAAAAAAUAUUAUUUUCUGCAUAUAUUUAUCCUCAAGUUACUUUUCUUUUAAUGUUACGCUGGAGAAUAGGUACCUUUCGGCUUAAAAACUUUUUCAAUUCACAAAUAAUUUUGAGCCCCACCCCCCGUUACACUUGCGUUCAUGGUUCCAAGAAUGCAACUUGCAUAUUUUCCCUGUAAGUAAAAACAUACUUUCCUAUAUCUUGUUAAGACGAUUCCAUAUAGGCCUCAUAAAAUGUAACAAUGAAUGUUGACCGCGUUGAAUACUUUGUAAACAGCAUCAAUAAAUAUACAGGUAAGUUGUUUCAUGGGUAGGCCUUUUAAGGUCUUAAAAAUCUCAUGACUAAGAAAUUUUCUAAAACCGAAAAAUACACUUAUUUCGAGUAUAUAAUGUCACGAAGACGUAACUUUCUAUCAAGCGAGUACAUGAAAAAUAUUUUUAUGCAUGUUUUCUGUGAAAUAUAUUUAAAUAUAUGAAGAAAUCGAAAAGUCAGUAUAGAAGUACAUACAAAUCGUGUUGCCUUGCCGAACACAGUUUUUUUCUAGUGCCCGAUAGGAAGCCUCUUUAAUAGCAGGCAUCCCGGUGCUGCAUGAUGAUUAAUGCUACCACCCUAAUAAAGUAAUCAUUUUUAGUCGAAAACACAUUGUAGGCAAACAUUUCAUGAGAUGACGUAGUAAAGCAUCUCAGGUCCCACAAACCUGGGGUUGGGUAUGGCUAACUGACAGCAGCUGAUAGGUCGAAAGAGCCAUUUCACUCUCUCCCGUAUCACUCAGUACCUCUUUUCUACAUAUAAUUGCAGUCACCAUGCUUUUGCCUACGAUGCUGCUAGACUGAGUUUCAAGGCGCAAUGGGACGAGCACAUACAGUAACCCGGUCGAUAAACGUCCUCCCCGCGAUAAAAUGCAGGUUUCAUUAGUGCCUUCAGCAAACGCGGAAUUGGUAACAUUACAACACACAGGCGAAGAAUUUUGGAGCUGCUUUACUUCCACUAGGGGGGAAACAGUGUUUUGGGAUGGAAUAACACAACAAGCCUGUGAACAGACAGCGAUGCGUGCGGGGGUAGUAGAGCUUACAUUUCGUAAGUUGUAUCUUUCAUGGAUGGACGAUUGUAUACGGAUGUCAUGACAUAAAGUGUCAUUAAACUCAGAUGACGCCAAGCCUCCUCACAUGCUCUGUCAGAAGGUGUCCGUCGACGCGAAGACCCUUAUCCAACAUAAACUGUUGCCUUUCUGUUUUGACAUGAGAAAAAGAGCCGCCUGCAAUACGGAUGGCUUUGAACCAACUACCUGUGAAAUUAAGGUUAGGUUCAAGGUUACAGUUAGGGUUAGGUGAAGGGUUCGGUUCAAGGUUAGAUUUAGAAACAUUGGUAAAGUAAGUCAGGAUCAACUGUGGGGUGUAGUUAGGGGUUAGUGUAAAAGGCAGAGUUAUGAUUAAGAGUAGGGUUAGAGUUAAGACUAAGCCAUUAUUUAGUUUUAUACCAGGGUUAUUGUUGGGGUUAAAACACGGAAAUAUUUUGCCCCUCCAGAAUUAUGCGCAGGUACACCUUUAUUACUUGCGUGGCGUUCCUAUUCGCAUCUCCUGUUUAAGGGGCUAUACAUACAGUAGGUGGGCCAACUCAUGAAAUGUCAAUUGAAAUUCCGAAAUGCGCUUUCGUUUCGAAAAGAUUAAUUAGGUAGGGUUUUAAACUAGUUAGCCUACAACACAACUCUAUAAUAAUUCAGUUACCUUAGGAUGCCAGCUUUCUAACAAAAUUCCCCCUAGCUGCAUACAGUAACUAAACUCUGCAAAACAUUACUACAUGCGUGGCAUGUAUGUUUCUCGUUGAUUUUUGAUGCGCCUAAAAAUUCAAUUAUAUUUCAUGGAAAGCAUGCAUAACAAUAUCCAUUCUUUCACUAAUUCGGUAGAAAAUUACGUCUUCCAAUUUGAUACUCAAACGAAGUGUAAUAAUUGGUUUACGAAAACUUUUAUAAUUCCCGAAUAAUUUUGAACCCGACCUGCCGUCACACUUGCAUUCAGGCUUUUAAAACUAUAAGCCAUCUAUUUUCCACGAACGGAAAACCACACAUUUCUCCACAGUAUUAAGAGGAGACUAUAGGGGUUCAUAAAGUUCAGUAUUGGACUUGACCGAUACUGUUGACUUUACAAGCAGCAUUGGUAAAUGCAGAAACAUGACGUUUUAUAAACGGCCAUUUCACGGCAUGAAAAAGUCGCGCAAUUAGAAAUUUUUUAAAACCGCAUUAUAUCCCUCCUUCGAGUAUAAAAUUGGAAGAUUUAAUUUUCUACUGAAUGAGUAAAAGAAUUAAUAUUGUUAUGCAUGUCUUCCCUGAAGUGUAAUUGGACUUUUCGGGACAUCGAACAUUAAAGAGGAAAUGCGUGCUACUUAAGUAGUCAUUUUUACAAAAUAUAAUUUUUGCACACAGCCAGACGGAAGUUCGUUCGGAAGCCGGUAUCCUGAGGUAACUGAAUUAUUAUAGAAUUGUACCGAUGCCUGAUUAUUUUUACAACCCUUCUUAAGUAACUUUUUCGAAGCGAAAAUGCAUUUCGGAAUUUCAUUUGAUAUUUCAUUAGUUAGCCCACCUACUGUAAGUCAGUCCCACCCUGGUUAGAUCACCCAUCAUGCCAAGUGUUCAUGUAGUCAAACUGGAUGAACUGAGGAAACUCAAAGCUAUCAUUUGGUCAUCAGACAAGCGACGUCCGAUCGUCGUAUUGAAGGUAAAAGACUGCCCCUAGGGAACCAUAGGCUAAUUAAAAUAUCGCCAAUCCCAUGCGCCAUGUAAAUUCGAACUCUCAAAACUACUUCACCAGAUGGUAAAGUGGCGUUGUAAGCUAUGCUAAGCGUGGGGUACAAUAUUGCUGACCAAUCGAAGUAUGGCUAAAAGUCCGUGAACAUCACUAUUCAUAUUUUCACGAGAAGGAUCCCAUGACCAUUGCAUCACUCAAAGACACUGGUAAAGUUGUUUGGUCCUUGCCUUACUUGCAAAGUGGGAAGUUUUCCGCCAAACUUCUAUGACGCCGUAACGCUGUGUCACAGCGUUCGUUGUCGCCAGUACCAAGCUGACGGUCGGACAGAAUGGGAUCGAGUGAGAUCAUAACCACAACAGUGAGGGUCAAACGCUCACUUGACAUGCAUAUAUAUAUACUGCUAUUGAUGUGUACUACUGUUUCUAAGAGCGAAUUUGCAACCUCAGACGGAUACAAUUCUUGUUCCUGCAGUUGAAUCUAUUUCUUCAUACAUGUCCAAGACUUUUUUAAGUUUACACAUUAUUGCACAUGAGGUGGCCGAUCGCAUUUCCAAAGGAAUCCGUUGUCCAGUAACUAACAAAUGGUCCUCGCCUAUAAAGUCGUCAGUUGAAAGUCUCGUUUAACGAACCUGGGGGAUUCAGUCAUUUGAAGUUUAUUGCUGUUGGGUUAAACUAGUGAGCCAUGCGGAUUUCUGGGUCUGACAAAUGGACAUAUUUUCAACCAAGCGGAAGCCGAAAAUUAAGUGCAGACAAGCACGCAAAACACCAUUUGGACUCAGAAAGGGAGACUUUCAUCAAGGAGGCAAUGGGACGGAUUUUAACAGUCUCAUAGAAGAGUAUCAUUUCUAAUGACUUCUUUCCUUUUCUGGCAGCCUACAACACUUGUAUGAGUGUUUUCUUCGCCUGUGGGGAUCAGAGAACAUGGAAUAAUUUUUUUUAAUCAAAAACUUUAAUUCGUUUGUUUUCAAUUGCCGUAAGUUCUGUUCUGUGAACUCUUCCCGUCCAUGCCCGAGUGUCACAAUCGAUGCAGUAAAUAUUUAUGAACGGUUAAAACGUCCUAAUUACGUUCUUAUUUAUUCCACACUUAGGAUCAUUUCGCUCGUCGAACAGAGAGUGAAUCUGCUGAUCGUCGGACUUCUUGUCAUGUGCACGGUCGCGCUCGGUGAUGUCCUACGCUUUAUUCCCAUCGCAGCCCUCUAUGGCAUGUUCCUGUUCGUCGGCAUGUCUGGCCUCCGUGGCCUUGACCUGACCAAUAGCAUCUACGCUUUGCUCAGCAGACGAAAGUACUGGGGACGCUGGGAGUUCCUCUCAAAUCUUCCCAAACAACAGUUGGCGGUCUUCACGCUGAUUCGGUUUUGCGAGCUCUCCCUGCUCAUUACAAUAAUGAUAAUUGCGGAAUUUAGCAGUGCAGGUUGGAUUAGCUUCGCUUUUCCCCUGAUAAUUAUAAUCUCUGCUCUCAUCCGCGAAUUCAUCCUGCCGCGGUGGCGUUGGCUGGCAGUGUACCUAGAAAUCGUAAGAUUUAUUUAUUGAUUUUUAGAUACUGCACGCCAUUAUUUACUUGAUUUUGUAUGGGUUUCAUAAAUUCAGGUCUAUUUAGGAAGUCACUUACAGUAUAAUGUUGGAGAAAAUUACUUCGUUUAUCGUCGGGAUAGACUUCAAAAAGCUGAGCUUGUUUAGACUUGACGUCAAAGUUCAAACUGAUUCCGGUGAUUAGACGCAAACCGAAAUCCAAGUUUCCUUUAUCGCAAAUGACAACAGCAAUUUAAAUUGAACCUUGUUGAUCUGCACUUCAGGCAAAAAUGCCUUUAUGCGACCGCAAUGAAAACGGUAAAAGCAAAAGUUAGAUUCAUAGAUAUUUUGGCAGAUUUUGAAUAAUUCAUAUUGACUCAACUGUGAAAAACUCGGCGCCUCGAUGGGAUUCGAACCCACGCAGUAAGGGGAAGGCUUUAGUACAGCCAACGCGCUAACCACUUGAGCUAGGAGGCUCCGCCGGACGACGCGAGUUUAAUCACAUUUGGGUCAAGUUACCCGCCCAACCUGCUGCAACGUCAGGAAUCCGCCAAAUCUGAUAGAGUAAGCUGACUGCCCAGGCAAGAUUUCCUUAGUAAUUCACCUAGAAUCCACCAGGUGACUACUAGGCUCACGUAAUUCAAAGUCAAAUUCCUAAUGUCCCGUGUGCAGAGAAACAAAAACAUGAUUUAUACAACAAAUCUUUGUUUAGCUCACGUCAUUCAACAUAGCGAUUAUCAUCUUGGAGCCUCACAGGACGUGAAGUCCGUCAAAUAUUUUUGAUCUACACGACUCGAUCACUUUCUGUUUUUUCGCACGGAUCGUCGGCUUAUUGGCUGCUAUAAAUUGUGCGGUUAUAUUCGUUAUGCUUUUAGGCACGUGCCGUAGCAGCUCUAGAGGUCGCAUCGUUUGCUGACGUUAAAUUUAACUCAGAGUGGGCACCGGGUAUGAGAAUUAACUACCUUGGUCUGUACUGUAAUUACACACAUCCAUUCUUACCUGUUAUCAGGCCAUUUUGGGGUUCGCCACAAUACGCUGUUCACUGUUAAGCUCCCUUUUGGUUCUUGAAAUUGAGAUUUAAGUUUUAAAGGAUAUUGGCGGAAUAAAACCAAACCCCCAGACCUAUAUGGCGUGGCAGUCGACUUUCCCGACUAUAUGCACUCCAAUUCCUGCGAGGACCUACGAGGAUGCAGAGCGGUGUUAAAAAGUCCGCGACAUAUGAUGGAAGCAACGAUAGGUAGCACGAGACAAAAUGCUUGUAGGAACAGGUUUUACGUGCAAGUUUGAUUGGGACUGAAGUGACCACCUCUGGUUUAAUUAUCAUUAGACGUCAGUCAUACCCCAAUCACAGAUCAGGAGUAUCCGAAAUAUGAGUGCUGAUUAUCAGCCCAAAUUGUCAGUGUUCAAACGGACCGUGGUCCAAAUAGCAGGUUGACCUGUCCUGAAUUGUGUGUACAGUUGACUAAUGAGGACUAAUUCGCCGGUCCGAAGCAUUUAAACCUCACUUGCCCUAAUUCUUCUUCUUCAUUAAAUGCUCUAUGAGGAAAUUUUAGGCGCCGCCAACACUUUGAAGUUCAGUAAAAUGUACUAUUUGGAGGAACUACGGAUUCCCGCAGUUUUUUUGGUGGCAAGUCUGUCUCAUGUGACCGUAAGUGAGAAUAAUUUCGUGCCACUUGACAGUGACAUAGGAAGGUUUCAUAGACGGGGGUAGGUUGAAUUUCACAUUUUUAGAAUUGUGUUGGCUCCGAACAAUUAGCUCUCUCAUUACACUGUCACCGAUCCGCCCUAUUAGUCUUGCGCUCCCGAAAUCAAAUUCAUAGUCUGUCUAGAGAGCGCCGACAGUGACUUUUAUCGGGUCACUCUGGUGCCGCCAGAUUUGCAUCCUGUCAACAGUAGCUCGGCUCAAGUCCAGUCUGACCCGGGCGCCUCCAAGGGCAAUUACGGACUGACCUCGUGACUUGUCUACUAGAAUGGAUUUUGUAAAAAAACGAUACUGAAGCAUUUUACCCAAUCACCACGGUGAGUCUGACAAAAAUUAUUGGCUUCCUUCUUCUACCGAAAAGCGUAGGUGCACACCUCGGCCGGCUCUACGGUAAAUAUUUAAUUUGAUGUCACUGGUUCCCGAAACUUUCCUUGUUUCUGAGCACGUCGUUUGCCUGACAGUUCGACCAUCGGUUUCGAUGAUGUCCACCGUGUGCCCCACAGUUGCAGCAGCAAUGGGAGCAGGGACGGUGACUUACGCAGGGGUUUAUAGUGCCGGUAGACUUGCGUAGCAUCUACCUACACUCUCUCCUCCUCCCUCGCCCGAGCCCGGUGUCAAGACAGAGUCAAGAAGACCUUAGACGAGGGAGGCCGCAGGUAGAUGGCUCGGACGGAUCCUCACCUUGGCGUUCCACCACACCCCCUGGUCCACACAACAAAUAACCAGGAUUUCAACCAAUCACAACAGGGAUUUGGAGGCUGGCACGGCCGAAGCCGCACCUGGGCGUGCCGCCAACGCCUGGCUCGGAUCCCACACUGUGAUGGGAGUGCCAUAAAGGUCACAUUAAAAAGGAGCCAUUGCAGCCUGACUCUCAGACCGCCUCCGGUCAAGGAGAAGGUCCAAGUUACCCCGUCAGUUGGCAACCUUCCAAGCCACAGCUUUUAGCUCACCGUGAUAGCUUCAAGCGCGUCAGAUUGUUUAUAGUGACGAGAAAGUGCGCUGGGUCGUCGACCUCACUCUCCCUUCCCACUCCCACAGCUCAACCGCUGUCCGAGUCGGUCGUUUGCCUACUGGUGGUGAUUUAGUCACCAAGAGAAUCCUAGGACGUUUGCUUGAGUAGAAAGCAUAAGGUGUGCAGACGACGGGACCUAAUAUCAACAUCUGAAUACCAAAUGUGAAUAAAUUCUCGUAAAGGUUAUUCAGGCCAGACGUUAUAACUUUCAUUUUCCUGUUACCUGUUGUCCUUUUGUGCAUCAAACUACCAUGCAAGAAUUUUUUUUUAGCUGGACAGGCGCUGUAUUCAGGUUGCUACGAGGAAGUCAACCGCUGCAUCACUAGCCGCUCAAAGCAGGCGAUGA